AGUUGGAGUGGGGUGUUUCAGGAGCGCAGCAUCGUCUCACUCUCUCACGAGUGCGUUGCCUCGCCUUUUGUUUGAUCCAAACUCGUGUCCGUUUUCCCCCCUCCCGUUUCUUUUCCCUUCUUUUACGCGGAUAAACGUUUCACGGAAAAAACCGUUUAUGGUCCUGGCUGAAGAUUUCACGAUGUCUCGCACCGACGAGGUUCACCGCAUGACGGAAAAUGUCUAUAAGGUAAGGUUGAACUCAUGAAUAAAGUUUGGAGACGCGUGAAAUGAAACGAUAGCAGCCGCUCAAACACGCUGAAAUCUCACCAUUGGAGACGCAUUCAGAGCCUCCUUAUUUUUUCCUUCGAUAAUCUCUUUAAGGGAGAGGUUCAGGAGCUCGUUUCAUUUAUCUUUUUGAUCAGUUGCCAACUGACCAAACCCUCUGUCUUCCACCUCCACUUGCUUUCACAGUUAAUUCAACACCAUUUGCCUAAAAUAUCCGCCUUGCCUAUCAAAUCCAAGUCACUCACUCAGUCUAUUCCUACGCGUAAAAGCCUACAUUCUGCCUGUAAUCCACCUACAGCGCUGAUAGUAGAGUACAAUACUCCAAAGAUAGCUGUGUAUUCAACUACAGCCCGGUUGUCUUGCUGAAAUAGGCGCAUAUUGCAUUCCAGAAGUGAGUGUUUGACGGGCAGACAAGGUUGGGCUUAUCUGUUGCAACAAGUAAACAUUUGCCCCAUAGGGAUUUCAACAUUCAAACCUGUUCUACAUAAAAGAGACCUGUGCAGACUUUGCAUGCAGGUGCUGUGCCUCAGUAGCUUAAAGAUGGGGGAAAAAAUUGGUUCCCAGACAGAAUUAAGAGAGUGUAUUUGAUAUAAAUGUGUUUUUCCUCCAUGAAAUAUCCAUCACAGUUUCUCAGAACAUGCCGUCAAGUUUCUUGUUUUCCCCCAGCCACCAAUCCAAAACCAAAAGCGAGUUCAUUUCGCAACAAUACCAAACAAAAGGAUCAGCUUAUGUGGAGUUAUUGUCAGGGGACUAUCAUUAAUUAACAAUCAAUGCCUGCCAUUGUUGGUUGGUUCUCAUUCCUGUCAUUGAUUAUGUAAAAGGUUUGUUGAUUAACUUUCCCUAGAACAACAGCCCCAUUAUUCAACUAAUCUUUUCACAUGGAUUUUCAUGUCAUUCAUUCAGACUUCUCCAGAUUUUGGUUUAUGUUGCAGAACAGCCAGGAGUGUGUCCAGAAGGGGGGGUCAGGGGUGGUGUAAUCCCCUCCUUGUAAUCUAAUUGAGCAACUCACCUUUCAGUGUAGCACUUUUUUGUUUUGCUACCUUAUAUUCAAGACAUUUGCUUCAUAAGAUAGUUGAAAAUAUGUCUAGGGAUGUAACAAAUCAACUAAUUUCCAAGUUGUUUAUAGGUUCUUACACAAUGGGACUGGUUUUUUUCGUGUGAUUAUUUCAGAUAUCAAUAUUUUUUUUUCGAAUCUGUAACCCGUCCAUACAAGCGUUCACAUCAGUGACGUUUUCCCGUCCUGCGAUAUUGCAGCAUAUAAUUUUUCGCAUCAAGGUCGAUUUUUCUAAAGUUUCGCAUACUGUGUGUCCACUUCUGACCAAUCAGAUUGCGUGUUGUUGUGACGUCAGAUUCACCGGUAUCCAACAUGGCCGACCGGCUGAUUGUUUACGUGUCGGAGAACAGAGUGACUUUUGAUAAAAGACACAAAUAUUACAACGAUAACAACUUGUGGAGAGUCAUAGUGUCAGAUUUCUCAUAUGACGAUGGUUUGUGUGCUUUAACAGUUUGCUAAACGUUUUUGUUUUAACUUUCAUCUGUGCUAAGUAACUUUAGCUUGUAAACUAACCUGUUCAGAUACAACAUACCAUAUGUAUUUUCACUGUCUCAAACUCAAUUGCGUUGCUGUCACAGCACCAUUACGUCUUGGUUGUUACCUUACAUUUAUGGAUUAUCACUUCCACCCCGGACGCGUCUUUUCCCCCCCCUGGAGAGUCACAAAAUCACAUUGUGCUUGAUGUGUAUAGUCAAGCGCAUCAAAAUUCGCCUCCGGAUAUAUUUCGUUAUUUGGCGUUGUAUAUUUGCGUCACUUCCGGUGUGUAAGGACCUUUUAUAAUGGUCCUCAAUGCUCAGAAACAAGCAAAGAAGAGAUUAUGAGCAGUAUGAUGGACAGGAAUUGCUUCAAGGAGUGGCAAAAACAACUGUCAAUAGCAAAAAACGCCUGAAAGAAUUAGUGUAAAUAUGUCAAAAGUUUCUGUUGUGUGUUUGUUCCAAUUCUAAUAUUUCUUCUCCUGAUAGCCAAGACAUGAGAGAAUGAUGUGAAGGUGAGAAAAGGCUCAGUCACUUUAGAUUGAUGUGUUUUUUGUGCAAAGUACUGUUGGGAUCAAUUUCCAUUUUGGUUUUUUGGUUGACUUUGAUGGUUCUGAAUCUACUGUCACGUUCAUUUUACAUAAUUUUUGCACCCAUAAACUGACAGCUGAGGUUGUCCAGGAAAAAAAGAUGUGUAUUGCUGUGCUUGAAAGGAUAGAUAGGUAACAUCUACUGAAAUACCCCGAAAACAAUCAAAAUAGAGCAUCUUUUUCUCUAACAUGGCUAAACACAGGAACACAGAGAAUUUCCUGUAUGAUACUUUACAAAAAGUGUAAAUAAAUGCGACUCAAUGCCCCCUAGUACAAGUCAGUGACACAGUUGGGCCCCCUCAGUCAGAAUUUCUUGACACACUCCUGCAGAAAGUUUUAAAAGGGGAACUUUACCCGAGUCUUCUGAUUAUCUGAGGUAUCUUCUUGUAAGAGAGGUCACCAAUAAUUGAAAUCACUUACAUCCUUUUAGUCAUUAUAUUUUACAAGUCUGUGAAUGUUACCCUACUUUUUAAGCACCCCUGCCCUUAUGCCAGCUGUGAUUUCCCAAACAGAAGGGCAAAAAACUGCUGGAGGUAGCUGCUCAUUCUCCUCCGGGGAGCAGACAUCCAUCAGAAAGGAGGUCAGAUGAGCAGAGACCGACUGCUGCUUCUUUUAGAGCCAACAAGGGAAGCGAAUGUUUUAGAUGGCUAUUUCUGAGCCCUGUUGGUCACACAGCCUACAUUUCUGUGUGCCUGUCAGGGUUGGUUCAAGUGUUUACAGCUACAAAUGUGAGUUAAUCAACAUAAACCCGCUGUAGGUGUCAGGGUGAGAACAGGUCCUUUUAUAGAUGCUCACUGGAGUGCAAACCCAGCAGUGUGGGGUUCGGUCCCAAGGGUGAUAGCACUCCGUCAGAGUCCUGACAGCCAGGAACGCUGACAGGCCGUGGAGUGGAGUGACUCCUUCACUCGGGGGAUUUGACCUCGUGGCAAAAAGCUGGGAGGUCACAGGGAGUGUUAUCUCCAGUCACUGCUUAUUUUUCCCUGCAGUGUAAAAACAAGUUUCUGUGUGUGCUUUAAUAUUUAAAGAGACAGGUUCAGUUUGACUACCACCAUAUUUCAGCAAUGAAGGUCCUGGUCUUGCAAAGUCUGCUGCAUGUUUUUCGACUUUGACAGGGUAAAAAAAUACAUUUUUGUGUUGGUUUUCUGCAGCUUAAAAAACAGACAUUAAUCUGGAUUCAGUCCAUCUCUGUAAUCCAGCUACUGCACUGAUGGUGGGCUAAAAUACUCCAAAGAUAGCAGUGUAAUCAACUUCAGCCUGGACUUUUUGCUGAAACACUGUCCUUAGCUGAGGUGCUGACUAAAAUUUCAUCUGUUUGCUUCCCACGUUAAGGGAACAGUCAUACUGCAAGGCAUGCUGCAUAAUUCAAUUAGAUAAAAAUUACAUUUUCUCAUGUAAAUUAUUGAAACAAUGCAACAUUUAUCCUAAAAACUUCACAUUAACUGACAAUUAAACUGAGUUCAACCUCAUUAUUUCUGAUCCAGGCUGCAGGAUGUGAAGACAGGACAGACACUUCUCAAAGCUGUUGUUCGCAGAGUUGAGUCGAGAACUUUUUUGACACUUUUUCCUCAGUCAGUUCCUCAGUGUUUUCCAAUAAAAAGUCAUCUUAAACUCAAAUUGAGGUAAAUAAAUGAGACUUGGGGCGACAUGCUCAUGUUUCAAUAGCUUGUAUUUAACCUCCUUCCCGCUCCUCCUGUCACCACUCAGACACAACACAUCACAGUACCUUAUUUUGCAGUUUUAUUGAGUUAAAGACAACAGCAGUAACAUUAGUGCCUCCUAAACAUCUAUUUGUUGUUGCCUGGACAGAUGUUAAAUACGGAUACAAGUUAAAGGGCUGUUAAUAUACAGGAAUGGAUGGUACCUGUCUUUUUUUAAAGUUUUAAAUGUUGAUAUUGUAUUCAAAAUAGGCAUAAGUUAAUACCUUAAAUUCAUAGUCAUAGUAGAGGUCUUUACCCUGAGCCACAUGUCUUUCAACAGAGGAUAGACAUAGAGGACAAAGUGGAGGACUUAUUCAGCACCUUUUAAAAAGUGACUUUCCAGAGCUCGUACCUCUUCAGGUUACAUAUCAAGUGAACUAUUGAAUUCCCUCACUGUCGAUUUAACAGUUUUCUUUCAGUUCGGCAACUUGUGAUCUACCGGAAGUAGUAGACUUCAAAGUAAAAGCAUAGUUUGGCAUUACAGAAGAUAAAACAACCUAAAUGCAAGACAGAAAAUAUCAAAAUAAAAGCAUGAAAGUUGUUUAUGGGAUGUUUUUUGAGCAGACAAAGUUUUGAAUUAAAGGAUCAGGAGAGCCACGAUGAGCGUGGGGUAAAAAUCUGACAUCCUAGUGAGAAUCUAAGUUAAAAUAUCCUCCUGUUCAGAUUACAGAUGGCAGAAUUUUUAUAGCCUUUACCUGAAAGCAUAACAAUAUUUGCAUUUAGCUAACAGCCUGUUAGCAGCCUGAAUUUUCCUGUUAAAUUAUUCCCCCCAAAAAACAAACACAAGCCUAUUGACUUGAUCAGGAUUAUUGCAGCUCUUGUCUUUUAAACAAUACUAUCCACUAACAUUGAUUGGGCUGCUUGCGUUCGAUUCAUCCUCCACUGUCCCCAAAAACACUGACAGAUUUGUCAUUGAUGACGACUAAGACAACAGUUUUGUACAAAGUCCACACACUGCCCUAUUUCUGUCUUCCAGAAGGCACUCCUGAGAUGUUUUAAUGUUUUGAUUGUUUGCUCUGGGUGGCUUUGAUUGCGUAAUUCCUCCAUUUUUUGUGGCAAUCAUCACUGUGUUGAUUUAAAGGGGUCAAGAGUGCAUGCAAUGGUCAGGUUACGUUAAAAUUGCCUUAUGGAGAAUCAAACUGCUUGCAUUCAUUCAUCCUCCACUGUCCCCAAAAACACUGACAGAUUUGUCAUUGAUGACGACUAAGACAACAGUUCUCUACAAAGUCCACACAGUCCUUUUUCUGUCUUUUAUUUUGCUGAUUAUGGGGGUGGACCCAAAAUACUACCAGGAGGCACUCCUCAGAUGUUUUGAUGUUUUGAUUGUUUGCUCUGGGAAGCUUUGAUUGCACAAGUCCCCCAUUUUUUUUGUGGCAAUCAUCACUGUAUUGAUUUAAAGGGGUUGAAAGUGUGUGCGAUGGUCAGGUUACGCUGAGAGCGCCUUACGCUGAAUCAAACGCAAAUAUUUGAUAAAACAUCCUGAUGCUCUGAUUUUGAAUUUGAGUGACUGAUCACAGAUUGAAAGUUGAGUCUUCGUUGCAAUUGGGUUCUUGUUCUAACCACAAAUAAAGGCAAAGUAUAACUUAUACAAAGCACUUUAUCUCUGCCCAUUUCUGUCCUAGUGUUCGACUCUUUUGCAUGCAGGCAGAUAUCUCCUCAGGAAAAGGAGACAUAAAAAAGUAUGGCAGCUGCAAAGUCAUUACAUCCAGCAGCUGGGCAGAUACUGAGUAAUGGCAGGGGGGAAGCAGGGGGUAACUAUGCUGCUGUGACUCAUGUUAGCCCAGUUGAGUGUGUGUGUUUAGUAGGGCAGGGAGUGUUAGCACAGCGAGGGUGAGACUGGAGAUCCAGAAUGCCACUGAGAGCGUUGUUCUUUUCAGUAAAGGCUACGGAGACACUCCUUAGUGCUCUGGAGAUGACUUUAUCUCGCUGACAUGGGAGUCAACCCUGUAAAACCUAGCAAUCCCGGUGUGAUCCUACCGUGACUCACUUCAAUUCUCCUCCCUCACAUAGACAGGCAGCUCCAGACACGGUGAUCGGCAUCUAGUCAUUCCCCCUGCGCUGACAUGGUGAGACAGAUACUUAGGACUGACACUGGCCGCUUCGCGUGUUUGGUGUGUGUCUGUGUGCGCGGGCACAGUCAUCUCCACCAGCUGGCCGUGUCACUGCGUCUGAGCGAGGUGGUGCCUGGGGUCAAGCUUCUUAGCAUGCUGAUGGAUGAAGUCUGAGGGCGGUCCUGGCUUGGACGCUCGGAGUGAGCAAACAGAUUAAUCAGAGCUGGAGAAGAAUGAAGCUGUGUGUUCGACCCGUCGAUAAUGAAACCUUUUAAUUGCCUCCAAACUUUUUCUUUCCUGAAGAGUAAAGGUUACAUGGAAGCGUUUGAACACACCUUUUUUUUUUUUUUUUUUUGCACAAUACAACUCUUACCUGUGCUUAUUCAGAGGCUGAGAAGUGUUACAUGCGCUGCAGGUUUUGGACACACCCUGCCAGGUAAGGGAAGAGGAGGGUGUGUCUCGGCUCAACACUCAUUUUCCCAUGCAGCACCACUCCCUAAUUGUCAACACAGUCUGGAAAACAGAGGAUGCCAUUUUCCUCAAAUGGCUGUUAUGAAGACGGCUAAAUAGUUGUUUGACACAGAGCGCUGCUCAGUAAUUCUGUCUCAGGCGUCGGGAUCUUCAUGUGUCACGCGUCUGAAUCUGCUGCAGUGCGCCGUUUGAUUCGAAACCCUGAUCUGAAAUGGAGUUUUUCCUGCCUUAAAAAGACGCCUCGUUACAUAAUCAUUUCUCUCUCUCUCUUUCUCUCUCUCUCUCUCUCUGUUGCAAUAUUGUCGUGACAUUCACACUACCCUCCGAUGAAUGAUAUUCUGAUAAUGAUAAAGAGGAUUACAGCUUCAGCACAAUCUCAUGUGGGAGAUCUGAACAGGUGGUCUCUUAGCAACAACGUGCCAUUAUUCUUAUGUGUUUCUGUCAUAUCAUUGUGCGAAAAAGACUUGCGGUUGGAGAAGGCGAGUGAGAGGGAGGAAGAGCGACGGAGAGGGAGAGAAGGGAGACGGGAGAAAGAUGGAGGAACCUGUCGUUAUUGAUGAAAAAUGUCUCAUAAAAGACCCCGAAAUGGGUCCAGAGUAAACCAGCCCAAUCUGCUGUGUAUACAGCCCCACUGUUUGUCCCUGUGGUCCUCCAUUAAAAAGGGCCCCGAGAGUCACUUAAAUAAUGACACCAUCCAUCACUUUAUUUACCUUCUCUCUAGCAGUAUAUCACAUCAGGCGCCACUUGUCUUCAUAAUAAGCCAUUUAAUGGAGUUUAAAAUGCCUUCAGCUCCUCAACAUCUGCCUCCAGAAUAUAGUGUUUCAACAAGUUUAUGCCUGCUGCUGCCCGGGGCUUUGAAAAGAUUGCAUUAUGCACUGCAGGAGUUAUCAUAACAUCCCUUGCCUGUGGAACAGCAGAUUUGCUGCCUGUGCCUUUGACUGUGCGAUGCAGAGAGAGAGAGAGAGAGAGAGAAAAGAGAGAGAGAGAGAGGGAGAAAGAGGACUACUGCUCCUCACACCCACCUUCUCUGCACGUCCGGGGGCGGAUGGUUUAGAGACAUUCUCUCUUUUCUUUUACUCAUCGCUGCUUUUUCAAGGACGGAGACUGGAGAUGCUCAGUGCUAAAUGCAAAGCUACACAGAACUGACUGCAGAAGAAGAAGAAGAAGAAGAAGGAGUAGAAGGAGGAGGAGGAGGAGGAGAAGCUCUCUGUGAUGAUUCGAAGUCAUCCCCUUCCAAAAUUUGACCACAGAAGAAUGAUCCCCGCUUUACAGAGAGCGUUAACUUGCUUUAUUGUGGGGGUGGAACAGAGGAGGAGAUGAAAAGAGGGGAAAAUAGAUGGAGACAUUCCACAUCCUUGUUGAAAUAGUCCCUAAUUACUGAGGAGGGUGAAGCUGUAAUUACACAGACGGGGGAGAGACACACAGAGGCAGAGAUAGAACGUUUCACUUAGUGCCAUGGUAGCGGACAAUGGGUCACGGGCCACGGUUAACAUGCCUGUGGAUUGUGCCACUGUAUGUCUUUUUGCUGCUACUUCGAGUUGCAUUGGCCACACUACACCCACCGCGCUAGCUGAGCGUGCAACCACAGUGUUCCUCUGAGCCUCGGCCCAGCCAUGCUAUUGUUCAGAAUGUAGAAAAUCCAUACCCACAUGGUUUGGAUGCUCCUUUUGGCCGAGACAGUUCCACACAGUGAGAGUUUACCACUGGGAUGUGAAGCAGGGACACAGACACGCUCAGUGUCAUGGCACGCUUUGUACUUUGAAUUUGUUUAUCGUUUUAAGACAUCUGUUUCUGUAGACAUAAAAAAUUCAUCACCUCCUAUCAGAAAAGCUUUAAAACUGCCAUGAAAAUGUGCAUUUGCAGGUCUUUUGGGGAAACAACAACAACCCUGCCGCCUGUUCUGGGUCUUUCCCGAACAGUAUGAGUUUUAAGGUAUUUCAGAUUAAUGCAUUUCUUUGCUCAAACAAAAUGAAUGGGCUGGUCAAAGGACUAAAGCUGGCAAAUAAGUCUGGGUCUUGGUUGCUGUGGUAACCAGCGCCUGCGCUGGGUUAGUUGAGUGCCUGAUGCCGAGCUGAGUGUGGGUGUGUGUGCGAGUGUGUGUGUGGCGGGGGUCACACUGGCUGCAGAUGACAGUAAAGCAAACAAACACAGUAAAUAGCUGGACCUCGGGCAAGCAAAUAAUUUGUGGUGAGCCGGCAGCAGGAGACACCGCAGUUCAAAGGUGGAGGCAGGACAGAGAGGCUGUUUGGUUUACCCCCCACUGAGACCUCUCGUAGGCCACUGCUGGGCCAAACGCCACCAUCAAGCCUCAUUUGUCGACUUAAUGCAAUUUAAGUUUGAUUGGCUGUAUUUUUUUUGUGAUAAACAUCACCCAAAAAGUAAAAACAGAUGUUCUUUGCAAGAUGGGAGUUUUUCUCAGUCCCUGUUUGGCUUGAGAUUUCAGUGUGAGGUGAUCUGAUACAAUUUUUUCAUCAUUAAACCAAAUCUGGCACCUUGACUUGGGUAUUAGCCAAUAUCAAGAAUCAAUCUGUGGUUCCAGCCUGAUAAAAACGUAUGAAUAUAAUUAUUUAUCGGCUGUCUUUGUUGUUAUUGUUUGCCUGAAACACAAGAUAAGACAGUAGAGUCCGUAGCAGCAGAAAAGAGAUUUCUGCAUAGAGAUUAAAGGGAUAUUACGGCGUAAAAUUAAUUUAGGGUCAAACACACCGUAACACCGAGUCAGACACCCCCUCGAGAGAUGAAUGUUGCUGACCGCUUGCUUCUCUAGUUAAACCAACUUUAGUAACGAGCGCAGGAUAGUAAUACACAGCGGUCUGAGGAGCCAUAAACAAACCUCAACCAAAACGCCACUCUAUAGCCACAAAUAAUGCUCAGAACAGCACCUAACUUCAUCAACAGUACAUACAGGGUCCCAGCCAUAGAACUAGCCACCAAAGCAAAGAGACUAAAUACAACUCACCUACUCUUUUCCAGCAGCUGCUUGUUUGUAGUGAGACUUCGGGCCAGUCCAUUACGGACUGCUGCGGGGGGACGCAGCUCAAGGAAGAACAUUUACGAUCAUUUAAAAAUAUGUAUAUAUUUAUAAAUCAUUUUGCACUGCAGACGCGGUAGUUCCUCUGCCUUAGCGUCUCGGUCUGAUUGCAUUGCCAUGAAGAAAUGAAGGGAAUAUCCCUUUAAGAGGUCUCUGUAAUGCCACCUCUGAUUCAUUCAAUAACAAUCAAGCCCUAAUUAACAUCUUUAAGUGCAUCAAUCUGACCCUAGAUCAGUCCUUGCUUGUCAUGAUAGGUUCUGAGAUGUACUUCUUCCUUUUUAGGGGUGUGGUUAACCAUUAUAUUAUCAGACAUUUUAUCAGGCAUCGGUCCGUAACUUUUCUUCUGACAGGGCCGUGUUAAGGGAAACGGACAGGGGUGGCCUUAGCCCCUUUUUGCAGUGUGAUCGGCCACCUCAUGUGCCACCGCAAACACACAAACUCCCUUUUUGUCUCGUCAGAGAUAGGACUCAUGAUAAAAUCACCUGUUUAGGCUGUGUUACAACAAGUUGCUAUCAGCUUAAUUUGCAUACAAGUCUAGCACAUUUCCUCUCGUAAAUACUUGAAAAUUGUAAUAAGAUUCUUCCCACAUCUGUUUUUUAAUGGUAGUGUGAAGGAGACGAAUGAGUCCAUCAAGAAAACAUCUAGUGUGCUCCUAAAAUGCUGUCAUUGCAGGAGUUUUCUUGUUUCUUAUCUGCGUGUGUUUGCUGGGGGAAAUAGGCGACUUCGUCCAUCCAUAUUAGGAAAAUCUGCAUAAUUACAAAAGGUGUAAAAGAAAACUAUAACCCAAGAGGGAGGACUUGUUUUUUUUUUCUUCCCUGUCUUCGUUCUCUUUUAGAUUUUGCAGGGUCAUGAGUUUUAGUAUAACUGUUGUGGCUACAGUCCAUAAUUGGAUCCUACUGCUAAUAAGCUAGCUUUAAUAAUCCAGCGCUUAAUGCUUCCUGCUCGAGCAGAACAAAGAGAUCAUAAGAGGUUAUGCUUUCAUCCCCAGUGUCUGUGACACUCCAGAGAAAUGAUUCUCAUUAUGUUAUUUAUUAAAGCCACAGGAGACGAGACCUCUCCCCUGAUCCCGAAGAAUAAAACAAGUCUUUGUUCACUGUGUUUGUAAAAAAACACUCCAUGGUCCUUUUGGAAGUCUGGAGAUCCUCUUGUUGUGGCAUGUUUGCAUUUCCUCUUUAAAGGUUUCUGUUUCCGUGAUAUAAGCAACAUCAUUUUCAGAUACAUGAGAGCUGCUGCUGAAACUGUCAGUGUUUGCUGCAUCAACAAAUAAUUGCCUGUCACAUUGUGGGGUUGUAAGCACGUUUUUGAUCCGUUCAGUAUGGAUGCCAGUCUGUGUUUGACAAGCCUGGUGUGCACUAAUACACCCCUGUACACCUCCUCGACAAAAGAACAUGCGAGCUGUUCUCAAAGCGAACAAGGUCUUCUCCUUACUCGCGGUGAUGAAGAGUGCGCGCUCCUCGAUUCAACUUGGAGAGGACACAAAUAUUCACAAGGUAUUCUCGGAUUUGAUGUUCGCCUUGGCUCCCACUGAAAGCACACGCUGUGCCUCCUGCGGUAUUAGUAAGGCUUUUGGUAUGCAAGAAGGACAAACCACUUCAUGGCUUCUAUAGCUGGACUUUGCUUUGAAAUGAGCACGUGGUGGACUGUGUGUGUUUACCGCAUGGAUGUGUGUACUGGAGAGAGUUGUCUGACCUGUCUUGCUGUUUUAUCCUCUUGACAACAAAUGAAAAUACCUCUGAAUUGCAUAAUAAAUGAUAGGGAUCUGUAUGCACGGUUGCUACCGUCCCUUACAAGGAAAUGAGAAGGGUUAGAACACUAUAUUGAAUUUGUUCUCGCGCAUGAUCUUUAAAUUGAAUUUUCAUUUUCCCGGUGAAACGUAAUCAGAUUUUUAAGGAACGCGGCUCCUCCCAAGAGGUUAUUGUUCCACUUAAACAUACGAGCUGUACGUUCUAAACCAUCUGAGAAAAACCUGUAAUUUAUGAUCAAAGAGCGGUGGCGUGCCUUGGUAUCCGUUCUAUGAUCCACUCAGGGGGAGGAAUCCACUAUGACCAAAAUAAACAAGUGCAGAGUUAAAACCAGACUGACCCUUUGACAAAGUACCCACACAUACUCCAUGUACUGUCAGCCUUUUGAGUACACUUAAGAGUUGAAACAAAAAAAGCAUCAUACACUACGCUCUUGAUUCAUUGUACAAUAUAUGAUGCAUAACCUCAACUGUCAGUGGGAGCUUCAAGUGCACCCUUAAAAAGAAAAAACAUACUGUUAAUGAUGAUCACUUUAACUCUUUGACGUCAGUGUGUGGUAUUUUCUGUCAUUCAAAUGUUUCUGAUUGUUUUCUUUCUUCAUGUAUUUUAAUUACUCCCCCUGUCUGUUCCCAUCAGUGAAGUAUCAUCGCACAUCGCAGCUGAAGAGCAUUCAAUGAAUAGAGAUGAUUUCAUGUGGAGUACAGCAGUCAGGAUCCAUACGUCCAAACAUGUUCCCUAUAGGUACAGAGACCUCUUUAGACAAUUAGACUUUCUAAAAGCUCAUUACCCACACUGUUAUUUAUGGGUGUGCUGGUCAGUUGUGUGCAAACACAUAGCUAACCCGGCUUUGCAUGGGUGCCUGUGGUCGCACAGAGGACAUGCAUGUACUUAUGAUUUGCAUCAGAGCAGUGUAGUUGAUGCAGAGCAAAACUUAUGCAAUACCUUUGCAGUAGUUUGUAUGCCCAGUGGCCGCAGUGUGGCUUUGAUAAUUAUUCGUUAUGCACAUGUUUGCAUCUCGCAAAUAUUUUCACGCACCGAUUGGGCAUUGGACUUUUACCAAUGCACACCAACAAAGCCAUGAUGGAAGUGCUUCAAAGCUACAUUUUAAAAUGGACAGCAGGCAGCGACUGCACCUGUUGCAUAAAUAAACCAAGUCCAGAUGGGAUGUUAAAGGGAUAUCCUGGCAUGAAAUUAAGUUAGGGUCAAACACACUGCAACACCGAGUUUCCUCAUGGAAAUGUAAUCAGACUAGACACUAUGGCAAAAGAACUACCGCAUCUGUGCAAAAUGAUUAAUAUGAUGAUUAUUACCUCAAGGAAAUGAUUAAGUAAUGAUCAUAAAUGUUCUUCCUUGAGCUGAGUCCCCCCGCUGUAGUCGAUAGACUCGCCCGGAGUUCCCCGUACAAACAAGUGGCUGCUGGGAGAGAGUGGGUGAGUUGUGUUUAGUGUCUUUGCUAAAGAAAUCAGGCAACGCUAAAAAGAUGUUUGGUGGCUAGUGCUGUGGCUCGGACCCUCUAUGUACUGUUGAUGAAGUUAGGUGCUGUUCUGAGCUUUAUUUGUGGCUAUAGAGUGGUGUUUUGGUUAAGCAAGUGGCUCUCUGUUUUGCUAUCGUGCGGUCAUUACUAAAGUUGGUAUAACUAGAGAAGCAAGCGGUCGGCAACAUUCAUCUCUUGAGGGGGUGUGUAACUCUGAUCUUUCCUCUUCCUCGUCCAAGUUCAAAGUUGACCAAGACAUCAUGAUGCUCGGUUUGUAAUAUCUUGUGUGCCACAAAGCAGGUAUGCAUCUCACCUGCCAGUGAGAAUAGCAAUGCAUACUGACCCUGUCAUCAAUGUUGGAAUCGUCUUAACAAUCCUUGUCCGACUCCAGGUUUUCCUAGUCGAACCCUCAUUACAUUUCGAUGAAGUCCAAGUGAAGUCCCCAUUGUCAUUAUUCAGAUUUAUUUAAUCAGUGACUGCUGUUUGAUUUCACAGUAUGAACCUUGGCUGACUGUGUGGAUCUUUUUAAAUGUGCACAAAACCCAUUUUAUUUAUCAGCAUUAGUUUCUGAUUUAUCUCUCAGUGUGUCUGGAGAUUAAGAAAUCGUGGUGCUGUGCGUCAUGUGAACACCAUUAUACACCAAGCCUCCCUUAAUGGGAAGACACACUUUUAAGAUGAACACUGCAGCUGAGUAAUAAAUGAACAAAUAAUUGCAUCCCACCCACUAUUAAUCAGAAAUGUAACUGCCCAAACGCCUUGGACUGUGACUAUUGACGAGCAUAUUACUCACAGAAAUGGAAAGUAUCCCCAACUUCUCACUUUCCAUUAAAUUUGGGGUGUGGGUCACAAAUUAGAAACUUUGUUUUGACUUUUACCCCUUUAUUGUUUUUUGUAUCAUAUUUGAUAUAUACUUUUAUAAACUUCUAUCAAAUCAAUAUGAUCAACAAAUGACUAAAAAAACACCUGAUCACAGUCCGAUAAAUGAUAAAAAUGUCCUCUUGUUGUUUAUCAGUUUCCAAAAACAUCUAAUGUAUCAAACGAGAUAAAUAAAUAUAUUUGUUUAAUUUUAAGGAAAUUUUGAUUCUUUUGGUUUUCAGUAGAAAGUGAAAUAAACAUGUCAGCUCCAAAAAAGGUGACUUUUCUGGCCAUAAAUAGUGUUGUUAGGCAUUAAAGGGAUACAAAGUCCUCUAAACUAUUCACUAUUCAACCAAUAUGCUGAUACCGUGGCGCAUUUUCUUCUUACUCCAAAUUUAGUCCUAGUCCAAGUUUGAAUUACCAAAACUUGAGUUCAGGUUAAGGACUCAAAACCAUUAGAGCAGUGUUGAUCAGUAAUUAAGUCUGAGUCCUCCUCUCUAUCAUCUGAGUCCAAACUCUGUCAGAGUUCAAGUCCAAGUAAACAAAACACAUAUCCAAGUUGAGCCACAAAGUCCAUGAAGUCAGGACUUAUUAAACACAGUCCAUGUCAGCAAAUAAGUCCAAGUCCUCCUCUUUAUCUUCUAAAUCUGAAUUUGGUCCAGGUGCCAGUCUUAGUCCAAGUCUGAGCCAUCAAACUCAUCCUUAAAGUCAGGACCUGAAACUUAAUCAAUAAAUCUGAGUCCUCCUCUGAAUCUAAAUGUAGUUAAUGUUGGGGUCUAAGUCCAAGUCUGAUCCAUCAGCACUCAAGUCCAAGUCAUGUUCGAGUCCUGGACUUGAGCACUCGGGUAUUUUAUACAGUUUAUUAAAUCCAGUCCUGGUUCCAGAACCCUCGAUGGGGCUAGCAAGGAUGCUGACUCAUGUCUCUGAAACAUGACUCACCAAACAGUGAAUGACAUCACUGCGUGUGCAGUGUCCUUCAUGCGGCUGAAGCUUUUGUGUUUCUUUUAAUUAACAUUCAGAUAUUCACAUAUCAGAUAUUCUCGUUGAAUAUCUGCUUGUCCGUCUCUGCUGCAGACAUUUGAGUCAACUUGAGUGCAGUAACUUGCGAAACAAAGGUUUCCCCCCAGGAAGCUGCUGAGCCGGGGUGAUGAGACAUCUCGAUCCUGACGUGUCUUUUCUCCAUCCAUCCUCGUUUCCUCAUCGCUCAGAGGAGACAGCCAGACAGGAGAUUGCCUUACAACCUGGCUAUUUUCUCUUAGCCUAGUAAUUAGUUUAUGCUAAAGGUCUUAGCUCUCCUGCAGAUGACGUCAACCAAUCAUAAACUCUUACAGCUCCUUAUUAAGAAAUGAAAAAAAAACCCUUACCAUGCGGUUUUUGCAAGUGCAUCUGUCCUUUCUUCGCAUCCCGCCCUGAUUACAUCAUUAGGGCCGAGCUCCCCCCUGCUACCUGUCACCUCAUGACAUGUCCUCACAAAUAGUAAUUGGUGGCUUCAUCUGAUCCCGGGCAAUUUCAGGCCUGCUGCUGGUUGCUGAGCAGAAGGAGGGAAUGAGGAAGAAGGAGAGGAGAGGAGGAGAGGGCGAGAAGGAACAGAUGAUGGCAUCCUGGCUUCUGAUUGCGCGUGAUUCCCCCUGGUACUAAUCAGCUGGUGUUACUUUGAAAUUACCCCCUUUGCAUGUCAUUAGUGCGCUUGUAUGUGUGUGUGUGUUGGUGAGUGUGUUUGACGGAGCAGAAUGAGUGGAGAUAGAUGAAUAUCCCAUAGUUAGAAUCGACAAUCUCUUUCAUACACACUGAGCUUGUUUCAAUUGCUGCUUCCACUCUGAGGAGGAAUUCAUUUAGUCAGGGCAGAGGGAGAAAUCAUUAUAAUCCUCUUAAUAAUGUUUUCCCUUAUCUGCAGGCUUUAUGCUCCUGUUCCUGACUUCUCCAUAUUCUCCCUGUCUCACCUCACAGCACAAAUGGAUGUCGAGCAGAUUUCAUUUUUUGCGAGACGUGUUUUUUUCUUCUUCUUCUUCCCUGCACUUCUUUAAUUGCCCGCUUUAAUUUCAGCCCUCAGUCCUGAUAGUGAAUUAAUUCAGGCCUCUUUUAGGCGGGCGCAAAAUGAACAGCCUCCCCUUCUCUGGGAAGAUUAGAGCCCAACUGUGACAUAUUUCUGACUUUAUUAUUCCUUUAAUUGAAAGAUGACACAAAAGACAGUUGAAAUGGGAAAGUUAUUACCUACCUUUUCCUUGUCGUCGUCAAAUUACCCCAUCCUUGCGUUUUUCUCCUGUCUCCUUCUCAUGUCGCACAACUCCGAGAGUCUCCUGGCCCCGUUUCUCAAUUAGCUGCCACAAUUAGGGUGACAAUGUAGUACAAGAGGACUGGGAUGACAAAUUUAGCAACAAUAGGAAGUCUACCUCACUGUUUCCCCUCCCUUAGCUGCACGUCACUGACUCUAAUGUAUUCCUCUUAUAUAAUCCGCCUUUAAUCAUGGAGUUUUCUUUUAAAGUGAAGUUUCUCCGCGUGUUUAUUCAGUGGCAGUAGGUCAGCGGGAGUGCGUGCAAGAAAGGCGGCCAUGCCUGUGUCAGCUACCUUUGGCCCCUUCAGUGGGAGAGUGUGCCGCUGUGAUGCCGCACCACCAGGCUCGGCUUUGUUAUGUAAUCCUCCCACCGCUCUGAAACACCUCCACUCUUCAUUAUAACGCCUUGUGUUAAUGUAGGUGUGCGCUCAUUAUACACGCGUGAAUGUGCGCACAUGUUACCGCGACCCCAUCCUCAUCAAUGAGACGCGGGAUAAAAUGUGGACCAGGCGGAGUAGAGAAGCAGUAAGGAAUAAACAUUUCCGCCGAGAGGUCCUGGGGGAUGAGUUUGUCUUUUAUCUUCCCAGAGGCAGAGAGAGCGGGGAUGCCUCUUGUUCGAGCGCCGUGUGUGUUUGUGUGUGUGUGUGUGUGUGGUUGGGAUUCUCCCCCCAAUUAUCGUCCUACCCUUCUGCUGUAUUAGACGAACACAUCCAGCUGCACUAAACAGGAGUGACUGCGCUUUCAUAUCUCUCUGUAAUACAUUCAUUUAAAACAAUAAGUGCCUCGUGAAAAGGAAUCGGCUAUCUCUCCCCGACUUGUUUCACAGCAGACUUACUGUGAGUUCAUUUAGCUCGAGGGCUAGACACACUUAACAGCGGGGGAGUAACUUAACAGGGAGGAUUGUGACCUCAGAGGUCAGCAGGGCCGGCAGUCCUGGAAGCUUUAAUGACACCUUACCUGUCUGUGAGCUCAGCGCCGUGACUCAGAAACUUCUUCUUAUACAAACACCAACACAGGGGCAAUAUCUCAGCUUGUUAUUAUAGGCAUAACACACACAGCAAGAGGUAAUCGAUUUUAAUAAUGUUAGAGAUGACAUUUGAUGAUGGAUUUAACAGUUUUGUUUGUAUAAUGUGAGGUGAAACACAGGAGAUAAUCUUCGCUCGCCACUAAGGUUCCUGCUACUUCCCCUUGUUGUUGUCGCUAUGGUUGCAUUUGUCAGGCUUCCUGCCUCAUUCGGUUCGCUUCCCUAACCCUAACCCUAACCCCUAACCCUAACCCUGGAAGCUCUGAUUGUCUUUUCCGCAGAUCAGAGGGAGGUUAAAUUACUGCUAACUUGACUCACUUUUGAGUUUGGUUUGUGGGUAGUAACCCACCCAGCAAAAAGUGAUUGAAAAGAUGUUGGAAAGAUGUCUUCUUCAUAGGUCUAAACAACAUCUAGAUUUAGAUUGUCUAAAUAAAGCCCAGUUUUCAACGUCUUAUUUUGGGCUAAAUUACGGCCAUGAUGGGUCAACGUGAUUCAGCCUGAAAAAAGACGUCUAAAUGGCGUUGGGUGUUUGGUGGGAGGUCUUUCCCAGGAAACCAAUGGCCCUGUUUAAGGCCGGUAUGUAUAAAACCAUUUUGCCCUUAAUGUAGGAACUUAUUACAAUUUUGGUUCUAUUACAAUUUUUUCAUAUUACAUCUAACAGGCCGAACCUGAAAUCUUUUCCUGUUUGGUUGACCCCAAGCUAGGUUGAGUCAGCAUUUCCAGUGUGGCGACUACCAUCGUGGUUUAACUUAAUUAUGUCCUACCUGUACAGUCAGAUUGAUAGAUACUCUCACCUGCGUGAAAUCAACCUAAAGAAUCAGUCUAGCAUCCCUCAUGAAACCAAACAAAAUAAAUGUCUUCCUUUUCUUAUUGAUGCCGUUGAGAUUAAACAAACUGCAUCUUUCACAGCUUCGUAAUUAAAGGUGACUGACGAGAGAUAAUUUUAAAAAAUCCAGUUCAGUUUUGCUGCACAGUUAAGUAGAGGCGUGGUGAAAUAAUUACUGUUUGUAAUGAAAGUGUUGCUGGUGGAUGCGUGACUCACUGGUAUUUGUGCUGUAGGUGGGUUGUGCUGCACUUCAGCCACUUGAACUGUGUCACUGGAUGGGAGAAAAACGCACACUCUCAAAACCAGCCGCGCUCACAUACACCCUCCGAUGCAAAUCUUAUCUCUCGUUACGAAUAGAAGAAGGCAGGCGGCAAAAUGAAGGCAGAGUAAAAUCUGCUGACUUCUGACUAAGGAUAAGACGCGGAUGAUUAUCAGAUUGAGCUGCCAGGGUUGUUUCAGGUUGACAAUGGUGGCAUUUUGCCACAUUAUCCUGUCACAGCAAAGAUCCUGCAUAGAAGCAAAUUAUUAAGCGUUCCUCUGCAGUAUUGAUGGCCUGUGUAGAGACUGCUGCUGCAGCACUGUUGUGGUUGUCUCUGUGUCCCCUGGCUGUUCCUGACUCGCUGACUGGGGACCGGCUAAUUGGAGGGAGCCCUGGAGGGGCAGAGGAGGAGGAAGGAGCAGAGGAGGAGGAGGAGGAGGAGGAGAUGUAGAGGAAAUGAUGGUGGUUGGAGAUGUCAGGCAUCAUGCAGUCUCUGCAUUUACAGCGACUCUGCCUGCAGCACAGUGUGAUACUGAAACUCCCCGGUUAUGCAGCGUAAUACUGCUGCCCUGACAAAAAAAAUCUGUCCAGUUUUUCUUCGAAUCAUAACUUUCUAUUUCAGGACACCUUCAUUUUUAAAAAGAAAAUAUUUUCAUUAUAACUUGUCUCACGACCUUAUUCUUGCGAGUUAUCUAUAGCUACAACAUCUGUAGCAUCGUUUGCCUUUAUUUAUACAGUUAACUUUGUCUAAUGUGCUCCCUGUCAGCCGUGAUAAGCCUCUGAGUCCAUCAUCCAAAGCUCCAGGGUAACUUUGUGCUUCCCCGUCAAUGCAAAUUUCACACUCACUUUGUUUUAAGUCCACGAGAGUGUCUCCCACUCUUCCGCCACCAUCAUCAUCAUCAACCCCCAGCCUCCUCUUUCCUCUUCAUCCCACCUGGACCAUUUCUCACUGUAAGAGGGCAGGACGUAGGAGGAGGAACUCAUUCCUGUCCUCAUUGUCAUUCAAGACAAGCACAAAGUGUGUCUAAAGUCUUCGUUGAUGGCUGUUUAGAAGACAGGCUUUGCACAGCUGCAGGGGGAGGUUUUUGUGUGUGGUGUGUGUGCGAUAAAGUGAGGCAGAAAGUGCAUGAGAUACCGAGUAGAGCAAGGUGUAAGUCAUCCUUUCUUCUCUGCCCUUGACCCCUCUCUGCUGAUAAGCGAAGCUCACAUCCCUCUCUUGUUUUCUCUUUCAGACCAUCAUGGAGCAGUUCAACCCCUGCUUACGGAACUUUGUUGCCAUGGGGAAGAACUAUGAGAAGGCCCUUGCCAGUAAGUCCUCUUUUUUUUUUUCUUUUUCUCGUUUAUUUUUUGUGAGCGUGAGGCACACAGCCAAGCCAGCACUCUUCUCUUUCUAACAGGCCUUACCGUACUGUAGUGGUUGUAUUCAGAGAAAAGAAAAAAAAAAAAGGAAUGGUUUCAAAUCUGAGGCUGAGGUGAGGAAAGCUUUCUGUCAGAUUCACAAAUAAAAGCAUGUGAGGAUGUUUGUCAGACCCUCGAAGCAAAAUCCACCAAAAUCAGAAUCCUUAUAAAAUCCUGCUGUCAUUUACUGCAAGUUUCUCCUGAACUGAUUUUGGACUCACAGAUGUUAUUUACCAAGACGUUUAUAUGAAAAUGAAUGGUUUCACAGUAAAUGUAUCGGAUAUUUAAAUUAUUGACGUGUGGAUUUGGGUGGCUAAAUAUUCAAACUCAGUCACCCUUGCUAGUUGUUAGUUAAAGGGAUAUUCCAGUGUACAUUUACUAACUUUAGUGACGACCGCACGAUAGCAAUACACAGUGGUCUACGCUUCCAUGUGCAAACCUCAACGAAAACGCCACUCUAUAGCCACAAAUAAUGCUCAGAACAGCACCUAACUUCAUCAACAGUACAUAUAGGGUCUCAGCCAUGGUACUAGCCAUCAAACAUCUUUUUAGUUCUGCCUGAUUUCUUCAGCAAAGAGACUAAACACAACUCACCCAUGCUCCUCCAUCAGCUGCUUGUUUCCUGUGUGUUUGACUCUAACUCAAUUUUACACCAGAAUAUCCCUUUAAAGUCAUAAAUCACUAUUUCUAUUACUAUUGGCUUAAAGUGCAUGUUAUACAUGGUGUCUAAGCGGCAACUCUGGUUAAUAGAUCCUACCACGAUGUCAAAAUGCUCUACUACCUGGAUGCAAUCAAGCAUGGAUGACAAAUGGCAUCUUUAGAGUAGCAUGGUUUGAAAGUGUUGUGGUAUAUAGGUUGUGUGGAGUAGGUUUGUUUACAUGUACAGUGAAGUCAAGCUACGGUUAAAGCUUGAUUAGAUAAUUUAACUGGACUUUUGCUCUUGUUCUGGUUUACAUACAAGUAAAAAACUGAGUUAUUGACAGAAGCAUGUUCACCUCUGCUAUAGAAGGUACAAUGGGAAAGUUUUGUCAUUCACUUAGUUAAGUUUUAGUCCAUUUGAGCUAUAUAAAACCAAUCCCCAGGUUUGUUUAUCCAACUAUGAGAAGUUUUGCUAUUCUUUUUGACCAUGUUAACAAACUCUCUGUGAUGCUGUUCAGAAAUUGUGCUCAGUUCUGACUGUUUUCUGAAUGUUGUAUUUCUUUAAGACUAAACAGUUAGGUAGAAUUCAAAUUUCCAUCAAAAGGACUUUGAGCUUAAUCACUUUGAUCAUCCCUAAUUUAUACCCAGUGUGUGUUUCAUCUGCAGAUGAUUUUUUUAGAUGACAGAGUGUUUCAUAGUGUCUGUGAGGAGUUAAAGGUGAUUAUGAAACAGGCUGAAAUCAUAAGAAUAUUUUAUGACCUAAAAGAGACCACCCUUAGUGAGACUGUGAAGUCCCUGAUUCUACGUUUAAAUGCACAUGCUGGUCCGUGUCAGACGAUGUAGGAAAAGCCUUUAUUAUUCACUGAGUAUAGGAUAAAAUUAACCAAAUUAGCUGUUGCUUUGUCCACAGGGGGCGCCAAAAGCCACACAAACAAAAGUCCCUUACAAGAGCUUCAAGUUGCUUUAAUAAUUAUCUAUUUUUGUUGUGCACUGAUGCACUUAGUACAGCACCAUAAUAGUGCACUGUUACCUAAUUAUACCAGCAUGCAGCUUUGCUUUAAUGGCUUUCAAAACGUCUCAGCUAGUGUUGCAUAUCCAUGCUAAUUGCUAAAUAUGUAGCUCAUCAUUCAGCAACCAACUCCUCCGACAUUAUCCGUAAGCCUAACCACACUAAUUAUUAGAGUAGCUGUGGGCGGAGCCAGGCAGAAGGCAGAUGUAAUGGACAACAAUUGAGCUGUCAAUCAAAACAUUAUCUCCUCUAUACAGUCAAAAUAAAGUCUAGAUAGCAAAACAAGCUGCUUUUAUGGUCUGUUUUUAUAGUUACGGUUUUAUUUUGGAUCAGGGUUUCUGGUACAACUUUGAUUAUAUUCAGUUAAGAAACAGUCCUUUGGCUUUCAUGCAAAACUUUCCCCUUAACCACCCCCCAAUCUUAACCCCUCGUCUAAAUGAUAAGAAAGCAGCAGGGUUUCUUCCUCCUCCCCAUCCUGCACCUCCAUCCCGGAUACAAAUUAGCUAAUCCUGGCCUUGGUGUAUUUGGAAAACAGACUGGUAGGGACUCAGUGAGCCAUUUAAGACCCUCUUUGCUGGAUUGGCAAAACCCAAGGGGCUAAGAAGCUCUGAUUUGAGGGGGCAGGGGAUGAGAGGACAAACUUCUAUCCAUAUGGUGCCAUCAGGGAAAUUAUUCCACAGAGAACCUUCUGGGUGGGUUUGUUUGACCUGCAUUUGGGCGAGGUCUGUAUUUUUCAGCGUAGAAUUUCAUCGGGUUCGGUUAGCAGAUUCACACAACUCCACCCGCCUACCAAAAACAGCCUUGAACUUGUUAUACAAGUCCCCAGACAACAUGAUGAGGACAGUGUAGGUACAGGAAAUGAUGAUUGUCCUGAUUAAGAGAUGUGUGGUUGUUCCUCCUCUUCUCCGGAGUGAGGAAUGAGUGACGGAUCAGCCGCUCUGAGACGAGCCCCUCCUGUGUUGUCUGCCCGCCUCGCAAUCAGAGAUCCGGUAAUCCUCUCCGUCUGUCUCUCUGAGCCCCUCACCACACAUUUCAUUAGACAGGAGUAUCUGUAUAGAUCCAGCUUAUCUACUCAGCCACCCUUCAACUGCACACCCUUCAACUGCACACACAGGCGCUACAGCAACGGCAGCAUCAGCAAGAAGAAAGUGUCUCUGCUGCUUAGAAAUCACUUUGAAAAUCUGCUGUAGCAUGCACCAUUCAACUCGCAGGAACCCCUGCUGAACGCUCACAUGUUCACACACAUUCAUCUUCCACAUCAAGGCAGGCGGAGGAUCUCUUUUGGCAUAAUGAAGAAAAAUCAGCUGUGAUGCUCAGAAGUGUUAGCUCUUAGUUCUCAGGUGCUUCCUUAUAGCGAGGGGAGAGGGAGGGGCACAGUUCCCCUCUCCUGUCUUUGACUCAGCUGUAAUUGGGAUUAGCAUUAGCAUACGUCCCUCAGCCUUUGAGCAGGUCUGCGGCUCCUCCUACUUAAGGCCUAGUUCACACGUAAGGAGUGUCUUUUAAAUUUGUCGCUUUUUCAUAUGUGUUUGGGCCUUUUGUGGAGAUUUUUUAAAGGUAUUUUUCUAAGCUGCUAGCAUUACCUCAUUAUGCAUGCAUGGUAAUAGUUGUUUACAUGUAUUGCACAUGCACCAAAGAGACAGUAGGCUCAUUUAUUACUCCUUAAUUGGAUGUUUACAGGGAAAAUAAGCUUUCUUUAGGUGUUUGUGGCGAAUAAACAACUUAAGCACAGAUAUUGUAGUCAGCUACUCUGUUUGAUGUUUGAUGAUCCCUGUUUACAAUUGUCUAAGGUACGCAACGAGCACGAAGUUCUUUGUGGUGUUUUAUGUGAUGGACUGAUUACACGGAUGCCCGUCUUAGACUUAUGUAAUCAGGGCUUGACACUUGAAAAAUUAAGGAGCACACAAAGAACUUUUGGGGCACAAUAAAAGCUGAUCAAAUAAUGUGUGUCUUAUUGGUCGACAUAAGUACUAUUAUUUGAAAUCAAUUUUAGGUGGAGUGGUCACACGUAAUGGAAGCUAUUAAAGAAAAUGUUCAAAAUGUUCCUUUAAAUUAAACAAAAAUUUUUAGACAACACAUUUGGGAAAUUAAGAGGUGUAUGUUAUUGUCUGACCUUAGUGCUGUUAUUCGAAGUAAAUUUUUGGUCAAUUGGUCACAUGACAUGGAAGCUAUUGAAGGAAAACAGCCUUUUUUUGAGAAAAUCAACAGGUAAUUUAUUGAUGGUCCCUUAUUUAACACUCGAUGUUUACAGCGAGGGUGCCAAGUAGAUUUAACCAUGCUGCUCUUGCCAUUCCUGGUUAUGGAGAGUGAGAAGACACUGGUAGAUCAGCGGUGCGUGUCCACUGUGAAAUUCAAAAAUAUAAUACGAUUUUUAGUAAUGUGAGUGAAACGGUCGCACUGUCGAGCCCUGGUAAUCUCAAGUGUCGUUACCGGCCUGUUUAAGAAAUGUCUUAAAACUGUUUUUAAACUUCUUUUUUUUUUGCAUUUUGGGCUAAAAACGACAAUUUCAUUUGAUUAAGUUUCUCUUAAAGUUCUUGAGCUUUGAAGGAGCCCCCCUUGACAUGACAUUACCAAGACUGUUUCUGCACUGUCAUGUAUUUAUCACUUUUCUAUGGAAUAGGAAAACCUCUGUUUUCAACAAUACCUGCAUACCUGUAGGUUAUAGGACUAAGUUGCCCCCCUUUUGCAGGCCUGCGUCCGUCUGCUGGAAUUAGCCCACCUUUGCCUUUGCUAUUGUUGCACAUUUGUCUCUCACCUGGCAGCUACCUGCAGGCACAGGACCCAUCUGUCACCCCGACCGCUGCUGAGUUCACCUCCAAAAAAGCAGGGGCUGUUUUCCUCUAAAGAUGGACUGAUUUACAGGCAGACGGGGCAGAGAUCACUGGAAGCAGACUUUGUCCCCUGUGACCUUUUGUUGGCCGGCACAGCUGCAGUUGAAAUAAUAGGGAGUGAGGUGGAUAUUGAUCUACAGUAGUGAACCAGAAGUGCUCUUGAUCUUUAUUUAGCUGGUGAUUGAGUCGAGGAGACGUGGCUGCCGAUUAGGAUUAACCUCACGGAUUGUUUCUCUGAUGUAUUAUACAAAAGAUCUGGAACAAAGGUCAAGUGUUUUGUCUGUUGGUACAUAAGGCUGCGGAUUGACUCCGCAAGUCUGCACUUAACUUGUGGCAUCUGUUUCAAUAACCCUUGACCUCACUUAUCUAUAAGUGUGAAAAACAAAUUAGGCAGUCAGGAUAAGCCCAUUACUGCUCGUUUUCAAGUCAGUUACAGAGAAACUAGUACAGAGGGAAACAACUCCCAAGUCAAAAUUUCUGGUGAUUGAAUCAUCUUUGCUCAUUUCUAAAAAUUUUGGUUAUUUUUCUUAAGAUUUGAAAGGAAACGCUGACACUAACUUCUCCCAUCUAAUGUAGAGACAGGAAAAGAUGUAGAUGUAGAAAAAAAAUAGAUCUGCAAUAUGUAGAUUUGAUUAAUUUGUAUUCUAUUCACUUAUCAAGUACUUCUCAGAGGUUACAUUUUCUAUGGGGUUACCUUUAGGAAUGAAAACAUCAAAUUCAUCUCGUUGUUGCAAGUAAGCUUCAGAAAAGACCCUGAACUUUGCGUUUUGGAGCGUUCGAAACUACAUUUAAAUUCACUGGCGCUGUUUGUGUGGACUGAAAUGCUGUCUGAAGCUCCUGCACUGCUUUUGUAACAAAGGCAGCGUGGGUGUAGAUGAUGGCAUCAUUAGCAUAGAGGAGUAUUUUUUGCUUGAAUGUACCCUGGGUUGUGUACGAAAAUAGAGAUCAGAAUGGGUCCCGAAAUAGAGCCCUGAGGGACGCCUUUAUUACGUGAUGAAAAACAGAUUUGUGGCCUUCUGCAGAGACUGUAAGAUAAAUGUGAUCUGUAAAUAAAUAAACACUGCUUUUCCAACAUUCUUUAAUACUUAACUUGGCUAACUCUUGGUGAAUGGCAGGCACUGAUUGGUCAGUUUGAGAACGAUUCAAGUUUGUUAGCAAAACCGGACUAGAAAAGACUCCUUUUACAAACCUUUAGUCGCACUGCAAUAACACCAGCAAUAUCCAGCACUCCUGUAUCCAUUUAACCUCUCAUGAUGCAGAGGGGGACACCCCAGUGGGUGGAAUCCAUGUCUAUACAGGUGUACAAACUAUAAUCCAUUCAACAAACAAAAGCCUUCACAAGUUACAGUGGCUUCCUGCUGUUCAGUCUUCAGACAUAUUGACCGAAAAGAUGAAAUGGAGUGGAGGAGGGAAAGGACCAGUGGUGGCUAACAGCAUGUGGUUAACAGCGUGACAUUGCUAUUUCCUCGGCCGGCAAAUAUUGAAUUAUAAGGUCAAUUUUGUAAGAGAUCAGACAGACAGAGGCUGGGGAUGAAAAGUGUCCCUGAAAUUAAAUCUAAAGGAUGACAUUGAAUGUUUGAACACACAUGCAGCGUGAAAUCAGAUGGACUAGCCAUAUAAAUCCAUCUAAUAUGUGUUUCUUUUAAAUCUGAACUCUAGCUGGAGAAAAGCCAAACAAGUGUUUCUAUCUCUGAUCUGUAAAAGCCUUAGAGGUUGGUGCAACAUUAACUCAAGUUGUAAUGAAAAAGAAAUGUAGAAGAUGGGUUUCUAAAUAUUAAAUUUAGUGUUCAAACACCGUAGGGAAAUGGGAGUCUAACUUCUGAAUGUGACAGCUGGAAAAAACAUGACAAAGAACAUGGUUUGUACCUGUUCAAGCCGACUAAUUACGUUAUUUCCUGAUAGUCGUGACGCGGUGAUUCACCAUUUGAAAGAAUCUGAAAGGAAAGAGUACGAAGGUUGUUGGCUAAACUUUUGAGACCUCUAUUUACUUGUCUUAUCGUGUUUUUUUUCUUUUCCUUGUUUGUUCCAGAUGUGACUUUUGCUGCCAAAGGCUACUUUGACGCUCUGGUCAGAAUGGGCGAACUUGCCAGCGAGAGUCAAGGAUCCAAAGAUCUGGGUAAGUGACGAACAAACACCUCAUGAUGUCUGUUUUUUUUUAUUGUGCUUCCUGUCUCGGUGUUGGACUGACUCUGGCUUUGCUCUUCACACGCACAGACUCAUUUAAAGUUGUGAAAAUCUGGAAAUCAGAAGUUUUUCUCAAUUGUCUGCGUCCUUACUCUUUUUUUUCAUGGAGGAGGAAAUAACUCUUUCCAAAUUAAGGGCCUGCUUCUGUCAGGGGAAUGUCAUCACAGAUAGAAAUAGGUUACAGUAAUGAAUGCAGUACCAUCGGCACAGAGAGGUGGGAGCUGAUCAUCAUUUAUUUACAACAGUACAGAUGAAGGAGGCAUGUUUUUCAUCUGGUCUGUUGAUUGAUUUUGGAGAGGUCUUUUUAUAUUCACAGAAGCAGUUUUCCAAUUUCGUGGAUUUCCGGUGUGAUUUCUAUCAAUCCUGCGAGGACAGGCGUGUGUCAGGUCAAUGAGACGUCUCUGCGUGUCGUUGUAAAUGUGUUUGUAGUCUGGUUACAAACAUAGAGGUCAAUUGGAAAAGCAACACCCAGUCCUCUCACACUGAGUCGUUACCUAGGUGAUCUGUGUCUGUAUUUACUGUCACAGCUCUUGGGAAAUCAGCUCCUGUUUGAAAAGAUUCCCUUCGCGCUGAUUGUGCUUUCGACUGCUUGAUCUGUGUCGGAGUAGCUGUUGAUUUGAUGGGGGCUUUUGUUGCAGAGCAGCUAAGAUCCAGUUUGGGUUUCCUCCAGCCCGGCCGAGCGGGACUGACAUGAAAGUGCUCUCUCUCAGGAUGUUUAAUUCAGAAAGCCGCCCUCUCUCUCUCUCCCUUUCACUCUCUUUUUCUCCGCCUCUUUCUCUCAACCGUGAAGCUUCGGUGAGGUUUCCCAUUGAUUCCAAACUUUUACAACCUUAUUUACAGUAGUGGGCUUUUCCAAGAUAGAUAUCCUCAGCUGAACUGGAGCAGAAAAUGACAGGAGCUUUUGCAAAGAAUUCUGCAUUAUUUCGGGUAGCCUUCUUCCUGUUCGGAGAGAUGUAACAAUGCCUAUUUUAGAGAUUGUGUGUACAGCGUAUAUGUGUGUGCAGAAUAUAUCAAUUUACGCACCUCUUUUGUCAGAAGUGUGUAUGAGGGAGCUGAAAACUGAUUCCAUUUUCAAAAGCCCUGCCUGCAGGAGGAUUUGCAAGGGACUGGAUGUUUGCAGUGACUCAUUCUGCUCUUGAAAAGGCUCCUUCUAUCUGUCUGUUUUUAUAUUUUUGAGUCCAUCCAGACCAAGUUGCUCUGUGAGGCUGUAACAUGACACAGAUAUGGUUUUGAUGUCUAUAGGUAUUUGUUUAUAAAGGCUGUCUGCAGUACAAUAUGCAAGCCUCUCUGAAUCCACCCCCCCUCUGCCUUUGCAUGACACAGUAAUUUCCCCGGGUGGGGUUACUGUUGUUUUAUUUUCCAGCCACCUGCUUGCAGCCGUAGAGCUCCCACCCUGAGGUCGGUGCCAUCGCUCCGACCUCCUGUCCAAUCAUGAGCAGGAAUGAGACCCAGAGCUCGGGGUUUCCUGUUUGUCUGGUAAAAGUAAAAAUAUCCAUGGAUUACGGACAUAAAGGGUGUUGGAGGUAUUAGUGAUCAUGUUAUAAUACACAGACACCAAUUUCAUCUGAGUAUGAGUCUCAUAAUCUCAAUAUGUUACUCCAAUCUUUAUUCGCAAAAUGAUAGACAGACUCCAUCUUUUAAAUCCAAGUAUAUGAUUAAUUUCAAAUCCUUGUUUCUUAUACAGACUCUAUUUCUUAAUUUCAAUAUAUACCCUCAUUCUAAUCAUAAUCCCCAAUUUAUAAUCUGACUUUAAUCUUUAAUCCCAGUUGGACAAACACUCAAUCCCAAUAUGAAACCCAGUCUCCCAAUUUUUAACCUAGAUCCGAUACACAGAUUUUAACUAGUAGGAUACUUCUUGUCCUACCAUUUUGCCACCAAUGGCCCCAACACCCCAACCUUUAAUAGGUAGAUGCUUGAGCCAGUACUUUACGGUGUUUUAGGUAGGCAGUAUGGCUGGGCGAUAAACCGAAAAUUUACUGAAACCGAAAUUUACGACAAUAACCAAAAUCAUUUUGCUCAUAUCGGUAUUUUUGGUGUCAAAACAAUAAAAAUAAAUAAAUAAAUGAUAGUUGGUUUUGGAUGUGUGUAGGUAGGCUACGAUCUCAUGUCCCUUUACAAUGCUGUCCUGCGUCAGAAACAUGACUCCAACCCAUCCAAAGCGGGAAAAACAGGUGGAAAGAUAGAGGACAGUUCAAAAGUCCUAGCAGCCGGAGUGGAUGAAGUUAAUGUGGGAGGGGUAAGAAGCUUGUGGAGUAGUUAUCUGCUCAAUAUAUCAUGAUAUUGAUUUGAGGCCAUAUCACCCAGCCCUAGUAGGCACCGUCUGACACAUGUAGGAAGGAAUGGCAAUUGUUAGCCUUUUUAGAGCCAGAACUCUGACCAGAACCUGAUCUCGACCUGGUUAGCCUUCAGCAUCUAGUGCCAUCAGAUCUUCAUACUGUUCUACCUUAGAUUGGAUGUAACCACAGCAAGUUCUUCUUCUGCAAAAACCCUGUUAUCAGCGUCCCCAAACUUGAGCAUGUAGUGGUAAAUAUAUACUUACUGAGAUCCUGCGCAUAGAAGCUGAUUUUAGCAUAAGUAAUAAUUUUAUUAUGUCAGUUAUUGAGUCGAUCUUAAACUGACUAGUGUUUGCUUCACUGUGUCCUGCGUGGAUUUAUCCCCCCGUGAGUUUGCCCUCACCCCCUUUAAAGCCCGUUCAUUUAUUCCACAUAGGCUCAGUAAGAGACGGGUUGCAAAUGGUCCCACCUACACGCCUAAGAGUCAGCAGCUGUUCUCCAUCUCUCUCUUCCUCCUUUAUCCUUCUGUCUUCAGCACGCACACACACACUCAUACACGGGCAUAAAUAUUAUGCUUAAACAGGGAUAGUAAAAAUGAUUGAAGUAAUGCCCUCAGCUGCUUUUUUCAUUAUCAACAAGCAUGCACACUUUGGAAAAGCAUCUUUACCCACAGAAUGUGUUUGAACCAUUUGUACUACCGUGGUUGUGUGCAGUCUUUGUGCAUAAAGCUGCUGACAGUUCUACGUGUUUAUACAGUUAGAGUGCUCUUUUAAUCCACUUGUGUAUAUCUCCGCCUAAAGAGACUGACUCUCUAUCUCCAGCCCCACUACUCCCACACUCUCCCUCCCACACAUCCUCCUCUGGUUGGGCUAAUCAUCGCCUGUCACUUUGCCACCCACACACACACAUGCGUGCACACAAACACACGAUCAAACGCACGCUUUCCUGCCCUCCCUCUCUUUUCCUUCUCCUCUUCUGUUUCCUCCAUCUUCCUCGUCUUUUAUCCCUCGUCGCACUUAUUACUUCUCCGACAUUCGUGGCUUUUUUACUCUUUAUGGGAAAUGCAGGAAAUGGUGGGAUUUAUGUUGAACAACCUUUUAUGGAUCGGCAGUUUUUUUCUGUGUGUUUGUAUCCAUCUGAGCUAAGAGGUUUAUUUACAACUAGACCUGAAGCCAAACGGGGGAGUCAGAGGUUUAAACUCCUCUUAAAAUUUGUGUUUCGAUCUGUCAUCAUCCCUACAGAGGUAUUUAUCUUUGUUUUCACCACCCAGGUUUGCCUUUUUACCAAAAAGUUCACAAGCAUUCAAAUAUUUUUGUAAAGCGUACACAGAGGAAACCGAUCUGUGCUGCCAAAGGUCUCCACUUUGACUUUGGCUCUCGAAGCACCUGAUCUCUUUCAACUCUUCCCCAGGUCUGGCUUCAAAGGGGGUCCACUGGUGCCUUUCUUCUAGGCAAGGGGACUCCUCUACCUUUUUCUUCUUCAUAGAGGCCUAUUGGAUUCCUCUUAGUCCAGUCCUCUGGGACCAGUUUUCCUUUGGGCAAGUGCCUCUGGCAGCAUAGCUCUAAAAUACACAGAGACACACAAACCCCUCCACCACAUGAGGAUGGUGAUUCUGUGAAGGUGGAGUGAGUCUCGGUUUCUCUAAGUAUCUCUAGGUUUUGUUCAUGAAUAAGAGUAAAAUGGAUCAUGGUAUCGACAGACAAGUUGGUGCUUCUUCAGCAUUAAUGCCAAGAGAAGACGCAGCUGAGCCUAAAGGUUCACAAGUCGAUCUAAUGUCCAACUCUCAAACGUGGACAUGAUCUUUGAUUAGUGACAGAAAGAGUGACUUUCUUUUGAGGGGUGGCUGCAGGGCUUACAGAGAGGGUCAGGAGCUCGGAGAUUGGAGUAGAGCUGUUGCACCUUAGCAUCAAAAAGUGUCAGUUGAGGGGUAGAUCUGGACCUGUAAGUUCCAUCUAGCCUGAGAACCCCUCAGAGAGAGGUGAAAAACAGCCCUGUUUUUGAUGAGCAACUGCAAACAAGCUAGUUUAGCAACUGCACUCUUCUACUACAGAGCCGUGUUGUUGUAAUUCAUGCAGAGGUCUUCCCAGACAAUGGCAUGUCUGCUUUUUAUACAGUGCCGCCUGAGAGCCAUCCAGGGUUGAACUUAUAAAUGGAUUUUACCAGAUAUUCUCUAUCUGUAAUGGUUUAACUGUUGAUAAUGAAACUCCAAAUUCUUUGCGGUUUUAUGCUGGAGAAAAUUCACCUGAUAUUUUGGAAAUGCCUAUCUGCUUUGACUUACCCCCAAUUUCCACCACAUCCUGAACAGCUACGAAAAGGACGUUUCUGCCGAUUGUUGCUGAUUGUAACCUUUCAAGUUAAUGUGUCAACUUCCACCGGCUUCUUUUCGGUUCCGCUGCGGAUCGCCGGACUCUACAGCUGAUCGCAAUAGUUCUAUUUUUUCCGGACGCCGGAGCAUGCCGGAUAAAUUCUGCACAGAUUAACCCGUGCUGGAAAGGAAGACGGGCACAGAUACAAAGUAAAACAUCUGGCUUCUUUUCAAAAUAAAACACUUUGUGUUUCAAGUAGAUCGUAUUUCACACCAGGCAAACGGGCGGGGACGAACAAGUCAAAGGUUUAUAGACGGCAUUUCACCCCAAUGACACCAUAGAUGAGGAGAUGCUGAUUCUGAAAGUCUAGAAGUGGAUUUUCUCUUCUUGAAGGACACAAAUAAUGGCUUAUAUGGUUAGCCCAUGUUGCUAGAGACAACUUGUUAUCACGUGAUUGCACAUGAAUCCCCUAACAUGACACGAAAUUCGCCUUACAAACGGAUCCGGUAGGAAUUGUCGGACGGCAAAAGUCGUUCUGGAUUGGAGCCGUUCCCAAUGCAGUAGACAGUGGGGGUAAAGCUCCUUUCCACUGGGCACACAUCAGUUGUUUUUAUUUAAUGUUGUUGGCGGCAUGCAGUCAGGAUCAGGAUUUGUUUUUUUAACCAAACUCCGAUGCAAAAGUUGCUGACUGCAGCUUUAAUUUACAGGACAUAAGUAGCAAUACCCAAAUGACGCAUCUUGUUUGCAUGUUUCAGAUUUAGAAUUUGUGGUUAUUUAAAAAGGAUUUUGCUCCAAAACAAGUAAAGCAGAUGACAUUUGUAGGACUCGAUAUCUUAAAUCUCACCCUGUAAACAUGACAGUGAAGUAAAGACACUUUUUAUACGGGCUGGGUUGUGAAAAGAAAUAGCUUUCUGAUAAUGGGGCUGUUUACAACUCUCCAGCAUGGUCAGCGUGUUCUUUCCGAGUCCUCAGGUGAAGUACAGUUAAGAGCUGCUCUGUGUCUUUCUUGGCUGGGUGUGUUCCCCCACGCUGUCCCACAUGGGUAAUAUUUCACUGCUGGAAGUUUUAGGGAUUAGUGUCAAAGUCGGGCUACAAACCGGGCAUGUAAAGAGCACUAGUGUUAUGUAGUGUAUCUUCGAAAUGCAGUGGCAAAUCCUCGCUGGAUAAACCCCAAAAGAGUGAGCUUCCUCUUGAGCCGUUUGGCUGAUUCUUCUUUUCUCAACAGCCUGGGCAGGAAUGUGAAGUGCUUACAGUCCAGCGUCUCCAUCCAAGGGGGAAUCGAAUAUCUUUCCCCUCUCGUAUCAACAUUUGUAACCAUGCUAAUUAUGAUAAUACCACACAUGUAGUGGACUCAGCGAAAAGAUAUCUUCAGGGAAAUUACAUACAUGAGAGGAGAAAGAGGAGGGGGGGUCAUAUUAAACCAUGCUAUGCGAGGGAGAGAGGAGAGAAAAAAAAACAGCCCUCUUUGUAAUUACCUUAGAAAAAAGGUUCAUGUGGGGAAAAUGAGGCUGCAUACUGAUGUAGCGUAAUUGUCUUUGUGAGGUAAAUGGAUGUGAGACAUGGUGGUGAAUGGACACAGUCUGAAAGCUAAACAGCACGCCUGUCGUGGAGAGCAGAGGUUAGCAGUGCCAGGUGAAACGUUAACCCCAACAUGCUGUGUUUGAAUGAGCGCCCAGGAGGAUACACACUGUAAACACACAUGCAGCCCUCUCUCUCUCUCUCUCUCUCUCUCUCUCUCUCUCUUUCUCUUCCUCCUCUCUCUCUUUUCUCUUUAGUCUGGCCUACCUCUCCCCUCCUCCAGCACCUGUCCCUGUUUAAAUGAGAGCAGAGGAGCUCUUUUCUUAGCUCCGUGCCACCAUCCCAGGGGUCCCUGCCUCUCUCCUGCUCUAUUUCUGAGGCGCGCGCUGCAUGAUGGGAAGCCAGUGGCCCCCACGCUCCACAUUUACACGCACAUUCACGGUGCCCUUCAUUCGCUCAUGGCGGUGACAUGUGCUGAAGGUGAGCUCGGAUACAGGGAUGGAUGAAAUUGCUCAAAUAGCUCUCUCUUGGUUUCUCUUUUGUUUUUUUGUUUUUUUUUUAGACUUAAGGCUAAAACAUACAAGAUGCGUAUUUGGAGCGCGGCAGCAGCGUCACGUAUUACACGGCAAAUAAUACAGGACGCGUAUCAGCUCCGUCGCAGCAUCGUUUCGAGAGCAGCACUGCUAAAGAUACGCAAUGAGUCUAUUUUCGCUGCUCUACGCUUCCAAUGCGCGUCAAUCCACACAGAGAAAAUCGUCCUAGACAGGAAGUCAAGCAGGAAAACCGCACAUUUCUUCAGGUAUUUCAAAAUAAAACACCAUAUGCGAACUCCUGAAUGUGUAUCAGUUCGCGUAGAUGGGAAAUACUUGCUGGUUAGUGUUGUUUCGUUCACAAACGAUUCGUUCAAAAGAACCAAUUCUUUUACGUGAAUGCACUGAACCGAAUCACUUCCUUGAGUGAUUUGUUCAUUUCUCACUUCGGUUGAGCUGAAGUGAGAAACAGCACUGCCAGGCCAGCAGCCAGAGAACGAGGGACCGCAUGCAGCAACACCGAAAUCACUUGGUGAACGAAUCACGCAUUGAACUGCACUCUCUGGAAUCAUUUUUGUCGGACAAAACAACCUUUUUUAAUUUACUGCUAAAUUGCCACCACAACAACUUGCAAGUCGCAGGCUCCUCCCACUAAAUGAUUCAAUGAUUUGAUGAACGAAUCUUUUGAACGAAUCUUUUUAGUGAACUGAUUCAGUACAUCUAAAAGAACUGCCGUGCCCAUCACUGUUGCUGAUUAUGGAUUUAUCAGUAACACAGAACAACCCGAUGGUUGAUCCCUGAUCCAUGUGGACCCCAACAGGACUUUUAACUACUUACUCUGUCUGAAGGUAACAACAUAAAGGCACAUAGUUUACUUUAUUAAAGACAAGCAAACCUGCAAAAACCGAAACUGUAAAAUCACGUUGCUUUUUCACGUAUAGUAGAGGCUCACAGGUACUGAAUUAUAUCUUAAUUAACAGGAAAAAGACCACAGAAAGGCAAAACAACCUGCUGUGAGCAUGUUGUUUCCUCUAUACUGAGCCCAGCUGACCGUGGCUGAAUUACGCCGCUGCCAUGCUCCAAAAACGCAUCCUGUAUGUGAUACCAAAUGCUGCUCUACGAAGCAAAUACAGAAUGCGCUAAAUACCGAUCCUGUAAGUUUAAGAAUAAUUGAUGCCUUUACAGUUCACACAAACACCAACGCCACAGUCAGUGCCAUGCUAAUGUGAGAGCGUGAGUGAACUAUUUAUUCAGGAUUUAGAAUCGUGAUGUAUGCAAAUCUGCUUUUUGCAAAUGUUGCCUGUCAUGAUUAAGCAAGAGCCGCCAAAGUACUUCGAAGUUGCCUUUAUCGUGUAGAAGAGUAGAGUUUGGUCACAGGAGUGCAGUGAUCAGCUAGCACCAGACCUAAUAGUGUGCUGUUUUCCCCACUGCUCUCACAGAUUAAAAGUAUGUGGAGCUUGACACAGCCUGAGCUCGAAUGCGCAAUGUGUGGAGACCUGCGCUGACCCCAGUUUCUCGAGGCUAAUUGGCUGGAUCGAAUAACAGGCACACACAUUCAAAGAGCGCUGUUUGGUUUUCAAUCAGCCCCUCCUUUAAGCGCCAUACCUCAACAGGUAGCUGCAUGACUCUGCAGCUUUUCCUCGCCGUCUACGCUCAAGUGCAAAUCUGCCGGACAGCCGUGGAGAUGACGGCGCUGCUUGUAAAGACUGAAAAAUGGUGCAUGUUCCAAAUUCACAUGGGUUUCCUCUCUGUUGCACCGAGGUAUCACUUAUUAUUAGUGCAUUCUCGAGGGGGUUUUCCCCAUCACUUCACUGCUUGCCUCCCUGGCUGUUGCUUUCGCUGUCUGCCUGAUUUCCCCUGGAAGAAAAUCUGUUUCUCUUUCAUGUCGAGCUUUCUUCACUUUGAACCUCAUGCUGUGAUUCUAAGAAGACUUUGUCGCUGAAAGCAGAGAGGGAGACAAAAACAACCCGGAUCUUUAAAGGAUUUCGCGCAGACCGCCAAACAAAAUACCAUCCCUGACCUUAAUCCCCCCCCUCCGCAUCUUUUUAAACUGUUCUCAUCGUUAUUUGAGUUUCUCCCGCUCACUUUUUUCCCCCCUGUAUGUUUCUGUGGAGUUUGUCAAACCAAUCAAAGGGCCUGCAAUUCAGCACUUAUGCUAUCAGCCGAGAAAACUGAGAUUUUGUGCUUCAGUAAUCAGAGUUUCUCUCAAGAGACCCCUUUUAACUCUUCUAUGAGAGUUUUACUUUUGAGCCCCUGCAAGUUUCAAGUAAUUAACCCUUUACUUUCCCAUUUAUACAUGUCAAGCUUAUCUUGCUUUUGGAUGUUUGACAACUCCGGCACGUCAUACAUUUCAUGACUCCAGAAACUGCCUGAAUUAACAAUUCCUUUGAAACAUGAUCUGACCCGGUCACAGCAGGCUGGAUUUUAAGUCCUGCUCUUUCUCAGAAAUGUCUCAUUUUUUCAUCAUCAGUGCUUGAAAGCUAGAAAAAAAUCUCCCUAGAAUUUCUCUCUCAUGUCACUUGAGUCAGAGGGAUAUUGAAAAAGCUUAGUUUAGCAAUAUUAUAUGAAGAGGAAUGCUUUUGUACUAGCUCAAUUACAGUGACAUUCGGUAUAGCAACACAGCCUCAAGCGUAAUGAUAUUGCGCAACAGCAUAUCCUCCAUUUGUAUAGAAUAUAAUUACUUAUUGAAUUUACUGAGGUAAAGAUUGCAUGUAUUGACGAUGACAGCAUCCAAUCUGCAUCAUGUGGCCUAAUUUUCAUAUGAGUUUGAACUAUUCUUGGUCGAUUAAAACCCUAAAAUUUUCUACCAAAAACACACUAAUCAGAGCAACGCGGCUCGGCAGGGUGAAAAUAUACAGAUAUCACCACAAGAAGACAAUUAAAUACAAAUAUUGUAUUCAGCAAACCACCCUAUGUUAAAUUAACAUGGGCGCUCUUCAGUCUUCCUAUCUCCAGCCGCUGAUGGUUUUUUACGUAGGAUGGUAGGGGAAGGUCCCGCCUCCUUUGCCUCUGAUUGGCUAGAAGUGCUGGGCCCCGAUCGGUUAUUCCUUAUGGCUGUGAAAUGUCAUCGUCUGUUGGGUUAGGGUUAGGAGAUACAGAAUUGUGAUAAUUUUCUGUUCGACAUAAAGAACCCACAAACUGCGCUCGGCUUAAGCGUGUGUUGACGUCUCACAGCCAUAAGGAAUAACCAAUCAGAGCUCAGCUUUUCUAGCCAAUCAGAGGCGAAGGAUGAGGGACCUUACCAUACCAUCCUACGAAUAAAAAUAUAGCGUCCAGCUGAUCUCCAGUUGGUUGGGUGAAUCCAAAAUGCUAGUAGGGGUGCUCUGAAAACACCCCUAUUAGCACUUUGUAUCUUCCUCCUAAUGGAAUUUACCAUAGACUGUAAAUUAACGCUGAAAAAAAUGGAGUCAACCAAUCAGAAUUUUGGUCAACUCAUCAGUAUCGACCAAUCAGUGGACUAGGACUUUACAGUCCUAGUUUGAACAAGUUAUAAAAGUUCAAAUGAACUUUUCCCCCAAAGUUCGACAGCAGGUUCAAAUUUGGAGUAAAAAGUGACAUCCCCAACAAACACCAUAUCACAGAUCGUAUUUGUUUCCAACUUUGUGAAUCUGUAUCCAGCAGCUUGACCGUAAAUGGAGUAACCAGGCUUCUUUACAACAUGUUGCUCUACUCUGUUGGUGUGCGCAUUAAACUGUGUAUAUUCCAUUUUAAUAACAGGAAGUACAUCCAUCUCUGUAUAGCUGUACAGUGGUCUUUUGCUGCUGGGUCAGUUAUGUAACAUUCAUUAACAGAAUUCAGAGCACUUGAAGCAGAAUGACACACAUUAUCAACCUCUAUAAUGCCAAGUGAAUCAUUUUCAAUACGCAAGUUUCAGAGGCCUUUACAUCAUUAGUGUGAGGGUUUUUUUUUUCUCCGGGGGAGCCUGAUGAAUAGAGGCUGUAAAUCACCGGGGUGUGGAGGGCAUGCCCCAGCCCCCUUCUAUGACACAUUAAAAUCGGCUGUCGUCAAACAGUCUGAAAGGGUCACAGAAUUGUAUUCAUUUAUGACAGGCACAUGGCUGAUCAGGGCCAACUCAUUGUUACGCAGCGUGUAAGAAGAAGAUGGAAAUGGACUUAGCAAUAGAAGAGGAACAUUGAACUUGAGAGGGUCACUCUUUGUGGUCACAGUAUGUUCAGCAACAUGUAGUCCCUUGUGCACGCCUCAUGUUGGGAAUUUAUCCAGAAUUUGGAAUAUUUUAAAUGUCAUUGCAUGGAGAAUCAAAAAUGUUCCAGAAAGCGGACAAAGUUCUGGAAGGCUGAACAUGAAAUAGAAAAAUCAAUCAUACUAAAACAAGUCAGAAAUAGUUUUUUUUGUGGAUUCUUGGCAAGAUAGACAUUCAUAGUGAUACUUAUAAGCAGGGGCGGGUUGAGAGUGUGGUCUAGGGUGGCCGUGUCCACUCCCCUCUGAAAUUUUAAUGGCCACCCAAGUAACUUUAUUUGUAUUUUUCUCAUUUUUUUGUUACAUUUGUAUCUUAGAUUGUGACAUUGGACUUUUUAGAUUUUAAGAUAUAAAGAUGGAUUUAACGUCGCAAGGAGUCAAAAUGGAUUUGAUUGAUUUCAUGCUUUUUGCUUUUUGCUUUAUGCGUACUGCUGAGGUGUAUUUCUAGAUCAGAAAUGUAGAUAUUUAUAUUUGUUUAUUGAGGUCUUACACGCACUUAGAAUACAAAGGUACUUGGAUCACUUGAUUAUAGUUUUUCCUGGUUAAUUUUUUUGGCUGAAAUUCAUCCAUUUAGGAGAUGAAUACAUACUAAUUCUGUGAUUCAGGUUGAUUUCUAGACUAGAGCUUGUCCCAAUCAAACUGCCCCAGCUGUUAUGUAAUGCAGAUUCAGCGCUGUUUCAUCAGGAAAGGUUGGACUGUACGGUUUUUCACGAGUUCACAGUAGACUCUUGUUAUUUUACAAUAUUCAUAUCCUGUUUUUAGAAAUAGUUUUCUACGAUCUGUUGAAAACAUAAGUGGAUCCACACAAACCAGAACUUGUUGUGUGAAACAGCAGCUUAAAAAGAGGCCAGGAUUUUGGCUCCCUGCUACCAGAUGGUUGGAUUUGCUACAGAAAGUCUUACCCCCCCACACCCCAGACAAUGCGUGACAAGCUACCUGAGACUUCUUAAAGGAAACGACGAGAUUAUUCACGACUGUACCCUGGCCCACUUUGCUUCCAUUUACCCUGUUAAAUCUUUAUUAUGGCCUAAAUGCAUGACACCAUUAGUGGACAAACUUAUAUUAGGCUAGUGGGCUGAACAGCUGUGAUGGCAUUGCUCCUAAAUACAUCCUGUUUCUCCCCUGUGAGAGGCUUUGUGAAUGAGAGAAGUGGGAAAACAGUUCAGACUAAGUUUACCAGCCUGGUGUGUGUGUGAGAGAGUGUUAAGUAUAAGCCUUCCUCACGUCCAGAUUAACAGUGUUUAGAUUUUGUGGUUUCAAAGGGAGUGUGCUCACACAUGUGCACACUAAUGCACACAUCAGAUCUACACACAUGCAUGUACACACAAAGCCACCCAGGCUCUAGACUAUUAUCUAUGUGUCGCACAUUAUCCCACCACCCCAUUAUUAUGCUUGCCCAUGUGUUUGUUUCUCUUGUGACUUAGCAUCGUCAGGUAUUAACAUCCAUGAACUGUUGACUCACACAUGUACACGUACACACAGUGUGCACAAAGCCCCCCCAAGUGAGGUCUACUCCACUUUCCUCCCCGGGGAGUGUGUGUGUGCGGAUGUAAUGCUGGUUGAUAGUAAGGGUGGAGAUCUUUUGAACAGUGUUUCAUAACAUAACUCUUUGCAGCCGCUGCACCCUCAUCUUGCAACUUCUCCCAUAGCAACGACCCUAGCAUUAUCCUGCUACCAUGACAACCCGUAGUGAAUCCAGCUUGACCUUCACCAGUGAUUCAGUGUCUCUCCAUCCACCUCCAUUCCCUCCCUCCAUCUCUGUCUCUCUUGUUCUCUCUCUGUUCAACAUUGCAAACUCUCACUUUUUUUUCCAUCUCCGUAGCCCACAUUCUGUUAUUCUGUGUGUUUUUUUCCGUCUUCUCUCUACCUGUGUGGGUGUAUCAUUGCUUCUGUUACACAAGCAGUCAAUAAAUCUACACAAGCUGAUGUCAUACUUCAGGGGACAGUGUGUUCACAUGCGUUCCAGUCCUGUGUCCAAGCUUCCUUUUCUCUGACUCAGUGCUUUAAGUCAGCAGGCAUGUGGCUGCUUGCUGCAGAGCUGCAGGUGCAGAUCAACCUGAGCUCACCUCGCAACAAAGCUACUAUUGUUUUCUUUCAGUCGGGGAUGUAGGCAGGGCUACGCCAGCCUGGUAAUACUGAUACAGUAACAACAAAUCUCCCGGGUUUGUACUUGUGCACAUGUGUGCGGCUGUGUGUCCGAGUGUUUGCGUGUCACUGUGGAAAUCGACCGGUCUGUCAUGUCGCUCCUAGCUGGUAUGCGGAUAUCCUUGUCAGGCUGGCAGCUCCUCCAUUAAAGCUCACAGGUUGUGUCACGCCUGCCAGAGAUCUUCUAUUCAAACAAUAACAGCGCACAACACAUUCAGAUUUUCCACAUUAUCCCUCUUUAUUGAUUUUUGAUUGAAUUUGCUGCUGUUCGCUGCCCCCCCCGAAGACUGUGGUCCAAUUUUCUGUUACUGUUGUUGUAUGAUAUGAUAGGAAGUUGCCAUGGAAACUAUUUGCAUCUCCAAAGUGUGAUUUUUUUUUUUUUUUUUUUUUCCCUAUGCUUUGGCAUCGUCCGCUGUGCAGUAAUGAAACUGCAGAUGACAAGAUGAGAUCUGCACAGAUUCAUUCAUUCUUUACCUCUCUGGCUUCGUGAAAACACUCUGUCCAACUGCCAGUAGAUGUGUCUAAGUCUGUUAUGUGUGUAUGUGUGUGUGUAUAUAUAUAUGUGUGUGUAUGUGUGUCGUCCGUACACUGACGGCUGCUCAUUUGUUAAUUGAUCCAGCUAGUUGAAGCAGCCAACAGAAUGCAAGGGUUUCUAAGCCUGGAGAGCUGUGAUCAGGGAUGAGUAUCUGUAAGCAGCUUAGCCGGCCUGCUGGGAACUGACAGGAUGCUUUGGCCUGCUUCUCAACUCCUGUGAGGCACACCAUAAGGGGGCAGGUUGCACAAAUGUACAAUAGGCCUGGGCAUCUUGGGAAUUGAGUGGUUUUAGAGGCAAUGACUCUACCUAAUGUCGGGUGUAAUAAGACCUUUUUUAAUUAGUGCGAUCUGCUGUGCUAAAGCGGACCAACAGGAUGGUUAAAACCAAAUUCCUUAAGUCAUCAGUUGACGUUUAUAUCUAUGCUCAUCGUAGAACCAACAGAGAAAAUAGAGAUUCAGUUCUAAGUCAAAAAUUAUUAUGCCAUCUUUCAUCUGUGCCUGUUUACAUCCAGAUAGUAGAGCACAGCAGGAUUAUGCAGCAACAAUGCCACAGCCAUUAACCGGAGCUACAGCCCCUUCUUAUGGCGGGCGGCUUUGGUAAAGCUUGGGCUGGUUUUUAGGCCCACAAUAAUGAAAUCAUUUACUUAUUUGCUGGUUAGGCAUGCUUAUCCCCAAUAUAUACUACAUUGCUAAUAACCAGAGGUGAAAAAAAUUUGGAUUUUUUCCACCAAAUACUUCCCUGUCUCUUACCGAUGACACAUUUACAACAUUAUAUGGUUUUAUGUCUUUGAAAACAAGUUAAUUUGCCGUAAUGUUUGCAAAACUAAGAAAAGACAAGACUUGGAUAUAGAGUGCUAAUGCAGUAUUUUUUUUAACCCAACAUGCUGUGAACGUAAAUAAAAAUUGUAAUCAGCUGAUAUCUGUGGCCAAUAAAUCAGAAGAUCCUGUCUGCAGACACUGCAAGUAGCUUUGUUAAUGUAGUUCCUGUCAAGCUAUCAAACUCAACAGUUUCUAACAAGUGUUUGGUAUGUAUUCUGUAUAUUCUGAUAUGUAUCUGAGCUAACCCUGGAUAUUAGAUUUUAAUAAGUAUUGUCACAUUUCUAUAAUUUAUGAAAAACCAAAAAAUAUUAUAUAUCAGCCUGGUCUGUAAAUAUCUGUGUCUGCAUCGGCGGUUAAAAAGCACAUGUAAGUUGACCACUGCUAUUGCGUACAAAGGGUUGGUGUUAUUUUAUGCAGAUGAUACCUGUUUAUUACUCAUAAAAUUGUGAUCCACCAAUAUUGAGUUAAUGAUUUAUCCACUUAAUAUUCCGCAGCUCUUGAAACUGCAUUCAAAAUGUUCAGUAGCUGUUUAUGUGCUGCUAAGAAAUGCUGCAGUGGAUUUGAAGUGUACUCAAGAAGAGUAAUGUCACUUUAGCGAUCACACUUUCAAGUCAGCUCUCACUAAAUGUUUUGCAUAUUAUUAAUUACGUCUUGCAUUGAUUGCUGUUACGUCCGAACCUGCCUCCCUGCUUUUACUGCCCUUUUAAUAUUUUGGAGUAUUAAAAUCGGCUCCUUCACUGCCUCUUUAGUGUCGUCUGUCUGCAGCAAUUUCCAACGUACGUGCUGUCUGCUGUAACGGAGACCACUCCAAAGCCCUUCGUGCUGAAAAGUUUAUUCCAAAACUACUUCAUCUGAAGUUACUAUUUUACUUCUCAGGGUUUGGAGUUGGGGUUAAGGUGCAUUCACUUUAAAAUUAGCUUUCAAAUGGAUACAACAGGAUGAUGUACGGUUAGAAAAUAUGAUCUUCUCAGUGCUAAAGCAGGAGGCUACUUCUGUCCAAAUCGAUAUGAGCCAUAAUUGGUACAAGUUGAACCCAUGUUCUAACCAGGCAACAGUUUAAUUUGUAAGAUGUCAGAAAGUGCUAAAGCUCAGGGGCUUUGGACCUUGUGGUCAGGAAAUGUAUGUGUGUCUCAUUUCUCUGUACAUGCAGCUCUGACACUUGUCUUUUCACCAGGUCUCUGUAUGUUUCUGUGUCCCUCGCUCAAUGUAGCUCUUUGUGUUCCUUUUCUUGACAAUGCACUGCACAUUCAGAAGAGGCAGCCUGUAGGUAUAUAUGAAAAUAUAACACUUCAAACUCUAGCUGCAUGACUUUAUCUUCUUAUCUCCUUCCUUUUUGUUUUUUUUUCUUUUCGUGUGGAGACUUAAACCCUUCUUUAAGAUGUUGUUUUUGGGUUCUAGAUAUGAUAUUGCCUGUAUCGAGAUUAACCAAAGAAAUAAAGGCAGUAUGUUUGAUCUCCACCAGACAUCAGAACUUACACGCCUGAAGACAGAGAAUUUAAUUUAAAGCAUUUCGUCUCCCCCAUUUUUCGUGCUUGUCAUUGCUAUUAUCAUUUCAUUUUUGUUGUUUUUUCUGUUAUGUGGUACCAAAGACAAACUUUCAUCAUGCUCUGUGUUGUCCUAGUUUAAGUCACUUGUCCUGUACGUUCGUGUCUUGUGUUACUGCAUGAGCUUUUGCACGCUGGGGGGUCUCUGUUUUUCCUCCUGUUUCCUCCUUUUAUCUCUGCUACCCUACCUCUCUCCCUCUUCUGUUUCUCUCUGCUGUAGGUGUUCUUAUGUUUUCGAGUGUUGUUCAUGCUUUCUCUCUCUCUCUCUCUCUCUCUCUCUGUGCAGGGGAUGUGCUGUUCCAGAUGGCUGAGGUCCACAGACAGAUCCAAGUGCAGCUAGAGGAGAUGGUUGGUAUUCUGAGCUCAAAGGUGUUCUUAGCCUGUGCUGUUCAACACUACAGCGCUCUCGAUAAAACCGUGUAAAAGAAUGUAAUAUUUCAGCUUUUUUAGGCUGGAUAGGAAUCAAAACAAGUUAUUGCAGCAAUAAAAUGCAAUGUUUAUCUGUUCUUUCUUGAAUAGUCUGCUCUAAUGUGCAGCAAAAAACAUUAAGUUGAGCUACAGUAUUAGCUUGAUUUGGCAACAGCAAGAGUAUAUCUGCCUCUGCUACACUAGGUGGAAAUAUGCCCCCAUUUUCACUUGUUACUGUUAGGCCGUCUUGUGGUUGAAUUGUUAUGUUACGCACCAUAACAAUCAACAAACACAUUAGCAAGAGGCUAAUGAGUUGUAUGUCAAAUAACAAAAAUGGACUACUUCUUCUUCUGUUGAGGUUCAUGUACGACCAGGCUUCCUACAAUACAUUUAUGCUGUUUAGCUUCCUGGUCAUAGCCUGACAUGGGCUAGCUAGUUUUAGCCAGACUGAGGCAUGAAUGAGAGGUUUGAUUAAGUGCAUAAUAAUCUUAUCUGUGAUGUCAACUAUUUGUUUGUAAAGCAGAGUUUUGAAGCCUGUUUCGGCACUCGCUAUAUUCUUAAUGCUGAUCUCUGAGGCAGGCCUUUAGCCUCCUUGCAAAAAGCUAAAACUGUUUUCAAACCAGGCUGUAAACAUGUUUGUUUUUGCUCUGAAACUGACUUUUUGGGCACAGUGUGUACAAGGUUCCCACUAUUUUCAGUUGGACUAACACAAUAAAUAGAUUUUUUUUAUCAACAUUUGAACAUGUGAGUCACUUACAGAAUAUCUAAUAACUUGCCAAAUAACUGGAUAGCCAAAUACGCUCAAUAAAUCACUGAUUCACUGUAAUUACUGACUGCAUUAGUAACUUAUUAACCAAUAAACUUGCCGUUAGUAACUACACAAAAAGCUAACUGAACUAGCUAACUGGCUAAUUGAGUAAACUGCUAACUGAGUAUCUUACUGCCUAGCUAGCUAACUGGCUAAUUGAGUAAACUGCUAACUGAGUAACUUACUGCCUAGCUAGCUAACUGGCUAAUUGAGUAAACUGCUAACUGAGUAACUUACUGCCUAGCUAGCUAACUGGCUAAUUGAGUAAAGACAAAAAUCUAAAAUGGUCAAAAAUCUGUAAGUAAGACAAUGUUUUAUAUUUUUUAUGAUAGUUCAUGAUAGAAACGGGUUAUUAUUGUGGGUAAUGUUUAUUUACUGUCACAGGAAUAACAAAACAUGGUUGUAUAAAGGCUAACAUUGUCAAAAAACAAAACAAAACACAAUAAGCAGAUGAUAAAUUGUAUAGUAACAAACUUUGCAGGGCUAGUUUUCCUCGAAUCAGCAAUGUAUAAUACAAAGCAUUGAGUCAUCGCCAUCAAAAAUAUCAAGUCAAAUAUUUCUGUUUGUUUUCAUGACAACAACUCUGACACGGAUUUGACCCUGAGCUGUGGGGCCCCAGUGAAUAAUAAUUAAAUGAACUCAGACUCAGACUGAAUUAACAAACCUGCUGAGCUUGUAUAAUUCCAAACUGCCAACACAGAAGGUGGCUGGGGAAGUGAAGUCAGGUAAUUUAACGGUACAGCACUCUGGGUAAGAUGCUUGUAUGACAAGUUAUCCACAGUGAGUAUUAAAUUCAUUAAGUGCGUGUCCAAUACACAGACAGGUAAGCAGGAGCCAGCUGUCCUUAUGAGGUUGUUAUAAGACUAUCAGUCCUUUUGCCAACACUCGCUCCAUGUAAUCCUUUCUGCUCUGCAUGCUGAUCUCUGCGGCGUUAGCGACGCAGCAUGAGUUUAAUCUUAGAAAUCAGGAGUAAUAUUUAAAGCCCUCACUCUCAGCCACUUUGAGCUGAACGAGCUUAUUCAAAAGAUCAUUUUUAUCAUAUAUGAGACAUAUCAUUUUAUGAGAUGGCUGGAAUUAUAUUUGUUGACAUUAUCAAAUAAACCCUGUUUCUGCUUCAUAUGAAGAUCAGAUCAUGUUUUUUUACACUUUUGAAAAAGAUUAAAAUUUACAUUGAUGCCUUUUUAUGAAACACGGAAGCAAACAAGACCAUCAGUUACAGGCGGAUGAGUUUUAAACUCAUUCUAAAGCCUAAAUGUGUGUGAGGAAAAGCCCUGUUUUUAUAUUUUCAACCUUUUUGUCCACAAAAGUGAUUAAUUUGACAGUCAAGAAUCAGCAGGAUGAGAUUUUUCUCUAUUUAACCCUUUAAUGCCUGACACCACAAAUUAUGGCCUGAAAAUUCACAUUUUUUGGAGCUGAAAUGUUUAUUUCACUUACUACUGAAAACCAAAAAAAUCAAAAUGUUCUUAAAAUUUAACAAAAUGUAUUUAUUUAUCUCGUUUGAUACAUUAGAUGUUUUUGGAAACUGAUAAACUACAUGAGGGCAUUUUUAUCAUUUAUUGGACUGUAUUCAGGUGUUUUUUUAGUAAUUUGUUGAUCAUAUUGAUUUGAUAGAAAUAAAUAAAAGUAUGUAUCAAAUAUGAUACAAAAGGCAAUAAAGAGUUAAGCAUGUAGAGGGGAGGAUAGGUUAAGACUGCUUUGUCCACAGGGGGCGCCAAAAUUGAUACAAACCAAAAGUUCCUUACAGGUGCUUUAAACUGUUUAUAUAGAUCGUGGAGAAAUAAAGCUUUCUAUAAAAAAUAAUAAGAGAAUAUAAUUACAGUGAUGCUGCUUUAGGUUCAUUGAUUGUAUUAUCAACAGCUGGUUUGCAGAAAUCAUUUUCACUUACCGCAUAUUGACUAUCUUGUUCAGGAUUCGCAGACUGUUCCUGAAGCAAACCACAUUCACAAUCCAGUGACUAGUUAUUGUGUCAUAUUAUAGCACCGAAUCUGUGACAGUGAUUUGCAAGCUGCGACAGGCUUCACAUGCCAAGCACUUUGUUGGUAAAACAUUUAUUCAGUUACUGAGCGAAGGAGGAGAACACAUUGGUCAGUUGAACACAACUUUAUGUUACAAGUCUUAAGAUUUCAACACGAAGCGUGAGCAUUGAUUGUUGCUGUUACUCCAUUCAUGAUUCCUCUAAAUGUUUCUGUGCUUUCCUCCCAGUUGAAAUCCUUCCACAACGAGCUCCUCUCUGAGCUGGAGAAGAAGGUGGAUCUGGACGCCCGUUAUCUGACUGUGAGUAUCUGAUUGGCUCCUCAUUCCAAUAAAUACACACCACAUUUUCCCCUCUUUGUAGUGCUCUUUUUUUAUGUUACAUCAGCUGUUGCAUAACAAGAGAUGGAGGUGAAGAAGUGUUUCGGUGUCUGGAUCAAAAUCUAUCUGUAAGGCAAUUAGUGGAUGUGACAGUGAAAAAGAGCAGCUUUGAAAUAACAUUUCAUGUCUACUCACCCGUCAAGGGGAGACUGAUUACGAUAAAACGCUCCUGGAGUGUGUGUAUAUGUGUGUGUAAGCUCUGUGGAAGCUGGUCUACAUGUGAUAUCUUUAGAACGAGUGGGUUGCAGGCUGAGCGUAGAGCAGCAGUGCUGCGUGCCGUUUUGGGGGAUGGGAUAACGUUAUCAUUGCUGUAUUGUAAUGUUGGAAGGACCAUGAUAUGAGCUAUGUUGGCUUGCAGUCACUAAAUCAAACACACACAAGCACACUUAAUGCAAUACUGCUCUUAAAAUUUAAUGAAAAGAAAGCAUUUUUAUGAGUCACUCUGGCUCCAGAUAAAAUCAGGAGAUUUAUCAGUCAAAACGUUUGUUCUUAUGGCGAGUUUAUGAGGGAAAAACACAUCUUUUAUUCCACACAGGCAUCUACCAAAUGUGUGUUUCUUCAAUAAACUGAUCAAGAAAAAAGUCCACAAACAUAAACCAAUUCAGACAUCUCUGUCUUGCUGACGUAUCCCUGAGGUUUUUUAGCAUCCAUUACUUUUAAUGAGUUUCCCUCAGAUCUGCUGCAGUGAUAAUAGCAGCCAUUUUGCUUCAGAUUUUGUGAAUUAAUCAUCUGAAAUUUUGUCUCUGUUCAAAAAGACUCAGAGGGGUGCUUGCUGUUUGCCAAGACUGAGGUGUGUGUGUGCGUUCUUGUGUGUGUGUGUGUGUGUGUGUGUGUGUGACUCUCCCUCUGUUCUCUCUGUGUCUGCGGCUCUCUUUCUCUUGUCUGACAUAAUGGGUUCCCCGGGGUUUUACAAGUGUUCACUCAUUACACAGAGGUCAGAAUCUGGGUAUAAACAUCAAAAUAAAGAGGUGAAUAAACAAGGUCGGAAACCUCUUUCACAGAACAGAUAUUCUAAUUAAAGAUUUCUUUUAUUCGGACGUGUUUUUACUAAACUCCUUUCGUUUUAACACAAGUAUCUGCACCUUUUAUUUACAAAGAAGACUUGUAACUAAAGCAAAAUUACAUUUGAGGAGAUUAAGAGUUGAUUUCAUUUUUAAUCUCAUCUCAUCAUUGCAACAAAAAGAAUAUCUGCAUAUUAAAUAGAAGAGCAUCUCUGAUUUAAAGUGAUUUAUUUUUACAGCUAAAACAUAACCCCUCCAGUUGGUAACGCUUCCAUGGCAACAGAUUCUUUUUAUCUUCCUUUAAAGCUCCUAUGAGGAGUUUUUUCAUGUUUGUGAAAUGGACUGAAAUUCAUAUUGAUCUCUUUUCAUGGUUUCCAAAAUUAGACAAGAAAAUCAGUGACAAGAUUGUUGGUUUUUCUAUCCUAAUUUUUAUUGCCUGACGCCUGUACGGAGGGUGUAGGUGUCAGUCAAUCAGCUGAAAAAACAGCCUUGUUUUGUAAUUUCCACUUAAAGUAAUAUUACGACUGACUGUCAAAAGCUGAUAGGGUGAGAUGUUUAGUCAAAAUGUUCAAGCACGUAGGAAAGAAGAUAAGCUAAGACUGCUUUGACCACAGGAGGCGCCAAAGUUGACACAAACUGCAAGUUCCUCACAGGAGAUUAAAGUGACAGAUUAACACUUGAUUUAAAAUUCAGAUUCAUUGAUGUUAAUUGAGACCAGUACUACAGCACUGUUGCUUUUAUCACUAUAGAAGAUGGUUUAAUUUACUUUAUAUCUAUCAGCUCUACAGCUCUGUCACCAUUGCCUGGAUUACAGGACAGGAUGUUGCCCCACUUUCUAGAAGUGGUUGGACCUUAGUAGCUCCUUGUGCUGCUUUCGCUCCUGCGCUCGGUCCCCUUGACUUACAAGACCAGUCUAUCUAAAUGUUUUUGCCACAGUGUCAACAGGCAGAGGGGAAAUGUGCUUUUCCCCUCUGCCUGUGACAUAAGUAAUCAGAAUGAACCCCCCUGUUGUUGAUUUUGACCAACCAGUAUCAGAACCAUCAAACCAUGAAAUAUAACAUCUUAAGUUUCACUUGCUUCACUGGCAGCAGGUUUCUACGUUGGUACAAAACAGAGAAAUUAGUAGCGUAAACAUUGUUGUAUUUCAUAACUGGCAAUGCAAGAACGCACCAGUUGGAUGACAAAGUGGAAAAGAGCAUCUGUUGUUGUUGUUGUUGUGUACAAAACAAUUUGCAUAGAUAAAAGUUUUCAGCAUCGUAGUCAUCAACGAUGCUGCACCUUCUCCUCCUCCUAAUACCUUUGGGUGUAAAAAGGGGGGAGCGGUGGAGCGUUUUAAUCUAAAUAUUCCUAUUUCUUCACACAGCACCAUUAAGUGUAUGAAGUGUUGAGGUCAAAAGUCCACCAGAGGUUAAAUUGAUGUGCACUUCCAUUUAGCUGUGAAUAGAUAAAGCCUGUGGAAAUCUCCAAGACAAGGUUACUCUUACUUUUGUGGUCAUAGUUUAUUUCAUGGCCCAUUAGGUUUCUUUGCACGAGAACUUCUACUAAAAUCUCUUUUUAUGCAAAUAUCAGUAUCCCUACUUGAAAUAAGAGCCAACGCAGUAUGCAUAACAGAUAGAUAGGGGAGUAAUUUCGACCAUGGUGAGAUACUCCAGGUAAACCAAAGUUCAUCUGAUGUCCCCUCUGUUUCUAAUCAGAUCAAUCAAUCAGAUUUAAUUACAUUAAUUAUCUGCCUGCGGUAGUAGCCGGGGAUUGAGCUUUGUGCACAGGUGCUGGUAACAACAGGCUUUUGCUUUGUUAAUUAGGAUGAACAGCCCUGCUCAUUGAGUCACAUGCCAGGAUAUUAUCUUGUUUACACAAUGUGACUCUGCAAAGUACAGCCGAACUUUUCGCACAAACACACACCUAACAAUGGGUUCACUGUAUGAUCAAUGUGCCGGGUUGUUUUCCUCAGGGGGAGCCUCGGUGGAAAAUUGAGGAAGUUAAAUUGCAGAUAUGAAACACAGAGCAGCCCGUAUCGGUUUUGCUGCUUCACCUCAAAGACAAAGAGGGAGUUAAAGGAUGAGUCAUUCAUUGUUAUUGAGUUUCAGAGACAUCACUGCAAAGGCAUGUGCUGUUUCAAACAUAUCAAACAAGUUUAUAUCUCAGAGCCGCUCUUGAUUUUGAAAAUAAAUCAGCGCUGGGUACAGUUUGACGGUAAAACUCGAGCAGUUUGUUGAUAUGUAUAGCUGUUUUGAGUCCAGUUCAGAGUCAAACCCACGGAAUUGCUGUAAUGCCACUCGUCUCUGUUAUGAAAUCCAAACACGGCAUGUGUCAUCCGGCUCAUCUGUCUUCCAGUGACAACAACAGCAGCCUCUUUAUGGCUCCAUUUCAGCUAAACAGCACCUAAAGGGUACCUGCAACCUUGUCGUCCUCUUUAAAUGUGGGUGGUGAACCCUCAUGCAGGAGCUCUCCUCCGCCAAUUUUUGCCUGGAACUGAAACCGCAUGAGCUUUGUCACGCUGGACAUGGUUGCUAUAGCAACAGAGCUGGUACAAUCCGGAAACAAAGUUGUUGCUCUCAACAAAUAAAUAAUUAAGCAAGCAAAUUAAAUGACUAAAUGCAUAAACUCUGGCUGUAAGAGGACUAGGCGGGCUGCUCUGCUUGUUCUACAAAAUUUUGCAUUAGUUUUAAUCUUGCAGCUGCCAGUGGUUUCUGUUUUUUCCCUCUAUGUUAAGAAAAUCUACUUGGAAACAGCUCAAGAUUGGAAAUCCUUUGCAGCGGAUGUGUUUGGAGACACAAAUAAACAGAUGUGUUGUUGUUGCAAAAAUCAAGCCUGAAAGACGAAUAAUUAGAAGAGCAUUGCAAAGAACCAUGUAAAUGAACUCGUCUCUGUGUGUUUGAAGACGAUUGCUCUCAGAUGUCAGAGCUCCCUCGAACACGCCAAUAAGGAGUCUUAAAAUCAACCCCUUAUUGAAUCCGCAAGGCCAGACAGAGACCAUGAAAGCAAAGGGCGGUGAUUCUUUUCACACAUUUGAAUUUUUUAAUGAUAGCAGAGGAGAAUUUUUUUAAGAGUCCUAAUUAUUACAAUGCAAAACCACUGUAGAAGUCUGUUCUAAUCCCUUUCUGCGUGUUAAAACAGAUAUAAAAGGUACUUUUAGCGUUUUGCAUUAAGACCACGAGGACGUGAAAAUUAUGUAAAGUCAGCCUGCAGCUACUUGGUCUUUGAGUGGGCAAGGAGGCUAUGAUUUUGAGGCACUGCACUGAUUGGCUGCUAAAUGGCGUCUGACGGCUUCUGCAGAAAAAUGCAGAGGCGGAAAAACACCAAAAACACUUGUGCCGCAUAUAUUCUGACCCCCUGCAGGAGGAGGCCACUGUUUCAGUGUUGUAACCAUGGUUACGACAACAUGUAACAUUACUAGUACGGUCUACUGUAUUUUUUUCUUGAAAGGGGUGAACUAUGAAUUGGGAAUUUCCCCUUGUGGGACUAAUAAAGGAGUAUCUUCUCUCAUCUUAUCUUAAAAAUGGCUGACUGGCGUGUAUAGACAAGGACCUUUAAAAACCAGAUAUCAGUUUCUCAGAAUCCAGAAAUAGGACUCAUACAGAUCUUUUUUCUGUUUCCUUAAGUUAACUCUAAGUUUCUUUAUCCUUUAAUUUCUCUUUGUAUGUCUGUACUAUGCUGCUGUAAAUUUGGAAUUUCCCCCUGUUUUCUCAAUGGCAGAUGGCCAACGAGAUCAGGUUGGCCGAUGGCUGAUAUAUCAUCGUUUUAGGGGUUUAUUCUGCAUAUGAUACAACAUACAGCAACAAGAUAAAAAUUUCUGAACACAAAUCAGAUAUUUUAUUAAAUAAAUGUAAAGAAAAAAAAAUGGCCUGGUAAAAUAGUAGGAUUAAGAACUUUUGCAUUUUUACCCGUUCAUUUUAAAUAUAUAAAAGACAUGAUUGGCUAACAUAGGGGGCUACAUUUAGCUGUAUUUCUUGCAUCAUAACAGCAUUUAUGUGAAACACUUACCAGUGGCUGUUUAAGAUUUAAGAUGCCAUCAUUGGGGAUAACAAAAAAAUACAUUUUUCAUUCAGAAAAGAUAAUAGUGAUAUUGAUUUUGUGAUGGCUGAUGCAGACUGUGUCAAAAAGGCAUUUAUCAGCCCAAUUAGUCAGGCUAUCUCCAGUCUAUACUCAGUCUAUACUGUGUAAUGUGAAACAAUGCUAAUCUUCCAUACUGUGGCGAUAAGAUGUGAGGUAAGGUAAGAGUUAUUAUACAAAGUUUUCAAAAGUUUCUGUCUCACCUCCCGCUCCCUCUCACCCAUGUGUCUUAAUUAGUCGUCCUAAUUUUUGCGUCUGCACUCUGCCUGUCGCCCCACGUAGGCUGCCCUGAAGAAAUACCAGAUGGAACACAAGAAUAAAGGGGAGAGUCUGGAGAAGUGCCAGGGUGAACUGAAGAAGCUGCGCAGGAAGAGUCAGGGCAGCAAGAACCCCUCCAAGUACGGAGAGAAGGAGAUGCAGGUAAGCUUGCUGCUGCUUUUUAAUUCACAAAAAGACCAAUACUUCGAUUUUCAGUGCUGGAAAAUGAGCAGAAAUGUGAUUCUUCACAUAAGCCGCAAAGUAGGCUAAAUGAAUCUUCUUCGAUUGUGUUGUGUGAAACAAAAAAAGGGACAAAAUACCCAGAAACAAAUUUGAGGAAAUGAAAUCAUCCCCAGUCUGAAGCCAUUUCAAAGCGGCGCUCUGUUUAAGCAGAUUCUGUUUCCAUGUGGGUGACUGUUGGAUCGGAGCAUUAUGAGUCUUGGUGAGAUAUAAUGACUUUAUUUUUUCAUAAAGUAAAAGAGGACUCACAAAAACAGCAAGGAUGGGGGUGGAGGCAGCGGCGACGAGGUGCCCUGAGUGGGAAGGCGAAUAGUGGAGGUUUGAUUUAUAAAUUGGGUGCCCUUGCCAGUCUUUUGAACAUCUUCGCACACACGGAGGGGCAGACCCGUGAGGGAGAGAUGAUAAUUUCACAACACUGAUUGACGGAUAAAUUCGCUUCUCCUGUGUUUCCGAGCACAUGGCGUCGCUCAGUGUUUUGACAGAAGUAGAAAAGCAAGUGUACACGCCAGGAAGACAGCUGACUCUGUUAUCUCGAGAUGUUACGAUGAUGGACUUUAAACGCAGACUUUUCAAAAUAAAAGCUUCCCUCUUUGGCUUUGCCCUCCUUGUCCUCUGUAACACAUCUCUUCUCCUUGCAGGAGUACAGUCUGAUACAACAAAGGUUACAAAGCAUUUUAUUUAUUUUGCAUUGCAAAGGUUAUAAUCACCGAGAGAUUGACGGAUGAUAUUUACAACUCGUCCAAGUGUUUGUGUGUCAUACUGGAGCAGUGGUGUGGUUUACUUAAGGAACACAGCAGUGUUUGGAUUGCUUGUGUGGUUAUUUCCAUCGCACAGUAACCUCCUAAAGGUGCAGCUAAGGUGAAAUAAAGAUAAAGUGUUUGACAUAACUUAAUUACUUUUCUCUCUCAAUAAUUUCUCCUUUAUUGACUCAACAGGAGGAGCAGAGAGAGCGCUCGCCGUCUCUAAUAAACCGCUGUUGUAGACCGUCACUGACGCGGUUUGUUCACAGGCUUUUUAUUGGUUUGGUCCUGCAGCAAAGUGUUGCUGUCAAACUGAGAAAAAAAUGACGCAGCAGAAAAAUGGCGAUAGUGUGCCUGCUGUUCCUUCACUAGAGUUUCAGUGGAAGCUGAAAGUCAGGCCGCCUGGAGGGCAGGGGAAGGAAAAUCUGAACAGGUCAAGGCUUGCAGAGUUAUUGCUGAGCUGCUGUUGGUCUGACUGUGAACCAUGACAGAAUUAAAUCGAUGGCUGGACAUGAAGCACGAUUCAAGCAAAACUUACAGCUGAUGUUUUUUUUUAGAGUUCAUUGAGUAUAAAAACGUUUCUUAUUGAAGCUCGGGCUGCAGAAAAAAAUCUCUCUUCUGUUUAUACACUCACAAAUAUCUGCCUCUCUCUCUCUGUGUGUGGCAGGGCUGGAUUGAUGUGACACAUGGAGUUUGUUCCAGUGUGUCAGAGAAGGCGUGGAGAGACAAAAUGUAUGAAUUGUCAUUCUUGAGGCUUUCAGGUCGGCAGAGGAGCAGUUUUAGCUCGGUGCAGGGGUUGGGAUGGGCGCGGUGUUUCCCUGCAGAAAGCCAGUAAAUCUUAGUCGAGGAUGACGAGUUGAAGCAUGUUCCUGUCUGACUGCUGGAUCAUUAGGCCUCUGUUGGGUUUCUCUCAGAUCAUAGAGCACAUUUUGCUAAACAGAAACUAAUGGAGGAAUUUUCUUAUCCAAAUAAGUACAAAUAUUGAUUUAAGCAAGGUUAGAAAUGCUGAUUUAAUGCCACGUUUAAGGCACAGAGAGGCUUGAACAUUCAUCAAACUACAUUUUGCAGUUUUAAGAGCCUCAUAAGUUUGAGUACCAUUUCAAGUUUAUUCUAGAGGGGAACUUAAGGCCACAUGGGCAUUAAAAAUAAAAGAGUUUCCCUUUGAAAUAUGCAAAACUGCCAACUUAAGAGAAAAUAUCUUGUUUUCAAAAGAAACAUGCGAAUCAAUUCAAACUUGUCCAAAACACUUUAAUAUUUCAUUUACGAUAAAUCACAUUUCAAUUUUAAUCACGAUUAUGGCUUCUCUGGAUCAUAGAAAUUACAUAAUUUAGAUUAAACGAUCUCUCGUUUCGUCCUGAGGCACAUCUCACUUUUUCUUCAGAUGUGCUCUGCCCCUCACUUCAAACGGCUCUUCCUCUCAGAAAUAAAGAAAUAAAGAAUUGUGAACGGCCCGACUCUGAAAUGCAUUUUCGGGGACUUUAUUGAGAGCAAACUAAGCGCUUUGCCUGAAGCUUCCUCAGGUUUGCCCAGUAUAAUCAAAGAGGGUGUUUAGGGCUCUUUAUCAGUAAUUUUGAGAGGACAAGACAGUGGAUAGGAUAGAAAAACAAGAGGGGGGGAAAUAACAGAAUCAACCUAAAGAGCAGCAUCUUCGUUAAGAGGCUCAUUUUGAGGAAGUAGAGUGCUGCAACCAUCCCUCUGAGUCCAGAAAGCCUUCUUCAAAACUUCCCCUCUGGUGUUAGCUCCCACACUUUUAUUAGCGUUCGCUUUUAUCAAUGAAGUUCGGGGGUUCAGAGAAGUUGCAGAUGGGGGGAACGUGUUCAUGAGGGACUUCUGUGCCACAGUAGGACAACGAUCAUGCAACCACAAGUGCAGAAAAGACAUCAGGGAGGGGAGGAGGUGUGUCUGUGUGUGUUGGUAAAGCAGAGGGGAAGAGUGAGCACAAUAUGGAGAUGCUGUAGCAAGUACUUUUUAUCAAGGAUGAGCGAUAGAUUAUUGUUCAGAUGACGAGUUGAUGACGUAAGCGCAAAGACAGCUGUAGCCCACACAGAGCAGAAUAACAAACAAACAUGGCGGAAAGAGGUGAAGAUGGGGGCUUAGACGAGCGCAGUCAGGUAUGCCUGACAUUGGAUGAUGGAUCUGCUGCUGCUGUUCACUUUGUGUAAUAGAAGUUUUGAAUAGUGGUUAAAGGGCUAUUCCGGCAUAAAAUUAAUUUAGGGUCAAACACACAAUAACACCGAGUUAGACACCCCCUCGAGAGAUGAAUGUUGCCGACCACUUGCUUCUCUAGUUAUACCAACUUUAGUAACAACCGCAGGAUAGCAAUACACAGCAGUCUGAGGAGCCAUAAACAAACCUCAACCAAAACGCCACUCUAUAGCCACAAAUAAUGCUCAGAACAGCACCUAACUUCAUCAACAGUACAUAUAGGGUCCCAGCCAUAGUACUAGCCACCAAACAUCUUUUUAACUUUGCCUAAUUUCUUUAGCAAAGAGAGUAAACACAACUCACCUACUCUCUUCCAGCAGCCGCUUGUUUGUAGCGAGACCUCGGGCCAGUCCAUUACAGACUGCAGUGGGGUGAUGCAGCUCAAGGAAGAACAUUUAUGAUCAUUUAGUUAUCAUUUCCUAGAAGUAAUAAACACCAUAUUGACCAUUGACGCAGUAGUUCUUCUGCCUCAGCGUCUUAGUCUGAUUGUAUUUCCAUGAAGAAAUUAUGUUUACAAAUGUUAAAGAAAUUACGGCGUGUUUGACCCUAAAUUAAUUUUACAUCGGAAUAUCCCUUUAAGUAUCUUAUUUGAUUAUGCCAACUGGUGUUCUCAAGAAAAUAAGAGUCAAAAACAUGGGUUGUAAUUAUAAUAUUCUUUAUCAGGACUUUUAUCAUUAUCGCCAGGGUGGAAAAUCUUUUAGCCCCUAUCACCCAUCCCUACUUUUUAUUACUUCAUAUAUUUGUUUCAAAGUGCAGUUAACUCGACAACUUGGGAUGACAUUACAGCAAAGAUCAGAGAGCCAAUGAUGCUAUAUGAAGUACACUGUAUAGAGAGGCAGAAGUAGCACAAGCACAACAAUUUAAAUUGGUGACUAUUGGAUACUCGCUCUGAGUCUCUAUGACCGAUCAAUCGGGCCCAUCUGUGCAGAGAGGCGAGCUCAUCAGGCUCCGGACUCAUAACGUACAGUCCGUUUGCAGGGACGCAGAAAAAUCAAUCUCCCUCUCUCAUUUCCAGCCUGCUCACUUUCACUGAUCACAUCAGGGCUGUGGGCGUGUGAGAGAAAAGUCAACUCGUUUGUGCCGGAGUUCCCCCUGGGAGGACAGUGACACACAGAAAAGAGAGAGAGAGAGAAAGAGAGAGAGAGAGAGAGAGAGACCUGCUCUUCUUCCAACACCUGCGCUUCAAACUGACAGCCAUCCAUCCAGAAAAGCUUAGAAAAGUGCCCGAGCGCAGACAACCCCGGAGUGUUUUAUUUGAUUUUUUUUUUUCAGAUGGAGAGGGCUUCCCACGGUCAAUAAGAAGCAGCACAGAAAGUACAAGUAAAAGUUGCUGAGGCGAUCUCGACAUUUCCUCCUCCUCCUCCUCAUCCUCCUCCACCACAUCUGUGUUAUUUUAGCGGACGAGAACUUUUCUCUUUUUUUUUAUCUCUUCUCUUUCCAUUAAAAAGUAAAACAUGUCUGAGAGGAGUCUGGCAGCGGACACAGAUGGCUGUUGAGUUUCAUUGAUCCCCAUCUCCAUCUCCCUCUUUCUCCCUCACAUAUUUCACUGUUGUCUCUCCCGCUCUGUCUCUUUAUCUAUCUUUCUUCCUCUGAGCCGCCUGCUGAUAUGCUAAUCAGCUCAUUAUGUAGUUCAGUAGAGUGGUCCAAGGUAUGGUAAAGAGGGGGUUUCAUCUCGAUAAACUCCUCUGAGCUGCAUAUACACGUAGGCUGUUUUAAUAAGAGCGAGGGCAGGGCUGGUGAAAGAGUUCAGGAUUCAGAAUUAAUGUUUUCAGAAGAUCGGGGAGGAAUUAUUCGGCUUUAAGUCACGAAAUUGGAAAAUGAUUUCAACCUGGAGCUGUGUAGCUUUUCAAAACUUGAAGAUAAACACUGUCAAACACUAAGACGGCAGAUUCAAGCAGGUGCUGUAGGUGUAGAGGCUUUCUGUGGUGCCCUGGAGCGUUACAAUACAAUUCUUUUGGUUGCAAAGAGUGCUGAUGAUAAAGGCAGAGAAGAGGAGGAAUGAAACUGUUUACUCGUUGUGAAUCCUCCUGUUUGCUUUGCUUUUAGAAGGGAGUAAAUCUCUCCACUUUCGGUGCAAAUAAUCAUCCAGUGCAAAACAAAAAAAAGCAGCAACAGUGUUUUGCAGCCCUCGUCAGGGUAAACACAGAUCAGACCUGCAUUGACGUGCAGCAGGUUUCAUUUUAUAUCCCUAACCUUUGCAGAACAAGUCAUUCCAGCUGUGAUGUAACCUGAGGUCGCGCAGAUAUAAUAGAGCCUGAUGUCUGCCCGGGCUUUUCCCACUGUGCUCAUUGUCUUGGGUUACUUUGGUGACCUUUUGAAUGCUGGGAGAAUUGGGCCAUGUGGAUUUGACAAGAAGAGAGGGUUCCUCACCUUUUUAGGACACAUCCUCAGCCGGUUCUCUCAACACUGCGAGUCUUUUGAAGCGACUAACCGAGCCGUUUUUUAAGCUGAAGGUAUACAGAGUAAGGUCAGGCUGCACGAUUUGACACCUCAGCUCUGAUGGCGUUGUUGGAAGUCUUCCAGCGCUAAUGUGAAAAGCCGGCGACUCGAAAUGUUUGUGCUCAGUAUCGCUCAGCCACCUGAAAUGUUCCUCCACAUACUUCCCAUGAACUAACCUCUAGCUGCUGGCAGUGGGGAAGCACUGUGCUCUGGUGGUUACUAAAUGAAAUGCAUCUGCACUCAGCAGGAACUUCCAUUUGGCUGCAGGCAGGAUCUCCAACUUCACAAACUUCAUUAGUCAGUGUGGAAUUAAAAGCGAAAACUUUCGAAAAACACCCUCCGAUGCUUUGAGACCAACUUGAACGAACUUGAGGAACUAUUAUUCACACGGCAGCUCGAAUGACAGCACAGAUUAUGAAAAUGUAUUUCUCUCCUUUUGGCUGAGACUCAAAUAAAAAAUGUAACAGACUCGGUAAUGAACUCGGAAAAGUUUUUGAUACUCUGAAGCGGAUUGGGAAUUAAGGUUAGCAGUUUUGUCAAAUAAUGAUUCAGAGGGAAUUCUGGUUACAGGUACCGCAUAAUACUCUUCAAAUCUAUCUGUACCCCGAAUAAAAUCGAGGUUGGGUCAAAACCUCACAAGUAAAUAUAUCACUCUCUUCUAGGUCAGUAUCUGUCGGCAGAUGCUUCAAGAUUUUAGCCUCAAAAGUCCACAAAGUCAGCCUACUUCAACUAAACUUGCAGCUAUCUCUGCCGGUUGUAAAAAAAACAUAUUUGCACACAUGCAGUACAAGGCGCCUAAAUGUCGCUUCCCGCUGCUUCCUACUACUGUCACCGACCAUUUAGUGUGUGCAUCAGUGGAGACUCAGUGGGAGCAUGACAUUUCCCCAUUUUUAGAGCGCUCACGCUAAGACAUGCUGACAGAGCUGAGGCCGUGAGCGCACCCUUUUCGUGUCAUUUCGGAGGUAUAUAAUCAAUAAGUGCAUCUUUAUGAGCACUCUGCAGGGGCUGAUGGAUCCUAAGAGCUUCAUUUCUGACCAGAGAAAGUCACUGAGUAAGACACAACUAUUACUUCUGAGGUGCACUUAACUCCUAAUUGUUCCAGUGCAGCUGCGCAGUGAUUGGCAAUCCAGCUCCUGUUGGAUUUAUGUGCGAUUGUGUAAAUGUGAACUGGGGUGCUAUUUUAAAAAAUAGUCUCUCUGUUCUUUCUGUAGCUAUAGAAACAUGCAGCUUAAAAACUGUGCAUAGAUCUCUCAGUACUUGGUUUAUAUAUUCUAAUUUUAAAUCUUCAUUCUGUCCUAAUAAGUUUAUCAGUAAGUAAAAUGUGUUGCUAUUUGUCUUCUUGUCAGUUUGUGGAGACCAUCAGCAGUAAGCAGACCGAGCUGGACACCUUCAUCGCCGAGGGGUACAAGACAGCCUUAUCUGAGGAGCGCCGCAGGUACUGCUUCCUGGUGGACCGCCAAUGUGCUGUGGCCAAGAACAGCAGCGCCUACCAUGGCAAGGUAAAUCCAAGUCUCAAAUAAAAGCAAUGACGUUAACUUUUGCAAGGGUGACCGUACGUCAUCUUUUACCCGGAUGUGUCCUCUUUUUUGGGGAGUCAGAAUAUGGUCCACCUACUUUUGCUGAUGCAGUUUGAGAAAAAUCUGUACCUAAAGGUGCCAUAAGGAACUUUUUUGUGUGUUGAUACAUCGGCCAUGUUUUUCCUGCAUUUCCCAUAAGUGCCAUCUCUAACCCCUAACCCCCAUAUGGGGUGACACUAUAUAGCUGACUAUGUAGGGAGUUCAAUCACUGAAGGUUUCAGACACUACUGUUGUGACGUUGCCGCUGGAGACGCAAUGCAUUAUGGGAUGCCCACCACCGGUGAGUGACCAUCGGAUGGUCAUUACAUUUUACAAUGCUUUAUGGGAAAUUUUGAGUCGCCUAUAUGGGGCAUUAGAAUUGAUCAAUUAGGUUUCAGACACCCCUCAAAAUGGCGCUAACCCCAUAUAGUUGACUAUUUAGAGGUUAGGGAUCCAAGAUGUUGUCGUAGAAACAAAAUACUUGUUGUAUUGUAAAAUGUUGUUGAAGAAUUUUUGGAGGAUCCCACGGGUUAAACGUUAACUCCCGUUCAUAACCUUUUUGCUCUGUCACCUAGCGAAGCUCUGGUUGUUGAAUUUCUAUGAAUGAACUGUGGGAACUUGAUGCCAGCCUGGCAUUGUUGUGAUUUGUUGCAUGUUGUGAUUUAUGUUUAUUAAAAGGUAGUACUUUACAUAAGUAUUAAAUAGUUAAAAGAAGAUUGCACCGUUUAGAGUUAAAAACAUAUGGAGAAACAUAAUUGUUUACUGCAUGUUUUUGUAUUGAUAUGCACUAUUUGAGUUUAUUUUGGAAAGACUAUACGCUGCUUUUAUUUUGAAGGAGUCACCAGGAAGUUCUAGUCAGUCUGUGUGAAGUUGAUAGAAAGAAAAAUAUAUUCGGAGAAGCCGCUAGCGACAUGUGAUUAGCUGACACGCUGUGAGACCAAGCCACCCUUAUUUUGUAUUGCUAUUUUUCACCACGUUUGUAUCUUUUAAAAACUGAAAAGGUCAGUAAACUUUGGUUAACGUUAUUUGGAGUCUCAUUUCACCAUUUUUGAGAACUUUCCAAUACAUUUUGGUGCCGAAACCCGGGAUCUCAGAGACUUUUUUUGAUGUUUUGAAUUGGAAGUAACGAACGAAAUGUCCGACGCCAUGGAACGUAUGAAGAAGAAGAGAAGAGCAGUCCGUUCUUCAGUAUCAAAGUUACUGGCUCGUAUGGAAGAGGAAACAAACAAAGGGGAAAACGAAAGGGACUAUGACUCGCUGCGUGAAAUGCUGUCAUUAUUAACGAUCAAGGAGGGACAAUUAACGGAACUGGACAGAGGCAUUGAAGAGAAAACUGUGACGGAGGAAUUAGACUCUGAAUUAGAGUCCUCACAGGAAUAUCAGGAUCGCAUUAUUUCAUGGAAAACACGAGCAAGCAUACUGAUCCAGAGAAGCCCUGGUGCCCGGGAGGAGUACGUGAGUAGGCGCACUAGUGCGGGAAGUGCAGGCUCUGAUAACUCCUUGGCGAGACAAACUGUUAAACUGCCCAGGUUAGUGAUUGAAAGGUUUAAUGGAGAAAUAAGCCAGUGGCAAGAAUUCUGGAGUCAAUAUGACACUGCUAUCCACUCCAAUGAUGCGCUGUGUAAGAAGGAAAAGUUCACUUAUCUGAAAUCCUACCUAAGUGGAGCAGCAGCAAAAGCGGUAGCAGGGCUCACAUUGACCGACAGUAAUUACGACAAUGCAAUUGACUUGCUCAAGAACAGAUUUGGAAGAAAGGACAUUGUGGUCAGUGCACACAUGUCAAAACUGCUAACCCUGACACCUGUGAAAAGAUCCUCAGAUAUAGUAGCACUGAGAUUUCUCUAUGAUGAAUGUGAAAUACAGAUUCGCAGCCUAGAGUCCCUAGGUGUUCACAGUGACACAUAUGGCGCCCUGCUAUGCCCUGUAUUAUUGCAGUUGAUACCAGAUGACUUGGCAUUAGGCUACACACGCACGUUGGACACUGAUGGUGAAUGGAAGGUGCCUGAGCUAAUUAAAUUCCUGCAAAAUGAAGUGCAAAGUAGAGAGAGAGCACUACAACUGACCAGGUCAGGCAGCUCCCAAAAGGACCAUUCCCAAAGUCACAGACUGUUCACAAAACAAGUGCCAUCCAAUGAGAAUAAAUUCAAAACUGUGCCCUCAGCAGCUGCAUUGCACACAGCCAGUAAUGCCCCUCAGACCUGUGUGUAUUGUGACAGUCCCAGUCAUAAGCCAGAAAACUGCUCAGACACCACAGUGACUGCUCGAAAGGAAAAACUGAAAAAAAUGGGAAGAUGCUAUGUGUGCCUAGGCCCCAAACAUAUAGCCAAAUACUGUAAAGUCAAAGGUGUCUCAUGUGCCUUGUGUGGUCGCAGACACCACCAGUCAGUCUGUGAUCAAGAAGUGCAGCCAGGCGCUGCUAACAGCAACAGUACAGAUGCUGUGGUUUCUUCCGUGUCUAGCACAAUGAAACCAAAAUCUAAUGAACCCAACACAGUGCUGCUUCAGACAGUUAAGGCCAGGACAGAGGGCCCAGCAGGUAGAAAAAUAGUGCGUUGCCUAUUAGAUGGAGGCAGUCAAAGAAGCUUUAUACAUGAGAACCUGGUGAAGACACUGAAACUGCCAGUAUUAAAGCAAGAGACAUUGAACCUCCACACCUUUGGAUCUGCUGGUCCCAUGGCAACAAAGCGCAACAUUGUCAAGGUAGUGCUGGAGAAUGUGUGGAAUACACAGCAAAGAAUUGAAAUUGCAGCAGUUGAGACCCCUCAAGUGUGCACUGCUGUUAUGAAAGUGCCUGGAGAGCACAUCAGAGGAGAAUUCAAGAGGAGAGGUCUGCAGCUGGCAGAUUUCCAGUUAGAUGGUGCUGAGGACCCCGAGCUGUUGGUCUUAAUUGGAGCUGACUUUUACUGGAAAGUGAUGACUGGCAAGGUGGAAAGGCUAACAGAGUCACUUGUGGGCUUAGAAAGCACCUUUGGAUGGACUGUACAAGGGCCAGUCCCAAUGUCUAGUGUAACAGACACAACCUGCAUGCACAUCAGUCUAGAUGAGGACACUCAGAUCUCAAAACAGUUGCAUGCCUUUUGGGAAAUAGAAACACUGGGCAUUGUAAAUGACAAAGCUGAAAACCCAGAUGAUACGGAGGCUCUUCAGAGCUUUGAGCAGACAGUGACAUUCAAUGAUGGUCGCUACCAAGUUGAAUUACCAUGGCGACUGGACAGCCCACCUCUACCAGACAACUUCAGAGUUGCAAGGAAAAGAUUUGAGAGCCUGAAGAGGAAACUGGUUGCUGAUGCCACUCUGUACACAAGGUACAACAAUGUGAUGGAGGAUUACCUACAGCAGGGAAUUUGUGAGGAUGUCUCAGAGAAUGACUCAGCAGCAGAGUCAACAGAAACUGUGAAAUAUUACCUACCUCAUCAUGCUGUACUCCGGGAGGAGAAAGCGACGACCAAGCUGAGAGUCGUGUUUGAUGCCUCAUCACAUGAGGCUGGAAGCCCCUCACUAAAUGACUGUCUGUUAACUGGGCCAAACCUAAACCCUGAUCUGUUAGAUAUGCUUAUCAAAUUCCGACUGCACAAGAUAGCUUUCACUGCAGACAUCACCAAGGCUUUCUUGCAGAUAGCUCUAGCAGACAAAGACAAGGAUUCAGUCAGGUUCUUGUGGCUGCAUGGACCCCCCACUAAGGACUGUGACAAUGAGCUGCGCAUCAUGAGAAUGAGUAGAGUGGUAUUUGGAGUUUCACCAAGCCCCUUCCUCCUAGCUGCAACCAUUAGGAAGCACAUCCAACAGUAUGAUGCAGCCCAACCAAAGGCAGUAAAGGCACUUAGAGAGUCUUUAUAUGUAGAUGAUCUGAUUUCAAGCUCAUGUGACGUGGAGGAGGCCUAUUCAGUCACAACAGGAGCUAAGAACAUUCUGUCUGCUGCUGGAAUGAACUUGUGUAAAUGGGCCACAAACUCACCAGAUCUCAAGUCAAAAUGGACAGCGAAUGGAUUCGAACAAGCUACAGAACCUGUCACUUGUGGGAAUGUACUGAAAGUGCUAGGUCUAGUGUGGAAACCAGAGGAAGAUCACUUUGUGUUUGACUUAAAUGGACUUUUAGACAUUUUGAAGGACAAGCAAAACACAAAGAGAAGCGUGCUGCAAACGUCAGCUCGUAUUUUUGACCCUAUUGGCUUCCUCACUCCGUUCACCAUUAGGGUGAAGCACCUCUUCCAGCGACUGUGGGAGAGGGGAAUUGGUUGGGAUGACCAGUUACCCCCAGACUUGGCAAAGGAAUGGAACCGGUGGUGUUCAGAACUGCCACAGCUCCACCUUGUGGCGAUUCCCAGGUGGUAUCACAUUGAAAUCCAACCAAACAUGCAGUCACUGGAACUACAUGUCUACUGUGAUGCUAGUGAAAAGGCAUUCAGUGCUGUUGCAUACAUGCAAGGAAAGAACCAGGAUGGGGAAAUUGUGACAAGCCUUGUAGCAUCAAAGUCGAGAGUUGCCCCUCUAAAGAAACUAACUUUACCACGCUUAGAGCUGAUGGGAGCCUUGAUCGGAGCCAGAUUGGGAAACAAUCUGCUUAAGUCCCUGAAGAUGGAAAAGAAUCAGCUCAGGAUGUGGACAGACUCGAUGAUCGCCUUGCACUGGAUACGCAGCACAGCACACAAAUGGAAGCCCUUUGUGGAAAACAGAGUGACUGAAAUUCAAAAUUUGACGAACCCAGAAUCAUGGUCACACAUCAGUGGCAAAAGGAACCCUGCUGAUCUACCCACCAGAGGCCAGAGUGUGGACAAUCUCAUCCAGAGUCAGCUGUGGUGGAACGGGCCUGCUACGUCACUGACAGCUGAACCAACAGACACAAUUGAGACUGAAGAGGACUGUACUGCUGAGGAGGCAAAUGCUGAGCUUAGGACUAAGUUCAUGGUAGCAGUACAAUUUACUAGCACUGAUCCAGCUGAACCAUUGUUAGACCUUGAUAAGUACAGUAGACUGAGAACAGUGUUCAGAUUAACUGCGUGGGUGAAGAGGUUUGUGAACAAUGCCCGCUCAAGCCAAAGGACCCAUGGAGAGCUCACUGCAGAGGAGCUCACUGCAGCUGAAAUGUACUGGAUAAAGGUGACACAAGAGCAAGGUUUCAGCCAAGAAUUAAAUCUACUGAAAUCAGGACAAGAACUUGACAAGGAUUCAAAAAUCAAGGACUUGAAACCAUUCCUUGAUGAGAACAGCCUUAUCAGUGUGGGAGGAAGGCUGCAACAGUCGGAGUUCAGUUUCAGAGAACAGCACCCAUGGGUGCUCCCCCCAAAACACAGAUACACUGAGCUCUUAGUUCAAAACUACCAUGAAAAGGUGAUGCAUUCUGGGAUCAGGGAUACUCUAGUGCAGAUAAGGGAGAGCUACUGGAUAUUGAGAAGCAGACAGCUGGUUAAGCAGAUUGUGGCACGCUGUCACAUCUGUAAGAGACUAAAGGUGAAACCAGCUCAGCAGGUUACUGCUCCUUUACCAAGAGACAGGAUUACAGAGUCCCCACCCUUUGAAGUCAUGGGCAUUGAUUUCGCUGGCCCGCUGUACGUCAAGUCAAACAGCCAGACAAAGAAGGCAUACAUUGCACUGUUCACAUGCGCUGUCACUAGAGCAGUGCAUUUAGAGCUUGUAUCAGACAUGUCCACAGAGAACUUUCUCUUAGCCUUGAAGAGAUGCAUUGCGAGACGUGGGCUAUGUAAGGUCAUUUAUUCUGACAAUGCCAAGACCUUUAAGAGAGCAGACCAAGAUCUGAAGGAGCUAUGGAAAUCAUUCAAGGAACCGGAGCUCACUGCAUUCUUCACCGAAAAGGGCAUCUCGUGGAGGUUUAUUGCUGAGAGAGCAGCUUGGUGGGGCGGCUUCUGGGAAAGACUCGUGAGGUCAGUGAAGACAUGCCUAAAAACAGUCCUAGGGAGGGCCUCACUGAACUUCGAGGAGUUAACCACCACUCUCACAGAGGCAGAGGCUGUGCUGAAUUCUAGGCCACUCUCAUAUGUGCACAACGAUGCAGAUGAGCCCACACCCCUGACACCCGCUCAUUUUCUGGUCGGCAAAAGACUGACUUCCCUGCCACCAAAAACUAUGAUUCCAGAAAUUCAGUCAGCCAAUCUAAGCAGAGAGAACAUGGGACGCAGAUGGAAGUACCGCCAGAGACUCCUAAACACCUUCUGGACCCGCUGGCGCAAGGACUAUCUACUGGAUCUGAAAUCAGCACAUAAGUGUGACACAUCCAGACCCACUGAGCUCAAAGUGGGAGACGUCGUGCUGAUUGGAGAGGACAAAAUGCCUCGACAAAUCUGGAAGACAGGCAGGAUUGAAGAGCUGUUUCCAGGGCGAGAUGGACUGCCACGCUCAUGCACAGUUCGUACCCCUACAGGGACACUACUGAGAAGACCUGUGCAACUGAUCUAUCCUUUGGAAAUAACUUGAUUUAGGCAUAGAUUAGUAUUCAUGAACAUUGUUCAUGGGGCGGGAGAAUGUUGUGAUUUGUUGCAUGUUGUGAUUUAUGUUUAUUAAAAGGUAGUACUUUACAUAAGUAUUAAAUAGUUAAAAGAAGAUUGCACCGUUUAGAGUUAAAAACAUAUGGAGAAACAUAAUUGUUUACUGCAUGUUUUUGUAUUGAUAUGCACUAUUUGAGUUUAUUUUGGAAAGACUAUACGCUGCUUUUAUUUUGAAGGAGUCACCAGGAAGUUCUAGUCAGUCUGUGUGAAGUUGAUAGAAAGAAAAAUAUAUUCGGAGAAGCCGCUAGCGACAUGUGAUUAGCUGACACGCUGUGAGACCAAGCCACCCUUAUUUUGUAUUGCUAUUUUUCACCACGUUUGUAUCUUUUAAAAACUGAAAAGGUCAGUAAACUUUGGUUAACGUUAUUUGGAGUCUCAUUUCACCAUUUUUGAGAACUUUCCAAUACAGGCAUCAUGGGAAAUGGAGGCCAACGGGUUUUCUUUUUUUAUAUCUGAAAACUUCCAGGUCACAACAAAAAAAAAUUGCGAAUGUAACAUGAAACACAAGAUUUCCAUGCACGUAUUUUGAUAUUAGAUUUCCAUCGAAAACCACAUCGCAGAAAGUCAAACACUGACAUGUUUUUUCAAUCUCUGAUUUUUAUGAUCAAAAUGAAACAAUGGAAAAGGUUUGUUUUCCGUGUUUCGCCUCAUGAUUCCUUACAGGUGUUUUCAUUUUUUCAUUUGAAAACGAACAUUUGUUGGCCGUCAAGUACACAGACUGAAAUGUUUGCCAUGUUGUAACAACGAAACCUAGCAAAACAGGUUUCUCAUUAAAAUCAAACCUCAUUUGUCAGAGAGGAGACAUUACGUAAAUCUUUUAUUUAAAAGAGGAAAACCUGUUAGCAUUAUGGCUUCAUUCACUUUGAAUUAGAGCUUUACGGAGCAACAAACAGAGUGUAAAGUCAGAGUAAAUGUCCAGACAUGAAGUUUAUAAUAGUAUCUGAUACAUCUCAGACUACUUUAGCUUUAUUUUUCAAGCUCUCUGUAAAUCAGAAACACAUUUCUGCUUCAUUGUGCGAUCAAAGUCAUAUGUUUUCACCGCUCACUUCCGUGAAAAGUAAUGUAUUCUCUUUAUUCUUUUGUCUUGAGCUGUCAAACGUGUUUUAUUUGAAUCUAACUGUAGUGGAUACGAGGAGAUAUAUAAUUCAAAGUCGCAUUAACUUUGACCGCUCACAUGGGCCUCUUCAUUUUAAAAAUUCAUUAAGACUGUAGACGAUGCCCAGCUGACAGCUAUGUCUGAGACAGUAAUCCAUCAUUGCACCUCUGAGCGUCCGGCCAACUUCGUCUUCUUCUUCUUCCUCCUCUCAGAUAAAAGAGUUGAAAAGGAAAAGGCACCAAAACCCCGGCUGUGGAGAGAAAACAGGUUCAAACUAAAGCUCAUUUUAAGGAAUAGGAGUUUGGUUUUUGAGGUUUAUUAUUUACAACAGUCACAAGAGGACUUCAUAAAACCUGCUUGUUAUUUUCACUCUUGCGUUGACAUUUGAGGCGAAGAACGUGUGAAUAAAAAACAGAUUUCCACCAAUAUUGAACCGUGAAGAGCAACGGAGGGUUACAACGCGGGACUGAGUCCAUUUAACGCGCUCGAUCUUAUUUGUUUACAGCUUUGUGUUACGAAUGUACGCCUAUCCGUUACCCAUGAAUCUGAUAUUGUGUGGUAAUAGAGCACAGCGGUCUCUUGGGUGUGAGCUGCCAGCCUAAAGAAGUGACUGGACGAGGACAGAGUGUGUGCGCAUAUGUGUGUGUGUGCAUUUGUGUGUGUGUGUGUGUGUGUGUGUGUGUGUGUGUGUGCUGCAGCCUCCCUUUUCAACAUGGAGUCUAGUCAUUAAUCAGGAUGGGGGUGUGCGUGGGAAGAGUUCACCUUCAGCAAACUGAAGAACCCUCUCCCAAAGGGUUCCUAGUGUGUGUGUGUGUGUGUGUGUGUGUGUGUAUGAUGAGAGAGGGAGAAAGAUGCAGAAGCUCCAAAUAAGGGCGUUCAAAAGGGUUCAUACUGUCUGUGUUUUGUAAGUGCGUGCAGGUGUGUGACACGUCUUGUUAUGCGUGUUUACAUGUAUCUGUGUGUUUUGUGUUUCCAUGGAGAGAACAACUUUGUCCACGGGGCUGUGAGUUGCUGAAGUGGGCAGUUUGGUUGUGUGUCCGUCUGUCCUACAUCCCCACCCACGCAGCGCAUUAUCAUAACCGCCCAUAGGACCGGGGUCAAGGAUGCACAGCGAGGAAAAAAAAACUCCAGGAAAAACACUUUUUUUUAUGUCGGAAAAGAAAGAAGAAAAUGCUCCUAACUGAUCCUGUCUGCAUUUUUAGAUUUAGAUUAACAAGUUCUGCUGUUAAUGUCGGAACCUGCAGGCGUGGGGCGUGAGUUUGUUCCUGAAGUGUUUUGGUUUUCAUUUAUAGUACGAGUAGUAUCAUCCACUAGCUUUUCAGCAGGACACGAACCCAUCAGCAGUCACGUAAAGAUGAUCCAGCCUCAGAUCAUGUUUUUUGGAGAGAUACCUCCAUGUGAGCGCGGCUAAAAAUCUGCUCUUCAGCGUGAAGUCCGCUGAAUUCUCACCUCUAAAGCUGUUUGUUGGACUGUUAAUGAAGCCAAAGCACCAAAACAAUUUCUCAAAAUCUCAAGCCUCCACAUGGUUUCAAACGAUGAGAGUAAAUGAUAUGUUGAUGGCAAAGGAUCGAAUCCAUUUUGACAUUUUUCAUCCUAUAUUGUCGUUUUUUUCAGUCCUCUCAUAAUGCCUGAGUUUAUCAGAAACUUCCGCAGAAAAUCUUCAGAUUUGGCAGAAACAGACGCUUGGACUCAAAGAUUUUGGUGGUCAACAGUCUGAUUAGUCACAUGCCCUGGAGAGAGAUUCAGAGACACAGUUUAUCUGGCGUAAAGCCGUCCUUUAAAAGACUGAAAAUGAAAGUCUGCUGUUCAUAUGCUGUUGUUUUGUUUCAGGGUUCAUGUUUUCAGUUUUCUGUGUUGGUGUUGUAGGUCUCAGCUCCAGGGGCCGUAAUCUAGUUUUUCAUGUUUUUCUUUGUUUCUCUAAUCUUUCUCUUCCCCUCCUUCAGGGUAAAGACCUUCUGACCCAGAAGAUCCCAGUUUGGCAGCAGGCCUGUUCAGACCCCAACAAGCUGCCGGAGAGGGCCAUGCUCCUGGCUCAGCAGAUGGGCUCUGCCGCUCUGGGUGGCACGAGCCCCCUGCACACCUCCAAAUCAAACCUGGUCAUCUCAGACCCCAUCCCAGGGGCGCAGCCUCUGCCUGUGCCCCCGGAGCUGGCGGUGUUCAUGGGCAGCGGCCUUGGACAUCCAGCGGUGAGUCCAGGGAAUAAAUAAACAAUUGCGGCUAUUAUUGGAUGUGUAAAAAUCGAGCUAACAUCAACUUCACGGCAGAGUGAAUAGCUUUAAUUCAUCAUUAAUCCAUUACAAUGUCCAGCUUGUUUCUAAUUAAGCCAAAUUACUCAACUGGGAUCGCAUUAUUUUGAUUUUACUGCCGGAUCAGUGUAGAGGAGAGAAAAUCCGUGCAGGGCUGAGAGAGAGUCUGCUGUUCAUUUCGAAAUACUGAAAGGUUUUUUGGGUAUUUAAAUUGCAAAUGCAAUCUCCAAAAUUGCCACUCCAUGAUGCAUGCGCCAACCCCAUGUUGAAAUAUGCUGCAGGGAUUUAAAGAAGGAGAAAUGGUGGACUAAAUAUAGACGAGAGUUGCACAGAGUAGGCGAAGUUUACCUCGACUUUAGGUGCUUGAGGCAACAUAUGCUGAAUCCUGGUAUCAAUAAGAUGCAGAGACUAGUUUCUGUUAUUCUGACAGCUUGUGCAAAAUCAGGGUGGUUUAUUUGUUGAGUGUUAUUUCUAAUCUCUUAUCUAUAUGUCCAUUUGGCAUCUGUUUUUAUUCACCUGUCUUUGGCCGGAUGUAUAAAUAAAAUCAAAUAACACUUUUCCGAUGUCUUCUGGUUCAGAUGCAAAUGAGACGAGCUUCCCUCUGGUGUUAAUUCAAAGAUUACACUCAGGAUAAUGAGCGGUCUACAUUUUAUUCUUUGCCACAGCUGACACAGUUGUGAUUUGUGUUUUUUAAUCUAAAUCCAUUAUGACUACAGCAGGUGUAACCUAACACAUCAUCUCUUAAUCUCAAAGUAAUUGCCGCUGUAGUAUCGCGCUGGAGAGGCCAUCUGUACUCCACACCCUUACAUCUGCUUGUGAAUUCCAGAGACUGAUGGGCCCUGAUGGCAUGUCCAUGGUCAACGGGACAACAGGAGUCCAUGGGGAGGAAUAUUGGACAGAUGGGGGGACCAUGUCCCAAGUCAGGCCUUCGUCCCCUCAGACUCAGCCACCGGGACAGUCCCAGGCUCAACCUCAGAGACAGGUCAGCGAUGUCUACUCCAACACCCUCCCCGUGCGCCGGCCUGCCCCCGCUAAGAACAAGAACCCUGUGGGUGAGUUAUCCCAACGCCGCUCAGAUUUAAUGAGCAGCUUCAGCUGGAGCUGCGGCGGGAAAAUAACAAGCAGAAUAUUUGAUUGCACGUCAACCCCGCUCACAUCAUUUUAUUUUAAGGUGUUCUCAGGAGCACUUCAUGUUUACCACCGCUGUACAAUAGCACGUUUAAGAAAUAGCUAAAUUUAGAGCAUCUGCCUGGCUGCUAAUCCCAGAAGAGACCUGAAUGCUACCUGUAAUUGGUUGCAGCAAAUUUAAUAUUGAUAUCAUUAAAAAUAUUUCACUGUCUGUUUUCAGGAGAGACACGGACCCUGCCCAGGUCCAGUUCCAUGGCAGCAGGCCUGGAAAAGAACGGGCGCGCCCGUGUCCAGGCCAUCUUCUCCCAUGCUGCAGGUGACAACGGCACCCUGCUGAGCUUCUCUGAGGGAGAUGUCAUCACCCUGCUAGUGCCUGAAGCCCGUGACGGCUGGCACUAUGGAGAGAACGAGAAGAACAAGAUGUAAUGUAUUCAUGUAUUCAGUCGUACCUGAAACUGCACUGUUGGAAUUGUUGGCGUUUGUAGAAGUCAUGGAAAUCUUUCUUUACCCAGGCGUGGAUGGUUCCCUUUCUCCUACACUCGAGUGCUGCCUGAGAGCGACAGUGAGAAGCUCAAAGUGAAGUAUGUGGCGUUUUUUUUUAUUUUUAUUUUUAUGUCAUGUUUCAAGGUAAUGAGUCUCAAUCUGAAACCUUUGUGUUAUCCUCCUCCUUCUCCUCCUCCUCCCAGCCUGCACCACGGUAAAAGUAGCAGCACAGGAAACUUAUUGGAGAGCGAUGCAUCACUGCCGACACCCGACUACGGCCUGACCGCCCGACUGCUGGCACAGAGCCUCGCACAGACCCGUCCACGCCCCUACAGCAUGGCAGGCUUUGGCACACAGGUAGGUUACAUACAUGACAAAUUAAUUUGUAGCUCCAUCUGGUUCAGCCUUGUGUUAUGUAAUUGGAUAUGAGUAAUCCUGCGGUGUCUGAACUGGAGACUUUUCUGGAUUUGUGCUGCCACCUAGUGUUUGUAUUCGAGUACAGCAGCUGUUUUCAAACCAAAGCAUGUUUGAACAGAAAGUAAAAAUGUUUUCUUUCCUUUCAGCCUGCUAUCGAGGAUUACGACGGCCGCUUUGCCACAAGGUAAGCACCUUUUUUUUCCCUCUAACAAGUUCUUACUGCUGUGACAGCUGCUGCUCGAUCAGAACUUUUUAAAUCGUAUAGUCGAUUAGAAGAAGACUUUAACAGCGCUCAAUUAAGAGUGAUAAUACUUCACCUUCAUGGUAAUAUCAUGGAUUAAGAGAGACAUCUGUUUAACAAACAGUGUCCUAAAAAGUUCUUUAAACACACUCUCUAUGUAAAUGUGCUGUAAUGUCUGAUAUGCAGUGCACAAAAAUAGGUAAAGGCACAGUAAAAAUAAAAAAUAAACCUACUCUGUGAAUUUUAAAGAAGCAUUUUAAGUUAUAUUUUGUUAGAUUUGUGUUUUUAUGAUUUAUUUUUAAAUAUAUAAUUUAUUCAUAACUAACUGAAAAGGGUGUUAAUGAACAACUAGUACAUAAAUUCUGCAUACAGUUCAUUUGCAGCACUGCACAGUGUCUAAAACUAGGUACAACCCUGUUUUCAAUAAUAGGUUGUGACGCUGUGUAAAAUGUUGGUCAAAGAAGAAUUUGAUGGUUUAAACUGACUGAAAAUAGAGCAAAGACGACAUAUCAAAUGUUGAAACUGAAUGUUGUGUUGCUUCACUGACACUCGGUGAACAUUUAGGAACAGAGAGGACCACUUUGUGACAUUUUGACUGAUAAAGGAAAAUGAGUUUUUGGCCUCAAUCAUGAGAUGAUUGAGGCCAAAAAUGUAUUUUUGUCAAAUAAUCACUUAGGUCAUUAUUUUAAUAGGGUGAUGAUAUUCAGAUUGGAGCAGGUAACAGGUCAGUUUCACAUCCAUGCUGCAUUUGGGUCAAAAUUUGAAGACAGGCAGUGAUGUCCCUACAGAGGACGUGGGCUCUGGACCAGGGGUUUGUAUAGUUUCUCCUUUGCGCACGGUGCAAGUAGAUGCAGCAGUGAAUGUAUUUAUAGACAAAGUGAUUUUGAGCACAUGCAGUGAUUUCCACGACAGAGUCAUGUCUCUAUUUGAUGCAGUGCUGCAUGAAAGCCCAAAUAUAGAGGUCAUCUGGUACUGUUUACAGCUUUUCCACUCUAUACGAAGAUCAUUUAAUAGCAUUAUGUACCAAUGAUCAAACGCUGUGUUGAAGUGUUUGCUCACGCAGUCUCUCACAGAGUGGUAAACCUCGUCCUCUCUUAACUACAGAGAGACUCAGUCAUGUGACUAACCUGCUGCAAUCAUUAUGGGGAUGGGAUUAUGGGGAUCAUCAUUAGGGGGAUGUUUCAGGUGUUUUGUUCUCCGUGUAGUAAUUUAUUUCUUUUUACAUCAAUUUAGAAUGAGCAUUUUUUUCAUAUAACUAUAUUUUUCUUUCAAUUUCCAACAUUUGAUAUGUUGUCUUUGCACCUUUUCAAUUAAUUAUAACAUUUAAAAGUAUUUAUAAACAAUUAAAAUCUGUUUGGUAACACUUUACAAUAACCAUAAUUUAUAAAUGGUAAAAAUAUAGUUUAUUAAUGUUUAAUCAUCAUUUUAAAACAGAAUAUAGAGCAAUUAUAAAGGACAAAUAAAUAGUUUAUUAAUGUUAGUUAAUAGUUACUUUACCAUUAACAAGCAAUGAAAUUAUGAUUGAUAAUUUUCAUUAAUUAUCAAUGGACUAUUUAUUGAAGGUUCAUGUAGGGUUGUAAAACAUCUAGAUUAAAAUGUGUGUCAGCAGCACUUUGUAAAUGGUUAAUAUUUGGUUUUUUAAACCACCUAUAAACAUUACCAAGAUGGUUAUUGUAAAGUUAGGGUUAGGUUUUUAAAAUGGUAAAAUAUACAAUUUAUUAUUGGUCUAUAUGCUAUUUAUAAAUGAUGAUUAAACAUGAAUAAAUUAUCUGCUUAUCAUAAGUUAUGUUUAUUGUGAAGUGUUACCAUCUGUUUUAUCACAAUGUUAAACAGCAUCCUAACUUCUUAAGAAUUGAGGUCAGACAAUCACCCGGAUUUAGUAUUAUGAAACUUUGCUGUAUUUAUAUAUUUCAUUGUUUAUAGUCUUUAAAAAAAAAAACCUGUUUGAUAAUCUGAAACCAGAAUGUAUCCAGAGACAAGACAGGCUGAUCUGCUUUGACUUGAUUUGGUUGGACUAACAAUAAUCGAUCAUCAAACUCAGACUCUCGUAUCUAUCAGUUGAUUUGCAAACAGUUUAAUGAGCUCAUGAGCGUAGCUUUAAGUCCCCUCGCUUUAAAAGUUUCAGUGUUUUCUUCGAUUAUUUUUUUUUUACUGUCUUCUUUGUCCUUCCCUCUUUGCUCUUGCUUACUUUUACUUUUUCUUUAAAUAAAUAAACUCAGUCUAGUGUCUCGGUGUAUUGUCACAGUGCUCUUGGCCCCCGUAUAUUUUUCUCUGUAAUCCCAUCCCAAGUCCUUGCUGACUCACCAGAGCUAUGUGAGGGUCAGGGUUAGGAAUGAUGCUGUGCCUGUUUCUGUCCAAUCAGGAAGUACAUCCUCCUUUAACUGUAUAUAAAUGUGUGUGUUUGGGUGAGAGGAAUAAAGCGGCGUAGAGGAGCGCGUGCGUUUGUUGUGCAGUAGACAUCAUGCUGACUUCAUCUCAGUCAUCAGUGCUUGUCAGCCUGGGGCUUUGGGCACCAGUGUCGAGCUGUUUUCUGUACUCUUGUCUGCGCUGAGUGUGUUUUUUUCUGUAUUUUCUGUAUUUUGAGACGACACUGUCCUGCAGGGUGUAUUCACCCCAAACAGACUGAUCUAACACUACAUCCCUCCAGCUGAGGAGAUGACUUGAUUUUCUCAUCAACAGUAAAUACUCGUAAACGAAGGAUAAAUAACCUUUAAAAGCAUGAUAAAUAUAUUUGAUGAAUAAAAAGUGUUGAUGAGGGAAUUGGAAGUCCAAUCUUCCUGAUCACGGCAGGUGUGUUUGGAGAUGUGGUUGCAGGCGGGGGCGACUUUAAUUCCUGACCCCGCCGACACGUCUCCAAAAGUGCACCCUGCCUCCUCGUGCCUGUCUUGUCUUUUCUCCAUUUCUCUCUGAGUGUGUCCGACCUGGCAAGCUUCCUUCUCUCUUUGUUCCACAGUGACAGUCCUGAUGGCAAAUUGAUUUCGACUGUGUGAGAACAGACAUACAGACAGACACAGACAGCUCCGGAUAGCACAGGGGCCUCUUCCUACCUACCUACCUACCUACCUACCCCAUCUUUCCCCCCUCUUAGCCUCCCUCCUGUCCACUUAUCUCCACCUCUCCUCCUCCUCCUCCUCCUCUGCCUUCCACACACACCCCUUCUCCAAGUGGAAGAGGCCAGUUUCAUCCCUCCUUUCUGUCCUCUCUUCCUCCCCGGGUCCUUCCUUUCCUCCUUCCAAUCCGUCCAAUCCUGGGUGCUGCUGCUGGUGGUGUCGGUGUGGACAGUAGCGGUUGGUGGGUGGAGGAUUGCAUUGAGCGAGAGAGCCCGAGCGGGGCCUACCUGCUCGGCAUGCAGCGCUAUGGACUCUGAAUACUCUAUCUCUGAUCACAGUCCCCCAUCACGGACUGAUCUGUCAAGAGACUGCCUUUGCUACUGCUUGUCUUUCAUGCAUGUACAUGGUUUUGUCAUUUUGUCAAACUGAAGGACAUGUUCAUGUACUGUACAAGUGCCAAAAGACUUCAAUGUCGUUGUACUAGAGCCACUGGCUGAAUGGCCUUUUUCAAGCACAUGUGGGGCGCAGUAUUAUCGAGCUCCCACCCACCACACACAUGCUCAAAAUAAAACAAAAAAAAGCUUUUCAAAAUAAGGCUGUGCAGCAGAUUACAAUGUUUCUGUUCUGAGAGAUCCUAUAGGUGGCGCUGUGCUUCCCUGUGUCAGUGCUAGACUUUAUUUUACCGUCCAAAAGGUUUGUGUCAUAUUUGCCUUACUUUGCUUCUUUUUUUUCUUUUCUAUUUAACACAUACUUUGUGUGCAAUGAAGCAAACUUAAAAAUGAGCUUCAAGAAUAUAUACAGUAUAUAUAUCUAUACAUAUAUAUAUAUAUAAAAUGUUUCCGUCAGUCGACCAAAUUGCACUGUAUGAUGAUCACCAUGAUUUCAUUUCAAUUUUCGAUGAAUCUUUCCACCGCCAGCUGCAGUCUUUUUGCCAUAAAACGGCUGAACUUACUGCCAAAAAUUCUGGGUUAAAAUAAAAGCGCCUCACCUCAAUAAACUUCAGUUUGUUGUUUUUGUCUGAAGUUGAACCGACUCUGAAGAGGUCUUCUUAUCUUCUGCUGAGUUUCCUCAAGAACAGCUGUUUAUUACUUUGAGGUUAAAAGAAAAAAAAACCCCGGCUUUUGCAGCUCUCAGUGUUAUUUAUGAUUGUAUUCCCUGAGUGGCUAUGUAGUUUUUUGGUCUUUUUUUUUUUCUUUCUUUCUUUCUUUUCAAAAACAGUUAUUGUCCUUGUAAAAAAAAAAAAAAAAGAAAACAGAAAAAAUCUUUGCAGAAACAAUGAGAAAAUACUGAUUAGUUGAAGUGUUUAUCUUAUGCAUGCUGUGGAGGGAAACCAGAAAAAUGUGAUACUGAAAAUUGACCCUGAAUGUAUGGUGACUUUUUACAAAGGUAUUCUGAAUAAAACAUAUCUCUAUAUAUUAAUAAACAGUCUGGUCUGACGCGAAAUCUGUUCCAUCAGCGACGACUGCGGUUUGUAGUUUUCAUGAACUUCCUCUUUCGUCAAGGUUACGACGCCCAAACUGUCAUAUGCAUAUUUUUAAGAAAUCCUAUUUGUGAGUCAUUUCAAGCCACAGCUGUGGUCCAAGCAUGCAGUUUCACCCCUCCUCCCCUCUUCCUCAUCCUUAACCCUCAUCGCAUCUGUGCUGAUCUGUGUCACUGUUAAGAAAGGAGGCUGUGAAUGUGUGUUUGUGUGUGUGUGUGUUGUGAACAGUAUGCAUUCAGUUUUUGAGUUUUCUUUCAGUCUGAUAUUGAGUUGAUUUCACUGCAUUGACAGGAGAUUUACCUCCACUAGGGUGCGCUGCAGACACGUCCUGCAGUUGACAGUUGAAGCAUGCCGAGCAUGAAGUGUCGUUUCCAUUCCUCAUCACAGUGAUAGUUGUAUUGAUGGUCAACUUACAGUCUAUUCAUCUUGCACCAGACUAACCAGCAGUGUUGUUUACAAAAAUGUGACCCAUGCAUGAUCUGAAAGAUGAGCCAUUCAAACCCAAAGGUUCUCUUUACCUUCCAGUUUGGGUCCAGAAUUGUCUCGGUUCUGAGGAAACAGGACCUCCGUAAGUCACCAGCCUCCAUUGCCUCUCAGCCAAUCACGUAUCUUCUUUUUAAAAAUUUUUUUUUUACAACUGCCUGGUUCUCUCUGCUCUCAUUGGCUGCCUGGCUGUGGUACAACGCUGGGAAGUCAGUGCUUCUUUUCUGUCCUCUGGCUCAUGUGGACAUGGCAGGAUUUGGAUCUGUCGGUCUUGGGCCUCGGGUUGUAAAAGAAUAUCUCAUAUAUUUUCAUACAGAAGAGACACUAACCCUGCAUGCGUGCUUAUUGCAAGCUCUUUUUUUUUAACCCAUACUUUCCUCACAACAUGCUUGCAAAAACUCACAAUAGAUAAUCUAAAGGAAGGAUGGGGCUUUCUUUGGGUGUGGUUACGUAGUCGGCCAAGUAGCUCUCUAAGUUUCCACAAGUGUUCAACCUAACUGUCACUGUUCCCUGUCUCACCCCUCCUCUCCCCGCAGUGACCGUUCCUUGGAGGUCUACCUCAGGCCCACCUACACUGACGACCGAUCUGCACCCAUCUUCUACUAGCAGCCUGCUGUCCCCCCUUUUUUUCUCCACUCACGGGCCCUUAAAUUUUGAAGUGCAUACAAAAAUAAAUAAAUAAAUCAAUAACUUUUAGCAAGUUUUGAGUUGUAUGAUGUUACCACAAGAGGGGCCCGCGUGUGCGACUGAGGGGGGAAAUCACCUCAAGGAAUAUGUUACACUCUUUAGUUUCUUUCCCGUGGAGACUCACUCCAGGUUAAUCCUCAUGAUGAUGUUUUUUGCGAAUGCUUUCACAAACUCUGAACACCCCACUCUGGGCGUUUCCGUGCAAAAAGGUGUCAGCAGAUUUUUCUUAGUUGUUUUAGAUUGCACCAUUUGUGUAUAAGGUAUGGCUAAUAGGUUUUUACUAGUGGUGCUGUCACAUUAUCUUUUAUCUGCACUUCUACUUUGGGUUAUUUCUUCUUCCAACACUCUACACUGUAAAUUUCAUUUGAGGACAUUCAUAAGCAGUGAAGGAGCAGUCUGCGCUAGCUGUUUAGGUUUGAAGGUGGAUUGGAUGGACGGAUGCAGAAUCAAAGAUAGGAUACUGUACGGCUGGUGAGUUAAUAAUUCUGCUUUUGAUUAGUGAAACACUACGAUAUAAAUAUAUAUAUUAACUAGUUGUGAUACAGUGCACCCAUAUUUUCAAUGUGGGAACUGUGCCUUCGAUUUUUUUAACGUACGCUUCAUGCCACAUUGACUCAAUCAUCCUGUAAACUGAUUUGAGGGUACAUGCAUAACAGUUUGACUUGUAUUUUUAUAUUCUGGAAAAUCUAAUAGGGAUAAUAUCCCUUUUUAUUGUCUUUGUUUGUAAAUUUAAGUCUUUUUCUCGUUUAUUUUUUUCCUUUUUGCUUAGCAAACUCUGACUCAGUGCAAUUCCAAGUACAGUUUAAUAUCCUGACUCGUACUGUCUCUUUAAAUUUCUCUAAUACCUAAGCCACAAGACGAAAUACAGCGCACACUCAGUGGGUCUUUUUCUAUGUACAGUCGCUUUGAGGGAGUUGUAGCUUAUCAUAUAAGGUACAGUAUUAUCAUGGCUUUUGAUCAUUCAUGCUCAGUAUUUUUAACCCGUUUGGGGAAAAAAAAGGCUUGAAGCAGAGACGAUAGAAGAGAAUCGAGGUGUAUGUAGCCUCAUGAAAAGGUACAUCAUAAGGAAGCAGUUUUUCCAAGAGGGGAGUCCUUUACACUGAGUGAUUUGAUCAGGAUUUUAUGAAACGGCACGUUUUAAAGCGCUUUUUUUACUUUUAUAUAGCUCUCAUCGUCUAUUUCUCACUCUUGUCUCUGUUUGUAUUAUAUCUGUCCUGUACAGAAAGUGCUUAUAAAUUAUCUUGUGCGAAAUAAAUCUAAAUGGGCACAAACGUCAAACUUUUACGUGUCUUGUUGAUCCGUGUUUUUGACUGUAAUCAUCACCUGACACAGGAGGGGAAAAAAAGUAUUUGGAUUUAUUUGUUUGGGAUAGUACAAUAGCAAUGAGUGAGGGAGGGAGGGGAGAGGAGGGGGGAGACAUGGGAACAGCAAUGUUGUUACUACCCCUGCUCAGAACAGCCCACCUCACCUGCCACUGUUUUUUUUUUUUUUUUUUAGCCAACAGGCUUUGAAAUAUCUCUUUGGCAAAUUUGAGAGACUGUCAUCCUGGAUUGCAUCUUUUCAAACGGUACAAAAAUACUCGCAGCGUGUUCUCCUCGUGCAAGAAGGUGAAUGAAAGGUAAGGUGGGAGAGGAAACAGAAUUGGCACUUUGAGCUACAGAAGCGCAGAGAAGGGGAGGAGAGCUGUCCUUACAGCGGUAGUAAUUCAAGUCGAGCUACCUGCUACAUGUUGAUAAAACAUUCAUACAAUAUGUGAGAUAUGUCGUAUUUUGAAUGUCUUUUUUUUUCUUUGUACACAUCAUACCCCAGCAUCCAGCACAAAUGUAAUCGAAUACAUUAUGUGUGAGAUUAUGAACAAUACAUAGACGUAGAAAAGAUCCGUUAAAUGAUACUGACAUUCAACAUUUAUGACUCGUUACCAUAGACUGUAUAUACUAUGGACAACCUGGUUCCGCCUACCGCCUGUAUACGGAUUUGAAGCCAAGAAGCUCUCGGUAUUUCCGGGAUCUAGCGUUGUGCGCAUUCCGCCGCGCAGUCGCAGAGAGUCACUGUAAUGACGCUCGGCUCAAACAGCGUAUCCCUCCCGGGAGAGCUACGCAAUCCCUGAACGCCCAUAGGCUGUAUCAGGUGUCAAUCAUAGCAAACACGAACCCCCUAAUAACUUUCAAAAACGGAGCUUCACAGAAAAAAAGAGGACUUGAGCACAAACCAGUCUGACAGUAACUACAUGUCAACAUUACAAGCAGGGGGGAGAAAAAUUUAUGUUCUGUGUCAGAUUUAUGACCUAUACUGCAGCCCAUCAACAGAGGGCGCUGUUCUCUGAGUGACUUCACCCAGCGAGGAGGCAGACGGCGUCCAUUCUAUAUACAGUCUAUGCUCGUUACACUUCUGGACUGUGAUGAAACACCUCGCCAUCCCUUUGGUGUCAUUCUAUUGCUGAUGAAAUGUUAAAUAAUAAAUUUCAUGGCACAAAUUAACGUGAAACUGUAGCCGGCACUGUGGACACAUAUAAGGGAUCUCACAUGUUUGGAUUUGUCAUUCCAGGAUGGGGAGAUGUCGAGCAACGAAGCCAUGACGUCUACAAACAAAGACCCAGUUUGGCUAUACAAAGUGCUUCAGAUAGAUACGCUAGCUGUAGACAUUGUUUCAUAGGUCAUCUUUAACCAGAGUCAGUGGUGGUGAGAAGUGAGUGGAAACACCAUUAACACAGCACACCGAGUCCCACUAUCACUAUAAUUUGGAUUCAACUUGAAUAAGGGAAUAAAACACUCUUAAGACACUGCCUAAAUUUGUUAAAAAGUCACAUUUCGUCCUGGAAAUUCACCACAGUGUCUUAUGCAACAAUCAUGGAGGACUGUUCACUGGCUCUGACGAUGUAACAGUCUCUUAAAAAUGCCAGGUCAAUGGUAAGCAGAUGGACCGAAGCAGCAUGAGAGGAGCAGCUACGAAGCCUGUCGUUUCACUUUAUUUAUUUUUUUUAAAUCUCCUUUUAUUUUCAGUUAAACUCUUAAACGUCACAAAUGAGACAACCCGCAAGGUCACCGACAGACACUGAUGUCGCAUUCAGCAAAUAAGUUAUCGUCAUAUACUUUACGUUAAAACGGAUAUACUUUGUGUGAUCUCAUUUUGUCCCAGAUCUAGUUACCGUGCCAACAGCUGUCGCUCUGUCUUCAUUAUAAACAAAAAAAAAAACAAAAAUGUGCAAAUCAUUGAGGGUCUUUCACUACAAUAUGAGGCACUGUCUCAUAAAGGGUCACCAGGGUCGGAUGCCCCAAAACGUUGAUAAAAAUAAAACUCUGUAAAACAUCUAGAUAUAAUAACAAUAAUAUUAAUCAUAAUAAUAAUAAUUAUAAUAAUGCUUUUCUGUGUUGAGAAGGGAUUCAUCCUCCUCCAGUCAGGGCCAGGAUCACUCAGUCUUUAGGACCAUCUUCACUGUUUCCUGUUGGAGAUGAAUGAAAGGUAAAAAUAAAGCAUGAAGAUUUAAAAAUACCGAAUAUAAGCAUAGAAGUUAACUUUUUAUGCACAUAGAAGUUGAUGGUGAGGACUCAUUUAUGAGAAGUUGAAAACUGACAUCACACUGAAUCAUCCCCUCUCACAGUUUCAUGUUAUGUCAGCAUGUUUCAUAAUUUUCUCUAUCAUCGUUAUAAAAAGAGGAGAAGGUAAAAACAGAGAAAAACUGCUGUGUCAGAGCUGUUUUUACACACCUGCAGCUGAGCUUGUGUGAGGGUCCGAGACGUGUGUGAUGGAGAAUCGUGAGACCAUGAAUCUGUUGAGUGCUACAGCUGUGGGUUUUGGAGUCUCUGGACUGUUUUGGGUGGGUGACGGUGAGGAUUCAGGUUCGGAGAUGGCGUCAGGUGACGACUUAAGCGAGGGCUCGUCUUCCCAUUCGUUACCCUCACCUGGAAACGCACAAAGUCGGCACACUGAUCAUGAAUAAAAUGGGACAAAUCAAGAAAUGACGGAUUUGUUUCAAGUAUUUUUGUGCCACUGACCCUCUCCUGAGUUGUUGCCCUCUAUGUCUUCAGGAGCACAGGGAGCGUCUAAGGACUCGGCUUCAAUCUCAGGGUCAGGCUGCAGCUGGUCAGAGUUUUUCUCCUCUGAGACCUCCUCCUCGCAACCGGCCUCUGUUCCUGUGGAGAAGGCGUACUCAGCGAGCUCUCCUGUGGGACUCUCCUGGAGGAUAUAGUCACAAAUACUCCUCACAUACUGAGUAAAAUAGCAGGAGUGUAAACAGACAACUUUUACUCUUCAACUUGACCCACCUGGUCGAAAAGAAAAACCGUGACAUCGUCAAAAAAGGACACAGCUUUCUUCUUCCUCUCCAGCUCUUCACAGAAGGACUCCGUGAGCAGGGUGGGCAUCUUCAGGAGGCUGCGGAGGUGUCUGGCCCGGCUGCAAUCGCUAACAACCACCGGUACGGCGCUAAAAUCCUCCUCACUUUCCUCACUGUCCUCGUCUUGGAUGUUGUAGGUCCUCAACUCUUCGUCGGAGUCGCUGUCAUCUGAGUCAUCUUCGUCCUCCGCCUCCUCCAGCGGAGCUCUCACAUCCUCCCCGCACAGCUCCAACAAUGACGAGGAAGUGGAGAGAUCAGCCCCGCCGUUUGAUUCCUCACAUAAACUAUCCUGUGAGUCACAUUCCUCCGCGUCGAUGUCCUCGAAAUCCUCCUCGUUUAUCCUCACGCCCUCCCUCCUGUCCUCCGUCUCCUCCUUGACAUGAUUGAAUUCAGGCAGCUCCUCCUCCUCUGUGGACACAUCAUUUUCUUUAUGAGCAUCAUCUCUGUAGUCGUUUAUGGUGGAGUCAGAAUGCAGAGACUGGACGGGAGAGCAGUCUUCUUCCUUUCUGUUUCCGUCCUCGUGGUUUCCAGAGGCCUCUUGGACAGUAGAGGAGGCUUCAGGCCCUAUAGAGGAGCUUAGAUCUGAAGUGGGCUCCUCUCCCGAGUGCUCCAACAUAACGUCAUCAUCAGCGGGGGUUGACUCUUUGGUCAGGCAACCGCCCAUCUCUGGAGGGAACGGCGACAACAUGGACAGCCCUGGUGUGGCGAGGGGAUUGGGUGAAGUGGGGUCAGCCUCGGAGAGAUUCACCAAAACAGAACUUUUGAUGUGUCUCACGUUUGUCAAAUGUUCCUCAUUGGUGAACUGCCUCUGGAAAAGAUCAUCACCUCCUACAGAGUUCAGUUUCUCAGCCCGGUCGCUCGGACCUGCAUAGAAGUUCUCACCCUCGUCUUUAGGACUUCUCUCGUUCUCAGUAUCAUAGUCAGAGAAGUAAGCCGAGUCCCGGUACGGGUUUUUAUCAGUCAGGCUCUUCAGCUGUAGCUCUGGGAUGCAUGUGGAAGUGCAGACUGCUUGGCCUAAGCCCAUCUGAAGCACGAGUUCAGGUUCUCCACCAAGCCUAGGGCUCCUCUCUCCACCCAAGGGAUCUCCAAGCUCUUUGAAGAUAAAUUCUGGGGAUUCGUUGUUUUCGGUGUCGUAGCCACUGUCCAGGGAUUUAGGAAGGACAGGAGUAUUAAAAGGAUCAGGGCUGAAGGCCUGAUCGCAGGUGCUUGCCAUGGAUGAGGACAGGUUCAGGGUGUCUACAGAGUCAGGAGUUCCUUUUGGAUUCUUCAACGGGCUCAGCUCAUCUUCCUCUACCUCCACAUAAUCCAAGUUGAAGUCCGCGAAGAUCCCUGAUGUUAUAUCUGUGAUGUCGUCGUCAUCAUCCUCGCUGUAGUCACCGAGCUCUACCAGGCUAAUGCUGGACUCCCUGACUCCCAGUCCACUGUCCAACACUCUGCUACUCUCAGAUGUUUCUGGAUAGGUUAGCCUUUUGUCUCCCAGGCCAACAGAGAUUCCCGUCGAAACCCCCUCCCACAUGUUACCUCUCUGCUUGAUGGACAAGUUGCCUGUUUGAACAGUUUGAGGCUCCUUGAAAGAGUUGGGGGACUUUUUAUAGUUUGCCUCGGGUAUCAUUUUAGGUUCAGAAUAUGGCCUCUCAGCAUUUUGCAAUAAUUGUUUUUCAUAAUCCCCCUCUGUUUUCUCAACCUCUGUACCUCUGGUGUUAAUAACUGAGCUUGAAAAUAAAUCUGCACUUCUUGGAUUCCCUGCGGUUAAAUUCCUUUCCUUUUGAGUGGCGGUUUCCUCCCUUUCUUUGUGACAUAAGUGAAUGUAUGAACCUAAUUCAGAGGAAUUACUCGCAGAAUUACAACUGCAGUCUCCUCCUUCGCCCUCCAACGUUACACCAGACCGGGAGCUUUGGAAGGUCCUGGUGGUGGCCUUGGUCAAAGACCACAGCUCUGUAUUGUUUGUAUAUUGAAGGUCUAGGUAGCUGUCAUGUCCACUGACAGCUUGUCUGCUGUCAAAACUGAGGCUAUUAUUGUUUGCCGAAUGGUUCGAGGUCCAGUUAGUGGCCUCUUCUCCCGAGUAAAGGUCAUCCUCAAUGUCGUCACCUCUCUGCCGGCCCACCAGCAGGCCAUCGUCUAUCUCUACAUCAACGCUAAUGUGGUUCACAAUGGGAACUGUCUUUCUGAGGGGACCCAUCAUGUUAUGGCAGCUUUCGUUUACCGUGCUGCGGCAUGUGCUCGCUUCAAGGUAGGGAUCACAGAACCCUAAGCUGGGGCUGCUAACUGCUUGCGAUAAACUUCUCGGGUUUUCAAGAAGUCCAACAGGAUGAAGGAGGCUCGAUCUGGACUCUGGAGACGUUUCCUGUUCAGAUUGGCGGCGUGUUUUGUAUGCUGAUGACUGUUCGCAGUAGACUGUGUCAUCCUGAUUGGAUAAGAAGCAGUUUUGGGAGUAGCUUAGCUUUACAGGACUGGUGCCGGUUGAAUGUCGCAGCAGUGGCUCCAUGGUUAGGUGGACCGUGGGGCUUGAAUCAGAGUCAUAGGAAGGGGGUUUGAUGUUGUCAGCCGUUGACCAGUAAGCGCUGGGUUUACUGGUCCGACUCUCAGAUGACAACCUACUACUGCUGGCUUCCAGUCCUGGGCUGUAGUCCACCACGCUGUCAUCUAAGUUGAUAUUACACUCUACCGGUUCCUCUAUGCGGAUGUAGUACUCACUGCUGACUGAAGGGCUGUGGGCACUCAACACUGGGACGACCCCUGGGUGUUCAGGUUCAUAAUAAGAUGGGGACCUGCCUGAGGUGAGGCUGUCGGACUUGCACCCCCCGGAGAUGCUGCCUUUACUUGAAUAGUAGAUAUCCUGAUAAUGUGGGUUCCCCUGGCCCAGAGGCCCACUGGUGGAGGAGGAGCAGUAAGGCUGCUCACUUCUAGCCUGCUCCCACUUGUACUCAAAGUUGAGACCAUGGCUGGUCUCUGUAACAGUCAGCAGGUCGUCCCCAGUGUCAGAGUGGAAGCUGUCGGAGAAGUGCUCCAGGAGGGGGAAGGAGGACGAGGCAGAGGAGGCCAGCUCCACCGCCUGGGUUUGGUCUGCACCGGGUGGAUCGGCUGAAGCCGGGGUAGGGGUCAGGACUAAGGCUGUAGAUGUGGCUGUGUGUGAAGUGCUACCCAGCAGGUUGGGUCUCAAGGCAUUCCAGCGUUGUUCGAAAUCUUCCUCGGCUUCACUGGAGCCUUUGGCACACAAGUAUGUGACGAGAAGGUGAACCUCCUCACUGCUGGGUCUCAGCUCAGGUUGCAGCCAGCAGAACUGCAUCACCUCAUACCUGGACAAAGAUAAGAGAAGACAAUCAGAUGCAAAAAAAACUAUUGACAACAGGGAAUACAGGGAAUAUGCAGACACGUUUCUGGCACUGUUACUUUGGGCGUUGUCCGCUAAAAAGUUUGUGACACCUUGCUUAAUGACAGAAUGAAACCCACUCUUUGCCUGGUGGCUAUAAAAAAAUUUACAAAGUUUUAAACCUGAGUUACAAAUGUUUAAAACUCCUUUGAAAAUUUUAAUCAUAAAUGUACUCUUCUUUUUGCAAAGAGACAACACUUAAAGGGAUAUUCCGGCGUAAAAUUAAUUUAGGGUCUGCUGCGGGGUGACUCAGCUCAAGGAAGAACAUUGAUAAUCAUUUCCUCAUGGAAAUGCAAUCAGACCAAGAAACUAAGACAGAAGAACUGCUGCGUCUGCAGUGCAAAAUGAUUAAUCUGGUGAUUAUUACUUCAAUGAAAUGAUAAAGAAACGAUCAUAAAUGUUCUUCCUUGAGCUGCGACACCCCGCAACAGUCCUUAAUGAACUGGCCUGAGGUCUCGCUACAAACAAGCAGCUGCUGGAAGAGAGUAGGUGAGUUGUGUUUAGUCUCUUUGCUAAAGAAAUUAGGCAAAGCUAAAAAGAUGUUUGGUGGCUAGUACUAUGGCUGUGACCCUAUAUGUACUGUUAAUGAAGUUAGGUGCUGUUCUGAGCAUUAUUUGUGGUUAUAGAGUGGCGUUUUGGUUGAGGUUUGUUUAUAGCUUAUCAGACCGCAGUGUAUCACUAUCCUGCGGUCAUUACACAAGUUGGUAUAACUAGAGAAGCAAGCGGUCUGCAACAUCCAUCUCUCUCAGGGGUGUCUAACUCGGUGUUGCGGUGUGUUUUACCCUGAAUUAAUUUUACGCCGGAAUAUCCCUCUAAGGAAUUGAUGAUGGACCCAAAGCAAGACCGUAUAAAAGAAUCUAACUGGGUCAGCACUUUCAACAACACCUUGUUCUUGUUUCCGUCUCCAGCCAAAGACCUAUAGAGUGGAUGAAAAAGGUGUGGUAUGGAUGCUGACGUAGGAUUUUGUUCAAACCCUUCCAUGUGCGUAUCCGUGUGUGUGUAUGCGGCUCCUUGUUUCUGGUACCGAGAGUGUUUAAUUUAGCGGGGAACAAUUUUGAAAAAUAAAUAAAUAAAAAACUAUAUUUGGCCGACUUCCCGGGCGAAGAUGAAUGAGGUGAUUCAACUCUGGUCGAUGCCAAGGGGAUCAUAAAGAAGAGGGAGAGUAUUGAUCAUCUGCCCUUGCUAGCGAAGAGAAAUAUUGCAAGAGUAGACCGGUGCACCAUCAUACGCAGAAUCCGACUUUUAAAAAAACAGCACAGUGACGUGUAAGUGCUCAGCGAGGCCUGAAGGCUCAGAAAUGUCAAAAAAGUGUCUUAUGUGGUGUCAGGAUAUAUAACAGCCAUUCAGCCGUGUGUGUGGGUGUGCAACUGUGUCUCACCAGCGCUCAGCCAGGGGGAAUUGGAGCUGAGGUUUGGGUAGUUUGAGCUGCUGUUCCUUCACCGCGUAUGUCAGGACCUGUCUGUCAGAGUAGUGUCUGUACGGCUGGUUUCCCAGCUCAAGCAGCUCCCACAUAGUUACUCCCAAUGACCUGAAAGAGGCAAAGAAAUCAUUAAGUUAUUCCCCACGAGAUUACAAAUAUAGUUAUGCUCUACACAGUCUGUAGUUUCCGAAGAGUUAUUGGAUGCGAGUGAAACACAUUCUCCGUAAUGUGCUUCAAAUGCUUUUUUGGUGCUCGAGCAUUAGAGAUGAAAAAUAGCUGAAGUUGGGAAUCCUACUUUAUAUUCUUGCAGUAAAUCAGAGUUCAUCUAAACAAAUCUAUUGACUCAUUUCUCAAUCUCACAGAAAUAUUUCCAGCUUCUUCCUCUUAAACUAUCUCACCAUAUGUUGCUGGAUUUAGUUUGAUCAACAACCAGCAGAUUUCCGUGGACCUCGUCAAUGAGCUCAGGUGCGAUCCAGCGUAAAGGGACCCAAAUCUGAUCUUGUGUUAUGUAAUAGUCAUCCUAUAGAGAAGCAAAAGACAGAAUUAGGAGUGAUGACAGGGCUGUAAGGUAAAAAAAAAAAAGCAACCAACAUUAUCCAAUGACAGUCUGACCUUGUACCGGCUGUGGGAGAGGCCGUAGUCUCCGAUUUUCACAGACAUUUCUGAAGUUAACAGGCAGUUUCGCAAGGCUAGGUCACUGUCAAAAGAAAGGACACCUCUAUUCUUAUAAAGUACGACAGGGAAUCAAAAAAAAACACACGACUAUUUAUGUCUAGGAUGACCAGGGGCUUUGUGACUUUGGGACUGCAGAGAAUUUUAAACUUCAGCUCUUAUUUCACCUUCCUAAAACGAAAUACUAAAAUAAUAAAACCAAGCUAUAACUCAGCAAGUUCAUAAAAGAAAGCCAUCACCAUUGCUUACGACAGAUGUCAAUCAAUCAUCUCAAUUGUGGGUUCAAGGGCUCCCCAAGCCUGUCAACAUCCACUUUGCCUCUUUUACACCAUCACAAAACAAAGCUUUGAGCUUUUAGCAGGAUAUGACGAAUCCUAAAACAGCUGCAGCAAAGUCUGGGGAAAUAUUCAGACUUUGGUGAAGCUGGUAUGAAGGCAACUUUUUUUGCCUAUUAUUACCACGCUCAUAAAUGCCUAUUUCAGAGUACAUUCCCCCUGAAGCCACAACAGGAUUGCCAAAAAGAUACGGAGGAAUCAGCUGGAAUAACAAACAUUUACGAUGCAGGGCAGCGCUCACAGUUGUAAAGGUCAGUAGGCUGUGGUGCUGAGCUUCCUCCACACAUCUUAAAUCUCAUGCGGAUGUACAAAAGCUGCAGCCGUAGUUACAAAUGUGUUUGCAUCUGUUAGAGUCAGGUAACUUUAGCUUCCUUUGAUAACCGCAAAUGUUUAGCAAUUAAGUUAAAAAUGCAUUUAAAAAAACACACUCCUCUGUAACAGUGUGUGCAAUCUAGUAAAAAUCAAACAAUAAUAACAAUCAGGACAUCUGUGCACACAAGGUCACAACUAAACACAAAAAACUUCACUUUGUUUCUACGAUCUCACCUCCUCCACAACAGGAAGCUCUUUUGCCUGGCAGCAACUGAUCGGUUGCCAUGGCAGCCACCGCAUGCCUUAGGGAGAGCGAGAGGGGCUCGCCCCCGGCAACAAAAUCACUGAUGCUGGAGUUUGUGACAACUACUCAGGCAGCACCAGGAUGUUGUUGCAGGAAGUGACCAGCAGGGGACGCUCAAAACAUUCAAGUGGAUUUUUUUUUUUUUUUUUCCUGUUAGACUUUUCAAUAUUGAUGAAGGUAAACAGAGCCGAGCUGAUGAGCACGCUGUACCUGUGAAUAAAGUUGUAUUUGUGGAGAUGCAGGAGCCCAGAGGCGAUGUCACAGGCCAUUCUCUGGAGGAGCAACGGGUCAGGAGUCUCGGAGUCAGCCAGCCGACAGCUGCGCAGGUAGCUUUUCAGAUCGCCCUGAGAGGAGAGAGGAGAGAAGAGUAAGAGGAUCUGGCCUGAUCUAUGAAUAAACAACUCAAUAAUAACAGAGAAGGGAAAUAAUGAGGUUUCUGAGAAGGAGAGAAGAAACAGCCGGGGAUGAUUAAGGUGUUUCGCACCAGAGGACAGAACUCCAUGACCAGCAGAUAAGGAGUGACCUCUGAGCACUGUGCCAGGCACUGCAGGAGGGCCGGGUGCUGGAGGGUUCUGGCAGAGACAAAUAAAACACAUCAUGUAAAAAUAAUCCGACCUUUUUUUUCCCCCUUUUUUUUGCCAUUGGUGGUGGUUUUAGUGAACUGACCGGUAAGGCUGCACCUCCUCCAGGAACUGCAUCUGAUCCUGGACACUUGCACUGGCCUUCAGCUCCUUAACCACCACCUGGGUGGUGCUGAGGCCUGCAUUGACUUCACCCAGCAACACCUGGAAAGUACACAUUAAAGGGAUAUUCCAGUGUAAAAUUAAUUUAGGGUCAAGCACACCAUAUAGGGUCCUAGCCACAGCACUAGCCACCAAACAUCUUUUUAACUUUGCCUGAGCUCCCUUGAGCUGCGUCAUCCCACAGCAGACUGUAAUGGACUGGCCUGAUGUCUCGCUACAAACAAGCGGCUGCUGGAAGAGAGUUGGUGAGUUGUGUUUAGUCUCUUUGCUAAAGAAAUUAGGCAAAGUUUAAAUGAUGUUUAGGGGCUAGUGCAGUGGCUUGGACCCUAUAUGUACUGUUGAUGAAGUUAGGUGCUGUUCUGAGCAUUAUUUGUGGCUAUAGAGUGGCGAUUUGGUUGAGGUUUCUUUAUUUCUCUGUGUAUUGCCAUCUUGCGGUCGUUACUAAAGUUGGUAUAACUGGAGAAGCACGGGUUGGCAACAUUCAUCUCUAGAAAAGGUGUCUAACUCUGUCUUACCGUGAGUUUAACUCUAAAUUGAUUUUACACGGAAUAUCCCUUUAAGGGGAUAGUAAAACCUUUAUUCCAAAAUUAAGAACAGUGAUAGUUUAGGCGUGCCAGCAAAUCCAGCAAAUCCAGCUCAGUCCACAGUGCAUCAGCUGAUCAUAACGCCAGUCUGUAUCAGCUGACAGCCACGUUAACCAACCCUCCUCCAUCCUGGUUCUUCAUUUUUGUAAUGUUGCUAAUGCGUGUCUUUGCUGCUGCUCUCCCAGCCACAGACUUUGGCAUCCCUUGUAUGCACUUUAAAAGGUUGAGAGCUCCCAGAACAGACUUCCAAAUACAACUUUUGGUAUGCAGUAAUUAUGAUUUUUCACUAAGGCGGUCCAGACCGAGCUUUAGUAUGCAGAAUUAAGUUUUAAUAACUCAAAGAUAGAGCUGAGAUGUGUAAGAAAUGAGGUGAUGCAGAUUUAGGAGCCUGUAGUCGAUCGUAAAUCGAAAGGAAUUCACUGUGACUGUAAUUUUAACUCAUCUCCCAUGGAAUCAACACCAUGACACAAGUGCCAAAGAUUAUCCUCGCUAGACUGAGAUCAUCAUCGCAUUACCCUCGCAUUCCUCUAAGUAGAAUACACAUCCGAAUACAGACGGUACAGUAAAGACUGGCGCAGUUAGAAAAGUCAAGGCAAGCAAUGAAAGUCAAAACAGAUAAACAGACUGUGUGAACAAAAAAGCAUGUUUUACCUUUCCAAACCAGCCAUGUCCAAUCUCCUUUAGAUAGAGUAGACUAUGACGGCCGAGGUCUGAUGAUUUCAACAGCUGGACUGGAGACAGAAAGAAAGACAUUCAAUGAUUUUGUGGUUGGAAAGAAACGGUUACGGUGAGAGAAAGAAGAGAUUUGCCUGUAAAGAAGAAAUUAGAGGCGUUAGUGAAAGAAAAGUGAACAAUCAUGGUCGAUAAAUGCACAUAAAUCAAACUGAAGGUCUGCCAACUUGAGAGGAGAAUCUGUCUCUUCCAAUACCUCCAUGGAUCUUCAUAUUUCAAGAAUGAAGAUGCUGUUGUUUCGUGAAGAGACGACGAUGAUGAUGGUGGAGCAGUGGAGCGGCCAGCCACUCGGAGCACCGUGACAGGGACUGAGUCCGAGUCCCAGGCGGGGAUGGAGUCCUGGUUCAGAGUGUGAGAACCAAGAGCCUGUGGCCCCAGCCCCGACCCCAGAAGUCUUAGCCCCAUUGUGUGUGUUAGAGAGAGAGCCCACGGCCGCAGUGUGUGUGUGAGAGAGCCUCGGCAGGAUUUAACCCUCGGAGCCCUCGCGCAGCUGAACAAGCUCGCCACGCUGCCUUUCUCCGUCUGCGCCGGGCUCAUCCUCCAACUGGGAGACACACAAACACACAUACUGUCCCUGUCUGUAGAGCUCUCCAGCUGUCGAGCAAACACAGGAAUCCUCGGUACCUAUAUGAAAAUCUGAAACUUCGGCGAAGUGUUAUAAAGUUUUCGCAGCUCCGAGUCAACGCCAGCGGUUCCAAGAGGGACUUCUGCCGCUCGUUACUGAGAGUUUCUAGUCAUGCAUCACGCCAGAUGUGACCGUCACGCAUGUUGGUAGUGUGGCGUCUGACUUGCCAGCUCUGGUUGCAGCUUCAAGACACCCAGUUGGGACAUAAGGCGCACAUAAUGCCCCCCUGUCACCCAGGACAGCAGCAUUCCUCAGCCAAACAGGACACAAACACUGCUCUGUCAGACGCAGAAAAGACCUCUGUCAUACACACCCUAUCUCAAGCCCCCUCCUCCCCGACUCUUAGGCCCUGGUGCAUGCCACCACCCUUCCCCUGUCUCUUCUCAUUCAGUCACAGACCCCUCACUGUAUUCUCCCCAUAAUGCCCAUCCUCCACUGGUGCGUUCCACGGACGCUUCAGCCCGGCCUCAUGCUCACCCACUGCCCAGCCGGCCUAAAUCACCGCCAUUGUUUCACCCGCUCACUCACACGCUCACGCUGCGUCUCCUGGUACCCAGUGCGCCAAACACACACACACAUACACACACGCAUAGGCACGCAGACACUCAUAUCCAGGCGCACACAAGGCCCAUUCUCCAGAGGUUGUCACGGUGAUAACAGACCCACACUUCUCCACUACAGCCCCCCCCUCCCCUGAUGGAGAGAAAUUAAGAGGUGGUAUUAUCCCAAAUGAGGAAUGUGUGAGUGUGCAUUCCCGUCCUACUCGUGGCAUUCCCACAGAGGAUGGAGAGGGUCCAGUGAGGCUGUGGGAUUGGUGGGCUCACUCACAAUCGGUUCCCUUUUGAAGCGUGGAGACUCUGUAGUGGGCAUAAAAGCUUUACAUGACCUCCUGAAUAAAAGAUUAGAGCAACAAGUGAAAGCACGACUGUCAGAUCAAUGCUGACGUUGUACUUGGUGUUCAUACAGAUGUAUAAUCGAUGUCGUGCACGUAUAGAACACACCAUUCACGGCCGCGGUAUAAAGUAAAUCACUGCUGUUUUUGUUCAAUAGGCAAUUACUAUGCAUGCUUUCAUUAUGUGUGUAAAUAAGAGUGGGAGUGGGUGAUUUAUGACGUAUGGAUGAUGCACAAAUCCAGGGGCCUGCUUAGUCUUUAACCUGGAGUUUAUUAUUAUUCAAAUGCAAGAUAAUUUAUGCAUUUUUUAUCAUGAAUUUGUUUAUCUUUUUUACUAAGAGGCAGCAUAACUCCUGUUACAACUCAUGAUACAAAAACGCAGAAAAGAUUUAAAUCAAAACAGAGCAUGUUUUACACUUUCAUUCCUCCUCUCUUUUUUUUUUUUUUAACUGCCUUUUGCCAUAUAUCCCUUCCUCCCCCUGCAACACCUGGACCAAUCAUACAGCCGUAGCUAUGGAGGACAGAGGGGAGACGAGUGAUUGGCUCUGAGCCUGAGGCUGCCUUGUCCAAUCACUUGCCGAAGCUGGAAUACUCGGAUGCUGAGCCCCCAACUCACCUCCCUCAUGGCUGAGCACAGCGCCAUGCAGACAGCCAGUGAGUCAUGCAGGGAGAGGCAGAGACUGCGAGCACCCAGGAACCAGCUAACACACAUACACACACACAUACACACUACAUACAUGCAUGCGCACGUUUGGAAAGGCUAUGUUUGAGGUGGAUUGACCUGCAGAGAAAGAGACAGACUGUGACGUUACAGAGGAAGGAACGUACGAACAUGUAAUGAGCAUGUGCUGGAGUACUGAUGUUGGAUAAUGUGAGAUUGAAUUAAGAUAGCAAUGAAUUUAAAAUAGGGUUCAUACUGAAGCCAAGAACUGCUGUUGAUUAUAUUUAAAAUGCAAUUAAUUCAGAUUUACAGCGAGAUCAAGACAGCGUGUGUUUUCAUGUGACGACCUGCUAAGUUUUAUCAUCAUAAUUUCCACAUGCUGACAAGAUCAUCCCCCGUCAGAAUGUACUGAUAAUAAUUAAGAGCUCAAAAGUCAGCGUCUGGCUCAUAAGGUGGCACCCGUCCUUGUUUUUUUUAAGAGCGUUUUGGCCAUCUGCCUCUACGUCCUUUAACAUCACCUCAAAAUCUCCCAGUAAGAUCAGUUUAUUUGGCCUCAGCUCCUUUUGUAGUUCCAGGACAGAAAGAAAAGUUUCUGGAUUGAAAGCUCUUGUGCUCUUCUGACUGAUGUAGGGCAGAAAUUGUGAGGAAGACUUAGAAUGGACUUUUACACAAGAAUAAAUAAGCUUGAGUUGCUGUUUAAAUGCAGAUAAGGAUGACAAUCCAAUAGGGAAGCAUGUUUGUUUCAGAAAUGACUGUAGUCCAAGACAGGUAUUAAACCCGUAGUAACUGUCCUCUUUAUGGACUCAAAAGAUCAGCAGUAUUUGGUUCUGAAAUAAAAAACUAGUUUUAGUUUUAUCCAUGCCAGCUGCUGAAUAUGAGAUCUAAAAAAAGAGAGAGAUUCGUUAAUUUAAACACCAAGAUUUCCAUUUUCAAACUCGUAAGAAGCAGAAUUUACAUUUUAGGAACUCAACUCAACUCAACUUUAUUUGUAAAGCA